UCCUCAUUCCUUCUACACUAGACGCUGUUUGCACCGUGAUAUUGGGAUGUGUUUGGAUGUAGCCGCCGAGCUGGUCGCUAACUGCUGAGCUAAGUUAGCCAUUGCCACUAAUUAAUGCUAUUGUUAGCAUGCUAUUUCAGUGUGUUUAGUGUACUGCCUGUAACUGAGAUGUUUUUUUUGCUAUGCAUUUGCGUUUAUUUAGCUAACUGCUAGCUUAAUAAGCAUUGCAGUCGGGUAGAUGAAUAUCAAUAAUUAUUCACAAAAAGGUAAAUUCGCUAUUUGAGAAGUGUGUGUCAAACUGGUAGCCUUUCAUUCCUCAGGACCCAGGAAGUAACUCUCAGUUUCAAAAAGGUUGGUCACUCCGGUCUAAAACAGAAAUGCAAAAAAAAAAAAAAUAAGUAUUAUAACUCUUAAUGCUCAGUGCAUUUUACUGCAUUUAGUGAUGCUGGGAAAUCCCAUAAAAUUCACUCAAAACAUGUGAAUUCAUCUUAAAUGAUAUGGUGUUUUUGAACGCAAGUCCUCAUUUCUCAUAAAAUAGCUCAAGUCUGAUUCAAAUAAUCUGCUAUGAAAGGAAGCAUCCAUUAAUCGUCUGGAACCAGCUGACUUCAGGCAAGAAUUAAAUAAAGCAGUGUUAGAUAAAUAGAUUUUCAGACAUGUAUGCUAUCACUUAACUUGAUUUAAAUUUUGGCUCUGACAAAACAGAAAUAUACAUCACCCUGCCCUAUAAUUUGUCUUUCUUUCAAUAAAAAUAUGGUAAAAUGGGUGUAUUUCAGACAUGGUGAGACAUGGUGAUUAAUCACCAUCAAUUAAAAUAGUGAUUAAUCUGAUAAAAAAUUUCAAUCAUCAAAAGUUAUAAUCUGUUAAGUUGUUUGGGCCGGUGACACAACUUCCGCUCAUGAUGUCAUCAGAGGUUCACCUGACCAAGUCACCUAUGACCCCUUUUGCUUUACCACACCACCUCUGUCUCGUCCAGUACAGUCUAGCUGAGUGCAUUAAAAUGGACCGGAGGCCGGUAGAGUACCGUGAGGUAUCGUAGAGUCAGUGACCAAAGGCCCUUACAAAAGGCUAUCUCAAUGUGGGGGAUGUGGGGUGCUUUACAGACGGAAGCAGCUGUCAGUCCAACUUGUAUAAACGUGACCCCUCCCGACACCCAAUCCCGCAAUGAGGUCUUGCCGGCUGGCCAAUGAUAUGCUCUGGCCGUGUGACAUCAUUGACGUAUAAAGACCCCCUCCCGAGCACCCAGUCCCUCUGAGCAGGCUCAGCGUUCCCGGCCCGGACGCCUCGGCUGGAGGGAGCGCUGUGAGGAGGAAAAACAAAACUACACGGCUAAGAGAGCCUGUAGUUUUGUUUUUUUUUUGUUUUUCGAGGCUUGAGGUUCGCUUCUUUUUGCUUUGGACUGUUGGACUAAAAUCGGAUUUAGGACCUUUUGGACAUCCCCCUGACUCCCCCCCCUUCCCCUGGCAUCCGUGACUGACAGGGAGCCAAGCAACAUGUCGACACAAGCGCCGACUUUCACGCAGCCGCUGCAGAGCGUCGUGGCACUAGAGGGUAGUGCCGCCACGUUCGAGGCGCAAGUUAGUGGUUCCCCAGUUCCUGAGGUGAGCUGGUUUCGUGAUGGCCAGGUUCUUUCCGCUGCUGCUUUGCCCGGCAUUCAGAUCUCGUUCAGCGACGGCCGCGCUGUUCUGAGGAUCCCCGCCGUGACCGCCGCACACAGUGGAAGAUUUUCUGUCAGAGCAACCAAUGGAGCUGGACAAGCAACCAGCACUGCCGAACUCCUUGUGACAGCGGAGACGGCGCCUCCUAACUUCCUACAGAGACUUCAAAGCUCCACAGUGAGACAAGGGAGUCAGGUGAGACUCAACGUCCAAGUGACGGGCAUCCCGACACCUGUGGUUAAGUUCUAUCGCGAGGGAGCCGAGAUCCAGAGCUCGACCGACUUCAAGAUCCUCCAGGAAGGAGACCAGUACAGUCUGUUGAUUGCCGAGGCAUUCCCGGAGGAUUCCGGAACAUAUUCUGUGACUGCAACAAACAGCAGUGGCCGAGCCACGUCCACUGCUGAACUUCUGGUUCAAGGUGAAGAGGCUGUUCCUGCUAAGAAAACCAAAACCAUCAUCUCCUCAUCGCAGAUUGGUGUCCAGAGGAUGGAGGGCAGCUUCCAGACCACCACAAUGGAAAUGCACAUGGAAGGUGGAAUGAUUACUCAGCAGUUAGCUCACAGGACCCCCCCACGGGUCCCCCCGAAGCCCACCUCCAAAUCCCCACCGGCCUAUUUUGCCAAAGUGACCGGUGGACGCCAGCAGUCACCUUCACCUGUCAGACAUGUAAAAGGGCCGACGCCCACAGCCGUCAGACCCAUAUCUCCCUCCAGACUGUCUGUGUCCGUCUCUCCCAUCCGACCUGUGAAGUCCCCCAUCAUGACUCGCAAACAGGAAACAACUGUGGCCAGACACCUUGUGUCAGCCUCAUCAGAUGUGCUUCCACCGUGGAAGCAGGGUGACUACGUGGCCGAGGCUAGCUACACAAGCAUGACUAGCAUGACUAGCGUGACUAGCAUGAGCAGCGCCACUCGACUACAGGCGGGCAAACAGUGGGAGCAGCAGGUCACCGCCACCAGAGAGGCCGAGCAUGCGCCCCAGUCCGGUCGAAGUGUUGCCGUGGCGACUGUGAUGGCGGCCGUGGAUCAGGCCCGCAGCCGCAGGGCACCACCUGAUGCCGGUCUGCCCGCUGAGCAGCAGGCGGAGGGCAGCCAACAAACAAACAUGCCCACUAAAGAGGUUGUUGAAGUCGUACAGGCGGUGCACGAUGAUGGCCGGCAGACUGAAUGGAACGCCACACAGAUGGAAGUGAAACAACGGGUGGCAGGAGAGAAACAUUUCUCAGCUCCUAAAACCUUGCUGUCCGCGCAGAUUGAGACGACCACUCCCACCCGCGUGGAUGCUGGCUCCCCCUCACCUUCGCAUCCACAUUUCACCGUUUCUAAAGUUUCUGUUCCCAAAGCUGGCGCUAGUCGCGAGGUGUCUAUCACAGGCUCCGCCAUCGCCACUCUGCACAAAGAGAUGUCCUCUCCUACCAGACCCCAAAAGGUCAUCAAGCCGGUCAAGUCGCCUAGUCCGUCUCGCCGGGCAGUGCCAGAGGUUCAAGUGGCACCAGAGUUCCUUCCGCCGCCAUUUAAGACUCCCAAAUAUCAGAGUCAAUUUGAAGUGGGCAGGCUUUAUGCCGAGGAGGAGUUUGAGGACUGGGAGCCUCAGGAGGUGGUUGCAGUGCCCACCAGAGCCCAAGAGCCCGUUGUUCCACCCACUCUUGUUGCAGGCCUGAAGAACUUGACAGUGACUGAAGGCGAGUCGGUGACGCUGGAGUGCCAAAUCAGCGGCCAGCCCACCCCCGUCAUCAUGUGGUUUAGAGAGGAUUUCAAGAUCGAGAGCUCCAUUGACUUCCAGAUUAGCUACGAGCAGGGUUUUGCCCGACUGGUGAUCCGCGAAGCAUUUGCUGAGGACAGCGGCCGCUUCACCUGCACUGCCACCAGUGAAGCGGGAACAGUCAGCACUUCCUGCUACCUCCUGGUCAAAGUUUCAGAAGAACUUGAGAGCAGAGAAGAGACGAUGGCUGUCACGCAAGUGGAAAUGACUCAUGAGAAAACUGUUGCAGUUGAGACUAAAGAGCAAACUUCGGUGGAGGUGAGCACAGGCGAGCCCGCUGCUCCUUUCUUCAUCAAGAAGCCGAUGGUCCAGAAGCUAGUGGAGGGAGCUAGCGUCGCCUUUGAGUGCCAAGUGGGGGGAAACCCCAGACCUCAUAUCAUUUGGAAGAAGAACGGCAUCGUUCUCACCACUGGAUAUAGAUAUAAAGUGACCUACAAGAGAGAGACGGGCGAAUGCAGACUGGAGAUCUCCAUGACGUUCGCCGAUGACGCUGGAGAAUAUUCCGUCUUUGCCAAGAACUCACAUGGGGAAGCCUCAGCUUCCAUCAGCCUGCUGGAAGAAGAGGCGUACGAAACCUACAUGAAGCAGAUUGACUUGACCUAUAAAACUGAAGUGACGACAACAACAGUGGUUGAGGAGCCGUCGGUGGUUGUGAGUCAGCAAGAACUGGAACACAAGAGAGUGACACCAAUGAGCUUUGUCACAGAAACGGAAUUCUUCAUUUCGGCAUUUGAAGAGCGGAUCAUCCAGGAGAUUGAGCUCCGCAUUAUGAGAAUUAGCUAUAGAGAACUGGUGUCAGAGGACGGAGAACUGAUGGUGACUUCCUCAGAUGAGGAUGCGGUGCAGUCCACCUUUGAUACGCCAGUUAAAAACUACCGGAUCAUGGAGGGAAUGGGUGUUACUUUCCACUGCAAAAUGGCUGGAGUGCCAUUGCCAAAGAUUGCUUGGUACAAAGAUGGUCAGCGCAUACAACCUGGUGGACGAUACCAAGUGGAGGUUCUUCAGGAUGGACGUGCAAGUUUGCGUCUGCCAGUGGUUCUACCGGAGGAUGAGGGUGUGUACACCGCCUUUGCCGCCAAUAUGAAGGGGAACGCCGUCAGCUCUGGGAAGCUCUACGUGGAGCCUUCUGGAACAGUGUCACCUCAGAGAUACACGCCACAGCCAGCCAUGCAGAGGAUUCAAUCCACAUCUCCACGCUCUCUGAGCCGUUCGCCAGGACGUUCCCCAAGUCGUUCUCCCGGACGUUCUCCAGCCCGACGGUUGGAUGACACAGACGAGGCUCAGCUAGAAAGACUCUACAAACCUGUUUUCGUCAUGAAGCCGACUUCGCUAAAAUGCUCUGAGGGGCAAACUGCCAGAUUUGAUCUGAAGGUUGUUGGUAGACCCAUGCCUGACACAUACUGGUUUCACAAUGGACAACAAGUGGUAAAUGACUACACCCACAAGAUAGUAAUUAAGGAGGAUGGCGUUCAGUCCCUGAUCAUUGUCCCUGCAAUGCCGCAAGACUCUGGCGAGUGGACGGUUGUUGCUCAGAACCGAGCAGGACGAACCUCCAUCUCUGUGACUCUUACUGUUGAAGCACGAGAAAGCCUGACGAGGCCUCAUUUUGUUGACAAGCUAAGGAACUUAACAGUAAAACAGGGAACACUGGUUGAAUUGGCUGUUAAAGCUAUUGGAAACCCGGUGCCUGACAUCGUCUGGCUGAAAAACAGUGACAUCAUAAGCCCACACAAGCACCCACAUAUCAAGAUUGACGGCACUAAGGGAGAGGCCAAAUUCCAGAUCCCAUCUGCUUCCGGAUCAGACAGUGCUUGGUACACAGCCACAGCGAUCAACAAGGCUGGCAGGGACACCACCCGCUGCAGAGUCAACGUGGAGGUGGACUUUACUGCACCGCAAACAGAGAGGAAGCUCAUUAUUACCAAAGGAACCUACAAAGCCAAAGAGAUUGCCGCUCCUGAGCUGGAGCCUCUUCAUCUCCGUUAUGGUCAGGAGCAGUGGGAAGAGGGAGACCUUUAUGACAAAGAGAAGCAGCAGAAACCCCAAUUUAAGAAGAAACUGACCUCCAUUCGAAUGAAGAAGUUUGGCCCCGCUCAUUUUGAGUGCAGGCUGACCCCUAUUGGUGACCCCACCAUGGUGGUGGAGUGGCUUCAUGACGGCAAACCCCUGGCAGCAGCUAACAGGCUCCGCAUGGUCAAUGAAUUUGGUUAUUGCAGUCUUGACUAUGAAGUCGCUUAUGCUAGAGACAGUGGUGUCAUCACCUGCAGAGCCACUAACAAGUUUGGAGUGGACCAAACCUCGGCCACUCUGAUUGUCAAGGAUGAAAAGGGUCUAGUUGAGGAAAGCCAGCUUCCUGAAGGAAGGAAGGGAGCUCACAGAAUUGAUGAGAUUGAGCGCAUGGCUCACGAGGGAGGACCUGCUGGAGUCAGCACUGAUGAGGAAUCUGAAAAGACCAAACCCGAAAUUGUCCUACUUCCCGAGCCAGCCAGAGUGCUGGAAGGUGACAUUGCUCGAUUCCGCUGCAGAGUGACCGGUUAUCCUGCACCCAAAGUUAACUGGUACCUUAAUGGACAACUUAUCCGAAAGAGCAAGAGAUACAGACUUCGUUAUGAUGGUAUUUACUACUUGGAAAUCGUUGACAUCAAGUCCUAUGAUUCAGGGGAGGUCCGGGUGGUUGCAGAUAACCCUUUGGGUACAACAGAGCAUAUUGUGAAGCUGGAAGUCACACAGAGAGAGGACUUUAGAGCUGUCCUACGUCGUGCUCCAGAACCCAAAGUAGCAGAAGUUCCACAUGAGUCUGGCCGAAUUGGUUUUGGUGUUGUGAAGGUGGACCAACCUGUUGAGGCCACACAAGACAGAGAAGUUGUCAAACUGAGGAAGACACAGAGAAUUGUUCAUGAGAAAACCUCAGAGGAGUCCGAGGAGCUUAAGAGCAAGUUCAAGCGCAGAACAGAAGAAGGCUUCUAUGAGUCUAUUUCUGCAGUGGAAUUUAAGUCUCGAAGGAGGGACGACUCCUACGAGGAUUUGUUGAAGAAGACUAAGGAUGAGCUGCUUCAUCACCUGAAAGAAAAAGAGGAGGCUGAGAGGAAGAAAAUGGAGGAGCAGGGAACAGUGACCAUCCCCACCAUCAAACCUGAGAGGAUCCAGCUCUCCCCCAGCAUGGAAGCCCCCAAGAUUCUUGAACGCAUCGCAAGUAAGACCGUUGUUCCAAUGGACGAGGUUCGUUUCCGACUUCGAGUCGUGGGCAGACCAGAGCCUGAGUGCCAGUGGUUCAAAAAUGGUAUUGAACUGGAGAAGUCUGACCGCAUCUACUGGUACUGGCCAGAAGACCAUUUGUGUGAGCUUGUGAUCCGAGACGUCACCACGGAAGAUUCUGCCAGCAUCAUGGUCAAAGCUGUGAACAUCGCUGGAGAGGCUUCAAGCCACGCCUUUCUGCUGGUGCAAGCCAAAGCAGCUGUUAGCUUUACCCAAAACCUGGAGGAUGCGAGCGCCAAUGAGAAGGACACCAUGGUGACAUUUGAGUGUGAAACCAGCGAACCGUUUGUCAAAGUGAAAUGGCUGAAGAACAACUCGGAGAUCUUUUCUGGUGACAAAUAUAGAAUGCACUCUGAUAGGAAGGUUCACUUCCUGUCUGUGCUGAUGAUCGAAAUGAGGGAUGAUGCCGAGUACACCUGCGUGAUUGCAGAGGAUGAGAGCAUCCGCACAAAUGCAAGGCUUUAUGUCGAAGGUGCUGCAUUAGAGCUUAUAAAAAACCUGGAGAACAUUGAAGUUCCCGAGACAUACUCUGGAGAGUUUGAGGUGGAGUUGUCUCGUGAAGAUGCUGAGGGGAGCUGGUUCUUUGGAGACAAAGAGCUGUCUCCCAGCAGUAAACAUGUCAUCUCCUCCCGACGGGGAAGACACACUCUGACUGUGAAGGACGUCAAGAAGGAAGACCAGGGGAAGUACACCUUUGUAUGUGGAGAACUGAGGACCAGUGCGUCACUAAAGAUGAAAUUGCGCCCAGUGACAUUGAUCCAGCCACUAAGCGACCUCACAGUCUGUGAAGGUGACAUUGCUCAGCUGGAGGUCAAGUUCUCCCAGGAGAACGUUGAGGGAACCUGGAUGAAGAACGGCCAAGCCAUCUCUUCCUCUGACCGCAUCCACAUCGUCAUUGACAAAGCUGUGCACAAGCUCCUGGUGGAGAACAUCACUCAGGAAGAUGCAGCUUCAUAUUCCUUUUCGGUGCCGUCCCAGUACAUCACCACCUCAUGCAAACUCCUUGUCCAUACCAUUGACAUCGUGGUGCCCCUAAAAGAUGUGACUUCCAUUGAAGGCACCAAGGCCGUUUUAGAAGCUAAGAUCUCUGCCCAAGAUGUUGGGUCGGUCAAAUGGUAUCACAACGACAAACCCAUGAUGGCCAGUGACAGGAUCCAAAUGGUGGCAAAAGGAGCCAAGCAGCGACUUGUCUUUAACAGAACCUUUGCCUCGGAUGAAGGACACUACAAGCUGGUGGUUGGGAAGGUCUCCAGCAGCUGCAGUCUUACUGUGGAACAAGUUCACAUUGUAAAAGACAUGGAGGACAAAGUGUGCUCUGAGUCUCAAAACGUCACCUUUGACGUUGAAAUUUCUCACGCUGGUAUCGAUCCAGUCUGGACCUUCAGGAACCAACAGCUUAAGCCUGGACCCAAAUACAAGAUGGAGUCUAAAGACAAGGUUCACUCUCUGACUGUCAUCGACACCAUGAAGGACGAGGAGGGACAGUACACCUUCCACGCUGGUCAAAAAACUUCUAGUGCUAAUCUCACUGUCUCUGGUGGUGCCAUCACCCGUCCCUUGCAAGAUGUGACGGUAGCUGAGUCACAGACUGCAGAAUUGGAGUGUGAAGUCGCCAAUGCUAAUGCUGAGGGCAAAUGGUUGAAGGAAGGUCAGCCAGUGGACUUCAACGACAAUGUGGUGAGUGAGGUACUGGGAGCCGUCCGACGUCUCGUCAUCGUCAUCACUCGACCUCAAGAUGUGGGGGAGUACACCUACCAAGUGGCCAACUCUAAAACCUCCGCUAACCUCAGGGUGGAGGCGGUGAAGAUAAAGAAAACUCUCAGGAACCAGACUGUGACUGAGACACAGGAAGCGGUUUUCACGCUGGAGCUCACCCACGUCGAUGUUAAAGGAGCUCAGUGGAUCAGGAACGGCGUGGAGCUUCACAACAGCGACAAGUAUGAGAUAACUUCUCAGGGCAUGGUCCAUACGCUGAAGGUCAAGAACUGCAACACGCAGGAUGAGAACGUUUACUCCUUUAAACUGGGAAAACUGACCGCUAACGCUCGACUCAAUGUUGAGACCAUCAAGAUUGUGAAGAAGAUCAAGGAUGUAACGUCUUUGCUAGAUGGCACCAUCUCCUUUGAGAUGAGUCUAUCACAUGACAACAUCCCGGUCAGGUGGAUGCAUAAAGGGGUGGAGCUGAAGUCCAGCGAAAGGUGCAAGAUCCUCUCGGAGCGCAAAGCUCACAAACUGGUUCUCCAAAACGUGGAUAGCAGCAAUGAAGGAGAGUACACGGCAGUGGUUGGACACUUGCAAUGCAGCGCCACACUUACCGUCGAAGCUCUUCGAGUGACCAAACCCCUGAAGAGCGUGGAGGUGCCGGAGACACAGGUGGCCACCUUUGAGUGUGAAGUGUCUCACUUCAACGUCCCCUCCACCUGGCUGAAGAACGGCGUGGAGAUUGAGAUGAGUGAGAAGUUCAGGAUCGUGGUCCAAGGAAAACUCCAUCAACUGAAGAUCAUGAACACCAGCAGGAACGAUUCAGCCGAGUACACAUUUGUGUGCGGGAAUGACAAAGUCUCUGCCACACUCACCGUCAGCCCCGUCUUGAUCACCUCCAUGCUGAAGGACCUGAACGCUCAGGAGCGAGACACCAUUACCUUUGAGGUCACCGUCAACUACGAGGGCAUCACCUACAAGUGGCUGAAGAAUGGCAUUGAGAUCAAAUCCUCAGACAGAUGCCAAGUCCGAAGCCGGCAGCUCACACACUCACUCACUAUUCGUAACGUUCACUUUGGAGAUGGAGGAGAGUACCAGUUUGUGGCUGGCUCUUCUGCCAGCGCUGCCAACUUGUUUGUUGAAGCUCGUGUAAUUGAGUUCACCAAGAAGAUCAAGGACAUAAAAAUCACAGAGAAGAAGAAGGCGAUAUUUGAAUGUGAGGUGUCUGAACCAAACAUCCAAGUUAUGUGGAUGAAGGACGGUCAGGAGCUGGAUAUGUCAGAGGAAAGGUAUGUCGUGACGGCAGAGAAGUAUGUUCACCGGCUCAUGAUCCAGACCGUACGCAUGUCCGAUGCUGGAGAGUUUUCAGUGGUAGCUGGCUCAAGUGUCUCAAAGGCUCAGCUCAUCGUGGAAGGUCGUGACAUCCGCAUCUCUGAGCCGGCUGAACGAGUAGUCACGGUUCUGGAGAAACACAGAGCAACUUUUGAAUUUGAGGUUAAUGAGGAUGACAUUGAAGGGCGUUGGCUGAGGAACGGCCUGGAGAUCCAGUUCUCAGUGGAGGAGCGGUUCAGCUAUGUUGCCAUUAGAAAGCUCCACCGUCUUACCAUCUCUGAAACUUAUCGGAGCGACUCUGGCGAGUACACCUUCAUUGCCGGCAAGAACAGAAGCACAAUCAACCUGAGAGUGAACAUCCCAGAACCGCCUCAAAUCCUCCGCCACAUGGAGGCCCAGUCAGUGGAGGCAGGCAAGCCGGCUCGCUUCUCUGUGGAGGUGAGCGGUGUUCCUCAGCCUCAGGUCUUCUGGUACAAGAACUCGCAAGCGCUGUCUCCGGGCUUCAAGUGCAAGUUCCUCCAUGAUGCCAACGAACACACCCUGCUGCUGAUCGAGGUCUUCCCAGAGGAUGCAGCCAUCUAUACCUGUGAGGCCAAAAAUGACUAUGGCGUCGCCACCAGCACUGCUACACUCAAUGUGGAAGUGUCGGAAGUGGUUUCUCCAGACUCUGCUGCUUCUGUUGCACCGCCUGUUCUCAUCUCACCCAUUGCCAGCACUUCCACUCGUGAGGGAGAACCAGCUCGAUUCCAGUGCAGAAUUCGAGGAGAUGAUGUGAAGAUCAGCUGGUUCCACAAAGAAAAGGAGAUCAAACAGUCAGACUUCUUCAGGAUGUCUCAGUUUGAUGACAGCUGUCAGUUGGAGAUCGCCAGAGUUUACCCGGAGGAUGAGGGCGAGUACACGUGUGUGGCCAGCAACAAUGCCGGAACUGCAUCCAGCUCGGCUACCCUCACUCUGGACGGACAAAAACAAUCACUGGACACUCUGCAACACACCGAGUGGCAUGUCCCCACUACACUCAGCAGUCAACAACCCGCCACUAGCCAAAAGCCAAUUUUCAUCCAGCCGAUCACAAGCUGCUCAGUGCCACAUGGGGAGGUGGCCCGCUUUCACGCAUGUCUCUCCGGCACACCCAUUCUGGAGAUAAGUUGGUUCCACAACCGGCAGCCAAUUCUUCCCACCAAGAACGUGGUGUUCCAUUAUGACGAGGUGACUAGCACCGCCACCCUCAUCAUAGUGGACGCUUUCCUUGAGCAUGCGGGCCAGUACACCUGCAGGGCGGCCAAUCCCGCGGGAGAGGCCGCCUGCUCAGCCAUGCUGGUCAUCUCCAAUGCAGAAGAAUUAGAAGUGAGCCGUGUCAGAGAGCAGAUCGAAGCCACUAUUGAGCAGGAAGUCAAAGAACUUUCUAGCACCACCGUGACCACAGUGGAGGAAGAAGAGGAAACCUACUACACUGGUGUCCAGUUACCACAGAAAACAAAAACACUUGAACUCAUGCCAGAGUCUAAACGCUACUCUUCCACUUUAGAGAAGAAAAAGGAAAAACCAGUUUUUCUCAGCCAGCUCGCUCCAGUAGCAGUUACCUCAGGAGAGACCGCCACAUUUACUGUCAAGGUGUCCGGCACACCAAAGCCAAAAGUUCAGUGGUGUCACGAUGGGAAAGUGAUCAAGAGCUCUUCUAGAUAUAAACUGACAGAGGAGAAGGAAGUAUUUACAUUAAUUAUUACACAGGUCACAUCUGAAUAUGAGGGCGAAUAUUCCUGCACUGCUUCCAACAGAUAUGGCCAGACAACAUGCACCACGUACCUGGAAGUAAAAAAGGACGAUAUUAGCCAGGCACAGAAAUGGGUUGAGAAAAUGUUUAAAAUUACAGGCCAAGCUCCAACUUUCUCAGCACAGAUCCAACCUAUGAGAUGCUCAGAAGGGGGUGAUGCUCAUUUUAAUUACACAGUCAUUGGUGAGCCAGCCCCUAAAGUUAAGUGGUACAAAGGUGCCUUCGAGAUCCAGUCAAGUAAAAACUGCAUCAUUACAGCCAACCCAGAUGGAUCUGGCUUUAUUACUAUUAGGAGUGUCAAACAAGAAGACAGUGGCAUGUACACAUGCACAGCUUCCAACCAGUUUGGGGAAAUGUCUACCAGUGCUGAACUGGUUGUGCUUAGAGAAUCUGUGUCAAGCAAACAGGAAAAGCUGACAGUAAUUCAGAAGAAAGGUUAUAAGGUUUCUGUGACGGAGCAGGCGACAGAGUCCCGCCUGUACCAGGUCAAUCUGCCAGGUCACGACAAGGCAAGAUCAGAUCAGAUGGUUUACACCAUAGGCACAGAGGACCGUCAGAUUAUUCCCAGCGAGCAAGUGGGCUCGCUUACAGAGCUUGAUAUCUCCGCUGCUUCUAUUCAGCGUGAGCAUGUGACCCAUCAGGCAGCAGUCCUUCAGUGUCAUGAGGUAGAGGAAAGGGUGUCAGUGGUCCUCACACCCCCGCCACAGGUUUCAGCGGUUCCUCAUAAGCAGCUUCACAUGGCGGCAUUUACUUCAUCUGUUGAAGAGAGUCAGGAUCUCACAGAGCAGCACUGUGAUCGCAUUCAGAGUCCAGAGGUCAUUGAGCUCCAGGCAGCCAAAGAAGCGAGAUCAAAAGUUAUGUCAGCUGUUGCCGAGGAGCUCACCCCACUUUCUACCACAAGCAUUGAGCCACUGGCUGACAGAAAGUCUGCUUUGAUAAAGCCAAUCCCAGAACCCAAACAUCUAGUUAGCGGGCAUCAAGUGGAGUCACCAUUAUCAAUUGUGAAAGAACAAUCUCAACACCUCCCCAGACCACAAGAAGAGAAAGGUUACAAGGUUAAAGAGGGUGUUAAAAUUUUAUAUUCCGCCCAGUCUACAGAAAAAUAUAAGCUUGCAGAGGGUCACACCACAGAACUAGCUACAGCAGAUUCUGCUAUGAAGACACCUGUCAAGCAAGAGCAACAAAGUUCAAUUCUGGCUUCUGUCAGCGAAUCCAAGCAAACUUUGGCUAAGGAGAUUACAUUCUCCAUGCAGAGGCCAGCUGAGGAAACUGCCCUUCUCUCUAAGGAUAGAAUAAUGAAGGUUGGUGUAACCGCAGAAGAAAAGUGCACACUUCAUGCUGAGUGUUCUGAGCAGUUGCCUUCUUUAGAUAGUACCACAUCCAUUCAGUCCCAGUUAGAGGGAGAGCAGGUGUUACACCUGCAAGUUAUCAGUGACCAAGACUUACUUCCCUCCGAGACCAGUUUCACUUGUGAGAAACCAGACUCGCAGCAGGCAGGUACCAGGAGGAGUCCCACAGUGUUGCAUACUGUCAGCCAGGAUGAACAGAGGACAGUCAUUUGUGAGGAUACAUCUGACUUUAAGGCCAGAGCUAGCGCUAUUUCCAUUCAACCAGAUAAGGAACCCCCCUCUCUGCUCCACCUCCAGUCGAGCCAGUCCAUUGAAGUGCUGCCCAAAGAAGGUAUUCUUAUAACAACAAAGCCUGAGCAACAAUUAGCAACACAGAAACCAGAAAAGGCUCGCAGCCAUGCAGCUAUCUCAGAGGAGAAACGAGAGUUCACAGCAGAUCAGCACUCAGAGCUUGGAUUGUCCGUGACUGGAGUUCAGUCUCAGCUUCGAACUGAGCCACGGCCUCAAAACAUCCUCCAGCUGUCAUUCCAGCCCAUGCAGUUGCCAAAGGAGACGCCAGUCACUUCUGACAUUAAGCAGCAACGUGCAUUAGUACAAAAGGAGGAUCGCUGGAAUGUUAUGCACCUCACCAGCAUGGUAGACAGUCAAGUAUUAGAAGCAGGGCACACUGACACUCUUGCAGCCGUAGACAUCGUCACCUGCCAGACAACUUUAGAAGCAAAAGUUUCCACUGAGCCAGUUCAAAUUGAGGAGAAGGAGAUUUGCACAGAGAGCACUGCCCUUCUUGAAGCUGCAGAGCAGGACUUUGCUGUGCAGAUCCAGGAAGGCCAGUCAGUCAGGCAGUCGAUAGUAAUGGAUGAGAAGCAAGUAUUGACAGGAGAGCUCUCUCAAGAGCUCACCAAGUCUGAGUCCGCCAAAGUCACUGCUACUAAGCAACCAAAGCUGUCCAUGCGAGCAUCAGAAUCCAAAGACAGCACGACUCUUCCCAAAGAAAUUACAUUUGUUCUUCAGAUACCAAAGCCAUCAAAUGUGAAUGUACGUCGACAGCUCAGAGACGCACUUCAGUCUGCUGUCGCCAAAGAGCAGCCGGUUUUACUUGCUGAUAUUACAGGAAAGCUCCAGGCUAUAGAGAUACAUGAAGUCAAAGUCCAGAGAGAACCAAAAUGCACCAUGUUUACCUACCUGAUCACAUCAACCAGCACACCUUUGGAGAUCACUCUGGCUUUUGAGGGUGAAUAUCCUCAGAUAGCUGACCUCAGAACUGAACUUCAGGCAGCUUUUCACUCUAUCGUGCACCAGGAGGCCCAUCUUUUGACUUCAGAUCAACCCGGCACUAUGCAGUUAGACAAACCUCAGAGAGCACAGCUCACGUCAGCCCACUCAAAACAAAUUAAUUCCUCCAUUGUGCAGACAGUAAGUGUGGAAGAAAGCUCCGUGGAUUUCACUGCUGUUGAAUCCCAGGCAGCGGCCCUCAGAACAGAGUCUGAAAUGUUGGCGGAACGUGCCUCAGCUCAGCAGCAGAUUGUAGUCCAGGAAUCCAGGGAAGCAAAGGUGGCACAAGCUGUCUCAUCGAAGGUCCAAAUUUCCUCCGAGGCCACCAUGGCCUUUGAAGAGUCGAUGGUGGUAUCAAGACACGAGGUAAGGUCCACAACGAAGACUCAAGAAAAGACUGAAGAGACCGCUGCAUUCACAAGCAUCUUAUCGACCACCACCACCUCCUCUGAACUGACUCAGGAUGUCAGCAUACAAAAGGAGCAUAUGGUGGAAGUUUUCAAAGAGGAGAUGUCACUUUUAAGGAGAGAACAAAAAGAAUGUCCCUUAAUAGUCGCCACUUUGGAAGACUUAACAGUUGAGGAAAAUAGUGAAGUAACAUUUAGCACCACCAUUAAUUACGUCACAAAGGUAAAUUGGUUUUUCAAUGGACAAUUGGUGAAAUCUGGCAAUGAGUUCAAGUGUUUCACAGACGUCGACACACACUCACUGGUAAUCAGCAAAGUUGUCAAGGACAAACAUCAAGGAGAAUUUGUUUGUGAGGCUGAGAAUGAAGCUGGCAGAACAACAACAUCUUCAAGACUCACAGUGGUCUCACGAGUGCCACCCAUCUUUAGGCAGAAAAUCACUCCUCUGGAGAUAAAUGUCGGCAGCCAAGCAAAGUUUGAAUGUGAGAUUGAGGACGCCCCAAGUGUGACCUUCAAAUGGUACAAGUCUGGCAUGGAGAUCAGACAGAGCGAGAAGUACCGGAUCAUCAGCCGACACACCGGAUCUUCUCUGGAGAUCUUGAAUGCAGUUAAAGCCGACAGUGGAGAAUUCAGUUGUAAAGCUACAAACCAGCAUGGAGCUGACAGCUGCAGUGCCUCUAUCACGGUUACUGAAAUGUACCCACCACUAUUUGUAUCAAAACCAGAGCCAAUGACUUCCUAUGUGGGAAAAGCAGCUGUGCUCCAGUGUUCACUCACUGGAUCCUCACCCAUAGAAGUGGUCUGGCACAAAGACAACAUUGCCAUCUUGCCCUCUGACCACCAUGUCAUGAAAUAUGACAAGAACAAGUAUUCCCUCCACAUUACCAAUCUUGAGCUGGAUGACCAGGGAGUAUACUUGUGCAAGGCGUCCAACAGUGUUGGCACUGCUACUUUUAGCACAGAGCUAAAGGUAAUCAACAAGCCCAAAUUCAUUAGGACCAUUGAGCCAGCAUCAGCAGCUGUCAAUGAACUGCUGAGGUUGGAGUGCCAGCUGGAUGAGGACACGUGUGUGACUGUCAGCUGGACCCGGGAUGGCAAAAAGGUCCACCAGAGCCUUGAGUGUAGGCUGUCUUUUGAAGACAAGGUGGCCGUUCUUGAGAUACCAAAGUCCAAAGUGAAGGACUCGGGAAUGUAUGUGUGCACAGCCUCAAAUGAAGCGGGCAGCACUUCCUGUGAGGCUUUGGUGACAGUUCAAGAGCCUCCUAGUUUUGUCAAGAAAGUGGAGCCAAGUGUGACAUGGAAGCAAGGGAUAGCUGCACGCUUGCACUGCACCAUAAAAGGUUCUCCAGAACUACACAUCCACUGGUUCUGGAAUGAGAGCGAGCUGAGCUCUGGAGAGAAACAUAAAAUGUCUUUCACAAACGGGACUGCCACUUUGGAGAUAAUAAACGUUCAGGUCACAGAUAGCGGGAGCUACACCUGUGAGGUGUCAAACAAUGCAGGCAGCGAGAGUUGCAGUGCCACUGUAGCAGUUAAAGAGCCACCAUCCAUUAGGAAAGAACUGCAGACUGUGGAGGUGGUGAAAGGCACAACCGCUCAACUGGAAUGUGAAAUUGCAGGAAGUUCUCCCUUUGACAUCACUUGGUCGAAAAAUAAGAAAGCCAUCAGUGGCAGUAACAAAUAUAAAGUAAUCUCCCAAGAGUCCAUGUCGAGGUUGGAGAUACAGCCGUUUGAAAGUGCAGAUGUGGGCGAUUAUCAGUGUGUCAUAUCCAAUGAUGUCGGCAAGGUCACCACUAAGGCUGUAGCUAAACUUAAAGAGCCACCAACCUUCUCAAAGAGGGUUGAGAGUGUGACGGCAGUGUUGGGAAAUAGAGUGAAACUCCAGGGAACUCUGAAGGGCUCAACUCCCAUGACAGUCAAAUGGAUGAAAGACUCUGAAAUACUGAGAGAUGAUGAUCCAAACAUCAGCAUGGCAUUUGAGAACAAUGUUGCAAGUUUGACCAUCUCAGUCGUGGCCAUUAGCCAUGGCGGUAAAUACCUGUGCCAAGCCGAGAAUGAAGCUGGUCAACAAAAAUGCGAAGCUGCCCUGACAGUACAUGAACCUGCUAGAAUUGUAGAACCGGCAGAGUCCAUCAGUGUCACUGCCGGUGAUUCAGCCAUGCUGGAAUGCACCAUCUCCGGAAGCCCAGACUUGAAGGUCAAGUGGUUUAGAGACGGCAAAGAGAUGAUCAGUGGACGCAAAUAUAAGAUGAGCCAGAAGGACAAUGUCAUCUCCAUGAAGAUUCUUAAAGCAGAGAAAGGAGACAGCUCUGAGUACAAGAUGGAGGUUUCAAAUAAAGUUGGGAAAGACCAGUGCACAUGCUCAGUUACAGUUCUAGAUCGUAUAAUGCCGCCAAACUUCACCAAGUUCCUAAAAAGAGUUGAUGGUAACAUUGGUAGUGACAUCGUCCUGGAGUGUAAGGUGUCUGGAUCUCAGCCUAUCACCAUCACUUGGUUCAAAGACGAACAGGAAAUUGAGUCUGGAGCCAAGUUUUGUCCUGAAUUUAAGGAGAGCUCUGCCACACUGACAAUCACUAGGCUGGAGAAAGCCGACUCCGGAGUUUAUAAAUGCAAAGCCACCAACUCAGCUGGCCUUAAAGAAACCAGUGGCACACUUUACGUCAAAGAGCCACCUGUAUUCACAGCAACACCCGACAAUCAGGAUGUUAUACCUGGAACGACAGUUUGCCUUCAAGCUGCUUUCACUGGAACACCUCCUUUAUCUGUGAAGUGGUUCAGAGACGAUAGGGAGAUGAUCAGUGGAGGUACCUCUUUCAUCAAGAAAGAAGCUUCGUCAAGCACAUUGGAGCUUCCCUCUGUGAAGCCCAGCGACUCUGCUACAUAUACCUGCCAAGUGUCAAAUGAUGCUGGCAAGGUGGACUGCACUACAGUCCUCUUUGUGAAAGAACCUCCCGUCUUUGUGACCAAGCCCGAGGCGACCAAGCUGGUCACCAGCAAUGACAAUGUCAAACUGGAAUGCAAAGUGACAGGCAGUCCUGUCAUCGGUUUUAUGUGGCUGAAGGAUGGGAUGGCAAUCAGCCAUAGUCCAAAAUACACAAUAACUUCAGUAGACCUUGUGUCCUGUCUGGAAAUAGUCAAGUGCACCUUAGAGGACAAUGGAGAUUAUGUGUGUGUGGCCUCCAGUGAGGCUGGCAGUGACCGCUGCACCAGCACAGUCACAGUCAAAGAGCCCCCGAUUUUUGUCCGUUUCUUGGAGCCAAAAGAUGUGGUCAAGGGUUCUGAGAUGAUGCUUGAGGGCCAAGUCUCUGGUUCAUCCCCGUUCAAUGUGUUGUUUCAUAAAAACACAAAGCUGGUGAGGAAUGAUAAGAGACACAGGAUCACUGUGAAAGAUGACCUGGUGGCCCUUCAGCUGCUGGCGGUGGAGGCUGGUGAUGUUGGCUUGUACCAGUGUACAGUCGAGAAUGAAGUGGGGAGGGCCACUUGUGAUUGUCAAGUCACUCUUAAAGACCCACCAUCAUUUGUCCAAAAGCUGGAGAGUAUCAGUGCCUUGGUAGACAGCGAGGUGUCUUUGCAGUGUACCUUGAAGGGCUCGGAACCCAUUGUUGUGACCUGGCUCAAAGACAAUCGCGAGCUUAAGGAAGCUGAAAACAUUCGGAUGACAUACGAGAACCAGACAGCUUUACUGCACAUCAGACAGGUCCUCAGUCAACAUGGUGGAAAAUACUCAUGUCAUGCGCAGAAUCAGGCCGGAAGUCAGACCUCCUCUGCCGUCUUGACAGUCAAAGAACCUGCUACAGUCACAGAGGAAGUCAAAUCCAUCAGUGUGACUCAGGGGGAUCUGGCCACACUGGCUGCCAGGUUCUCAGGCACAAAGCCACUGAAGGUUCGAUGGCUCAAGGCCGGCAAGGAGCUAACCUCAAGCCAGAGAUAUAAAGUUCAAAGCACAGACUCCAGCUCUGUGCUCAAAAUCAAUAAAACUGAUAAAAGUGAUGCAGGUGACUACAUGUUUGAGGUUUCAAAUGAUGUCCGCCACAGCUCUUGUGAGGCUACACUCACCAUUUUGGAUCAAAUAAUUGCACCAAAUUUCACGAGAAAGCUGAAACAAACGGAAGGAAUCAAAGGGUCGUUUGCUCAUCUGGAGUGUGUGGUGUCAGGCUCGCUGCCGCUAAGCGUCCAGUGGUACAAAGACGAGAACCAGAUCCAAACUGAUGACAAACACAAGUGCAAGUUCUUUGAGAAUGUUGCUCUUCUUGAAAUCUCGGAUCUUGACAGCAGAGACAGCGGCAGCUACACCUGCAUCGCUAAGAACAAAGCGGGAAGUGCACAAUGCUCUGGGAUCUUGUUUGUCAAAGAGCCACCGUGCAUUGUUGAACAGCCAGAAUCUAUGAAUGUUCUUCCCGGCUCAAAGGUUAAUUUUAGUGUUUUGGUGUCGGGCACGCCUCCAUUGACCAUCAAAUGGUUUAAAAACCAGAAAGAGAUAUUAUCCAGCUCAGAUUGCUCGGUGAUUAAAGACAACACAUCCACAUCCCUGGAACUGUUCUUUGUCAAAACCUCGGACUCUGGCGAGUAUGUCUGCGAAGUGCACAAUGACGUCGGAGCCACCUCCUGCCAGACCACCCUCUUUGUCAAAGAGCCACCAAAAUUCACACGAACCCCAGCACGGUUGUCCGUAAUCCGCCCAGGACAGAGCCAAAUGUUUGAGUGCCAAGUGAGCGGCACACCUGAGAUAGACAUAUACUGGUUCAAAGAGGGCUCCGAGAUCGUCCCCAGUGGUCGCUACAAGAUGGCCUUCAUUAACUCUGUGGCCACACUGGAGCUUUGUGGAGCUGAGAUCAAAGACAGCGGAAUUUACUUCUGUGAAGCUCGCAAUGAAGCCGGUAGCGAGAGCUGUAGCAUGGAGCUUAAGGUCAAAGAGCCACCGUUGUUUGUGCGAGAGCUGAUGCCAGCUGACAUUGUCAAAGGCUGCAGUGCCUGGUUGGACUGUCAGCUGACAGGGACUCCUCCCUUUGAGAUUACGUGGAACAAAGAUGGCAAAGAGCUCAAAGCCAGUGCUAAACAUGGCCUCUCUCUGGUCAGUGACACUGUGGGCUUGGAGGUCAGCAAAUGUGAUGCUGGUGAUGUUGGUGAAUACCAGUGCACUGUUGCCAAUGAAGUGGGAAGCUGUAGUUGUAAGACAAUGCUAAGCCUCAAAGAGCCGCCAACAUUUACAAAGCGAAUGGAAAAUGCUACAUGCGUUCUCGGUAAGAAAGUGGUCUUUGAGUGUGUCGUCAGUGGCUCUCCCAAUCUCUCUGUGCAAUGGCAAAAAGAUGGGAACUGGAUUUUGGAAGAUCCUAAAAUGGAGAGAAUAUUUAAGAAUAAUGUAGCCACUCUCAAAAUCCCUACUUGUGAAGCGGAUCACAGUGGGUCAUACACUUGCCAAGUGAUGAACGAAGCCGGACAGGAUAAGUGUGUUGCCACCCUGGCAGUCCAAGAACCUCCUCAAAUCUCAGAGAAACCUGAGGUGGUAAAAGUGACGGCUGGAGAUCCGGUCAGCCUGGACUGCAAGGUAACAGGCUCGGCUGAGCUCAAAGUAAGAUGGAUGAAAGAUGGCAAGGAGCUUCAGUCCAUCAGGCAGCACAAGUUGAGCUUUGAGAACAACAUGAGCAGUCUGAAGAUUCAAUCAGCUCAGAGAGAGGAUGAAGGAGAAUACAUUUUUGAGGUGUCCAACCACAUCAGCAGUUGCAGCUGCACAGUCAAAGUGGUUGUGUUAGAACAAGUCAUCCCACCAAGCUUCAUUAAACCCCUGACAGACAUGCAUGAGAUUUUGGGCUCCUUUGUUCAAAUCGGUUGCAAAAUAUCCGGUUCCAUUCCAAUCUCAGUGGAAUGGCAGAAAGAUGGAACCAAGAUCUCAAGUGGCGUGAAACACAAACUUAUUCAGCAGGACAAUUCUGUCUAUGUGGAAAUUGAGCAUUUAGAGAUUUCGGAUGCAGGAUCUUACUCUUGCAAACUGAACAACACAGCAGGAAGUUGUGAAUGUACUGGAAUCCUGAAGGUCAAAGAACCUCCAAGCUUUGUGACCGUACCUGAGUCUCAGGCGGCCAUACCCAACACCACAGUUCGCUUCAAAGGAACAUUCAAGGGAACACCACCAUUCAGUGUGAAAUGGUUUAAGGAUGACACAGAACUCAUGACCGGACCCACUUGUCUCAUGGGACUGGAGGGGCUUUCAUGCCUCUUAGAGCUCUACUCAGUGGGUGUCAACCAGAGUGGUGUCUACUCCUGCCAAGUCAGCAAUGAUGCUGGUUCUGUACGCUGUAGUGCAGACUUGAUGGUCAAAGAACCACCAGAAUUUGAGCUGAAACUCCCUGCCGAUAAGUGUGUGAAGCAGGGUGAGCCACUCCGCCUGGAGUGCAGAGUCACUGGUACCGGACCGCUCAAGGUGACCUGGUACAAACAGGACACUAAGCUUACUGAUGGUGGCAACUGCAGAACGUCGUUUAUUGAUUCUGUGGCAGUCCUUGAGCUGUUCGCCGCCGGUUUUGAUGAUGAUGGAGUUUACACAUGUGAAGCUCAGAAUGAUGCUGGCAGUGUCAGUUGCAGCACCACUCUAGCUGUAAAAGACCCACCAUCAUUUAUUAAAGUACCUGAACCAGUAGAGGAGCUGAAAGGGAAGGAUGUGAGUCUGUACUGUGAGAUGCGCGGUACAGCUCCCUUCCAGAUUACAUGGUUCAAAGACAAAAAGCCUCUGAUGGAGAGCAGGAAGUAUAAGAUGUUGAGCGAAGGGACCUCGGCCACUCUGCACGUCAUUGGGAUUGAGCUGGUGGAUGCCGGCCAAUACGAGUGUAAAGUCUCAAACAGUGUAGGAAGUGAUAUCUGCCACACAGACGUUAAACUCAGAGAGCCACCAUCUUUCGUGAAGAAACUGUCAAACAUGACAGUGAUUCUGGGACAGGAGGUGACCCUGGUGGCCACUGUUCAAGGCUCUGAACCCAUUACUGUGUCCUGGGUUCAGGACAAGGAUCACAUUCUCAGAGACGGUGACAACAGGAAAAUCACCUUUGAGAACAACCAGGUUGCUCUUAAAGUGUUUACGGCCGACGCAGCAGCUUCAGGCAGAUACACCUGCCAGCUCAGAAACGAUGCUGGGAGCGUGGAGUGUUUUGCUAAUUUGACUGUUCUAGAACCGGCCAGGAUCGUGGAUAAGCCUGAUGCUCUGAAUGUGACUGCAGGCGAUAUUGCCGCUCUAGAGGUCAAAGUGUGCGGCACCCCAGAGCUCACACCUAAGUGGUUCAAGGAUGGUGUGGAACUGGCCUCCGGGAGGAAAUAUAAAAUCUCAUUUACCCGGAUGAUUUCCAGCCUGAAUGUGCUGUCGGCUGAGAAAAUGGACUCAGGAGAAUACACAUUUGAGGUCGUGAACGAAGUCGGAAAGGAUCUCAGCAAAAUUAAUCUCACUGUCUUAGAUAAAAUCAUGCCGCCAUCCUUCACAAGGAAACUGAAGGACUGCCACGCUGUGGUUGGGCAUGCUGGUGAGAUGGAGUGUAAAGUGUCUGGAUCGCCACCUUUCACAAUUACCUGGUACCACGGUGACGAGGAGCUUCAUAGCGGGCCCAAUCACGACAUAUCCUUCAAGGACAACAACUGCACUCUACGGGUGCCCACGCUCAAGCUGUCUGACUCUGGAGUCUAUAAAUGUAAGGCUGUCAAUGAGGCAGGAUCCAGUGAGACGACAGCUUCCCUUGAGGUCAAAGAGCCACCAUCUUUCGUGGUGCCGCCUCAGCCGACCGAGGCCUUGCCAGGAUCUGACGUGACCUUCUCGGCAAUUGUCAAGGGCAGCGCCCCCCUCCGGCUUAAGUGGUUCAGGGGAACCAAGGAGCUGGAGGCUGGACGGGGUUGUAAUUUCUCCUUGAAGGACAACCAAGUCAUGCUGGAGCUCUUCCGAGUAGACAGAAGUCACGCUGGAGAGUAUACUUGCCAGGUCAUCAACGAUGUUGGCAAGGAGAGUUUCCCUGUCAAUCUAAUGCUCAAAGAGCCAGCAUCCUUUGUGAAGAGGCUGAAAGACGUGUCAGUCGAGAAAGGCAAAACUUUGACGCUUGAGUGUUCCUAUGCCGGGACGCCAAUGAUCUCGGUAAGCUGGUUCAAAGACAAGCAGCAGAUCUUUGCGUCAUACAAGUACAACAUGACCACAACGGAGAGCGCCUGCAUCCUGGAGUGUCUCAGUACCGAAGACAAGGAUGCUGCUGGGACAUUUUCCUGUCAAGUGUCUAAUGACGCCGGCCAGGAUACCUGCGAGUCAACCGUGACCAUUCUGGAGCCACCUCAUUUCCUGGAGACACUGGAGCCCAUGGAGGUGACGUCAGGCGACGCCGUGUGCCUCAAGUGUCAUGUGGCGGGGACACCUGAAAUCAAAGUGUCUUGGUUCAAGGGCGAUGGCAAAGUGCGUUCUAGCCCCACCUGCAGGUUGGAGUAUUCCAAGGGCGUCGCCUGCCUCAAACUAAGCAAGGCCACAAAGGCCGACAUUGGCGAGUACACCUGCAAGGCAGAGAACAAGAUUGGCUCUGCUUCUUCCACUUGCAGACUUAGCGUGCAAGAGGCCAAAACGCCACCAUCCUUCCCCAAGAAAAUCACUAGCCUGCAGCAGACCAAAGGUCAGACAGUGCGCUUUGAAUGCCGCGUGGCCGGUUCCUCGCCAAUUGAAGUGUCAUGGCUGAAAGAUGGCGAGCAUCUGAGCCAGGGGGGGGAGUUCUCCAUGGUGUACGAUGAUAACACUGCAGUACUGGAAAUCAGUCACAGUGAUCUUAAGCAUUCGGGAGAGUACACUUGUGUGGCAACCAACAGUGUUGGCUCUGCCUCCUGCAGAGCGAAGCUUUCUUUGCAAGAGCCCAGGUAUCCUCCAGUCUUUGACAGGAAGUUGUCACCAACACAGGCGGUGACAGUGGGAGAUAGCAUUGAGCUUGAAUGUCACAUGACCGGCUCCGCCCCCAUUAAAGUCACAUGGUCAAAAGAUCAUAAAGAUAUCCGCAGUGGCGGGAAUUAUAAGAUACGAUUCGAGGACAACACGGCCUACCUGAGCAUAGUGAAGGCUGACAAAGACGACUCAGGCAGAUACUUUUGCCAUGCCUCCAAUGACAUGGGCAAGGACUCAUGCUCCUCUGACAUUGUUGUGAAAGAGCGCAAAAACCCUCCAGUGUUCACCAAAAAGCCGUCAGAGCACAUGGAGGACAUCGAAGGCAGGCUGGUCAAGAUGGAGGCUCGAGUCUCCGGCUCGCAACCCGUGACAGUCUGCUGGUUGAAGGAUGAUGCGGAGAUCUCCAGCUCAGACAAAUAUGACAUCAGUUUUAAGAGUAAUGUGGCUGUGCUGUGUAUCAAGAGCGGCCAAGUGAUUGACAGUGGAAGGUACAGCUGCCAGGCCUCCAACGAGGCAGGGAAAGCAGUUUGCAACGUCAAUCUGGGCAUCUCAGAGGCGAAGAAACCACCGGUGUUUGACGUCUCGCUCAAAGCAGCGACUGUGGAGGAGGGCGAGAAGCUCAGUCUCAAGUGUCACGUCUGUGGAUCCCCACCCAUGAAGAUUCAGUGGUUGAAGGACAGGAAAGAGCUGGUGUCAGCCGGCAGCACCAAGAUUAGCUUUUCUGAUGGGACAGCCUGUUUGGAGAUCGGCGCCACUUCCCGUCACGAUGCUGGCGACUACAUCUGCAAGGCCACCAAUGACGCCGGCAGCGAGCUUUGCAGAGCUAAAGUUACAAUCAAGGGUAAAGAAGCUCCGCCUCCAACUGAAACUGCUGCUGAUACUGCUCCGACUAAGAAGCUGGAGAACCUGUUCUUCAUCGAGGAGCCAAAGAGCGUGAAUGCCACUGAGAAGGGCUCAGCCACCUUCAUUGCCAAAGUAGGCGGUGACCCCAUUCCAAGCGUCAAGUGGAUGAAGGGCAAGUGGAGGCAGCUCACGCACGGUGGACGGGUCUCCAUCGAGCAAAAAGGCCAAGAGGCCAAACUAGAGAUCAGAGAGGUAACCAAGUCUGACUCAGGCCAAUACAGGUGCGUGGCCUCCAACAAGCACGGCGAGAUCGAAUGCGCCACCAACCUUUCUGUGGACGAGAAGAAAACAUCAGCUCAGCUGGAAGGAGACCUUCGAGCCAAACUGAAGAAGACUCCGUCCAAGCAGAAGAGUCCCGAGACAGAUAAAGACAUUGACAUUGUGGAACUGCUGAGGAACGUGGACCCCAAAGAGUAUGAGAAAUACGCUCGCAUGUACGGUAUCACCGACUACCGAGGACUGUUGCAGGCUAUUGAGCAGCUCAAGCAGGAGAAAUCAGAAGAAAGUGGAAGACCGGAAGUGGAACGUGCACCGAGAGAGUCUGAUGAGGACAUGGCACGACUGGUAGCCGACCUGCAGAAAAGAAUGGAGCGGACCGAGCCCGUCACCGUCGUGAAGGACAUCUCGGAUCAGUCUGUCUUGGCGGACAAUGUGGCGGUGUUUGAGUGCGAGAUCAAGAUCAACUACCCUGAGAUUACUCUGUCCUGGUACAAAGGCACCCAGAAACUGGAUACUGGUGCCAAGUAUGACAUCAUCAUCAACGGAGAUUGCCACCUGCUGAAAAUUAAGCAGUGCCAAGUGUCCGACCAGGGCAACUACAGGGUGGUGUGCGGGCCGCAUAUCUCCAGUGCCAAGCUCACAGUCAUGGAGCCUGAGGUGGAGAAGCACCUGCAGGACACAUCGGGUAAGGAAGGCCAGUCGUGUACGCUGUCUUGUCAGUUGUCCAUCCCUAACGUAGAGGCUCAGUGGUUUAAGAACGGCCAGCAGUUAGAAAUGAAGGGCAGGUUCACGUCCGAGGUCAAACACAAGGUUCAGAAGCUUCAUAUCAGAGACCUGAAGACUGACGAUCAGGGAAGAUACACCUGCAGGUACCAGCACCUGCAAUCUUCGGCGGACCUCUGGGUGGAAGUCGAACAAAUUCAUUUCACCAAACGUAUCCACAAUGUCGAAGUCAGCGAGCGCCAAGCAGCCACCUUCGAGUGCGAGGUGUCCUUUGACAACGCUAUCGUGUCAUGGUACAAAGAUACCUGGGAACUGAAAGAAUGCCCUAAGUAUAACUUUCGAAGUGAGGGGCGAAGACAUUUCAUGGUCAUCCGAAACGUGACCGUUGAAGACGAAGGCGUGUACUCGGUGAUUGUGAGGUUGGAGCCCAGAGGAGAGGCUAAGAGCACAGCUGAGCUUUAUUUGUCUGGCAAAGAGAUCCAAAUAGCAAUGGUUCCCUUUGAUGUGCAAGACUCGUCAGUUCAGAGGCCCGAGGCGCCAUCGUCAGUAGAGAUUCAAGAAUCGACUGAAUUCUAUCAAUACAAAGAAGAAAUUGAACAAACAGUUGUCCAAGAGAGAGUGGAGACACAGGAAGUGAUAUUGGAAGUGAAAGAGGAAAAGGCUUUCAAAGUGGCCAAAGUCGAGGAGCAAGAAAUCAAGUUGGUGACAGCUGAGGAGGAAUCAGCACUACCAAAAGUGACCAGAGAAACAGUGGAGGAGAAGCUUCCUGUAGUUUCAGUUCCAGAGAAGAAAGUUCCUGCUAUUAAAGAACCGGAGGAGCUUAAAAAGCCGAAAGCUGUUCCCUCGCCACCACUGGAGCCCAGCGUUCCAAAAAAAGAUGAGCCCAAGCCUCAGGUACCAGCUGAGCCUAAAAAGUUGGUCCCUGCUGCUAAACCAGAACCUGAAGCCAAAGUUACAGCAAAGGCUGAGCCAGAGCCAGAAGCUAAGCCAGCACCACUGAAGAAGCCGACACCGUCGCCUAAAAAAGUCCCGGAAGAACCUACCAAGAUAAAGUCAGAACCUGAACCCAAAACACCAAAAACAGAGCCAGAAAAAAGAAAAGAGCAAGUGAGUAAACCCGAGGAGCCAGUGCCUUUGGCGCCACCCAAACCAGAGCCUGUGGUGAAAAAAGAUGAAUCACCAGAGGUGAAGGUGUCGAAAAUAGAACCACCAGCACCAAAGGAACCCGCCAAGAAAGUGCCGGAGAAACCAGUCAAGAAGGAGGCUGCUGCAGCCCCACAGAAGGUCGACAGAAAAGAAGAAGCACCGCAGAAGAAGCCUGUGGUCACCAAAGUUCCUGUGGAGGCAAAAAUAGCAGAUGAGCCAAAAGCAGCCAAGAAACCAGAAGCUGCUGUGGUUCCGCCCAAACAAGAGCCAGAAGAGCGAGAACGAGAUUUGGAGCCCAAACCUGAUCUUGUAUGUGAAGACGAGCCUGUACCUCAAAAAGAACUUCAGAAGACACUUGAUGAGGUUGUGAUGUCACUGACUACAGAAAAGAGUCUUCCUCCUGACAUAGUACAUGACAAGCUUCCAGAGAAAACACAUGAUACAGUACCAGAGAAACUUCAAGAUAGACAGCCUGAGAAAGUACCUCAAAAGCUUCCAGAGAGAAUACAUGAGAAUGUACCAGAGAAGCUUCCAGAUAGAAAAUCUCAGAAGGUACCAGAGAAGCUUCCAGAGGAAACACACCAAAAAGUACCGGAGAAGGUUCCAGAUAGAAAACCUGAGAAGGUACCUAAAAAGCUUCCAGGUAAAGUGCCUGAGAAAGUAUCAGAGAAGCUUACAAAUCAAACAAGUGAGAAAACAACAGAUUCGCUUUCAGAUAAAACACAUGACAAAUCACCUGAGAAGCUUCCAUAUACAAAACCCGAGAAAGUACCUGAGAAGCUUCCAGAAGAAACACACGAGAAAGUACCACAGAAGCUUCCAGUGAGAAAACCUGAGGAAGUAUUAGAGAAGCUUCCAGAUCAAAUACAUGAGAAAACAACAGAGAAGCUUCCAGAUCGAACUCAUGAAAAGGUACCUGAGAAGCUUACAGGUAGAAAACCUGAGAAAGUACUAGAGAAGUUUCCAGAUCAGAUAAAUGACAAAACACCUGACAAGCUUCCAGAUAGAAAACCUGAGAAGCUUCCAGAGAAAACAAAUGAGAACCUGUCAGAGACGCUUCCAGAUAGACAACCUGAGAUACUACCUGACAAGCUUGCAGUUAGAAAACCAGAGAAGCUUCCAGAUAAAACAAAUGAGAAACUUCCUGAGAAGCUUCCAGAUAUACUACCUGAGAAGCUUCCAGAAGAAACAUACAAGAAAUUACCAGAGAAGCUUCCAGUGACAAAACCUGAGAAAGUACCUGACAAGCUUCCAGACAGAAAACCAGAGAAGCUUCCAGAAGAACCACAUGAGACUGUACCAGAGAAGCUUCCAAAGAGAAAACCUGAGAAAGUACUAGAAAAGGUUCCAGAUACAAAAACUGAGAAAGUACCUGAGAAGCUUCCAGAUAGAAAACCAGAGACGCUUCCAGAUAGAAAAACUGAGAAAGUACCUGAGAGGCUUCCAGAUAGAAAACCAGAGAAAGUUCCAGAUAAAACAAAGGAGAAAAUACCUGAUAAGCUUCCAGAUAGAAAAACUGAGAAGCUUCCAGAAGAACCACACGAGAAUAUACCAGAGAAGCUUCCAAGUAGAAAACCCGAGAAAGUACUAGAAAAGCUUCCAGAUACAAAAACUGAGAAAGUACCUGAGAAGCUUCCAGAUAGAAAACCAGAGAAGCUUCCAGAUACAAAAAUUGAGAAAGUACCUGAGAAGCCUCCAGAUAGAAAAACUGAGAAAGUACCUGAGAAGCUUCCAGACAGAAAAGCAGAGAAGCUUCCAGAUAAAACAAAUGAGAACCUGUCAGAGACGCUUCCAGAUAUACUACCUGAGAUACUACCUGACAAGCUUGCAGGUAGAAAACCAGAGAAUCUUCCAGAUAAAACAGAUGAGAAACUUCCAGAGAAGCUUCCAGAUAGACAACCUGAGAUACUACCUGAGAAGCGUCCAGAAGAACCACACGAGAAUGUACCAGAGAAGCUUCCAGUGAGAAAACCUGAGAAAGUACUAGAAAAGCUUCCAGAUAGAAAAACUGAGAAUGUACCUGAGAAGCUUCCAGAUAUAAAACCAGAGAAACUUCCAGAUAAAACAAAGGAGAAAAUGCCUGAGAAGCUUCCAGAUAGAAAACCAGAGAAACUUCCAGAUAAAACAAAGGAGAAAAUGCCCGAGAAGCUUCCAGAAGAACCACACCAGAAUUUACCAGAGAAGCUUCCAGUGAGAAAACCUGAGAAAGUACUAGAAAAGCUUCCAGAUCAAAUAGAUGAGAAAACAUCGGGGAAGCUUCCAGAUAGAAAAACGGAGAAUGUACCUGAAAAGCUUCCAGAUAGAAAACCAGAUAAGCUUCCUGAUAAAACAAAGGAGAAAAUGCCUGAGAAGCUUCCAGAAAAGAAACCUGAAAUAGAACCCAAGAAGCUUCCAGAAGAAACACACCAGAAUGUACCAGAGAAGCUUCCAGUUAGAAAACCUGAGAAAGUACUAGAGAUACUUCCAGAUCAAAUAAAUGAAAAAACACCAGAAAAGCUUUCAGAUAAAAAACAAGAGAAGCUACCAACUGAAACAAAGGCAAAAAUGCCAGAGAAGCUUCCAGCUCGAGAACCCGAGAAAGUACCUAAGAAGCUUCCAGAUAAAACACAUGAGAAAGUAGCAGAGACACCUUCUCAUAAAACAAAUGAGAAAACGCCAGAGAAGCUUCCAGAGAAGGUACCUGAGAAGCUUACACAUCAAACCCACAAGAACGUACCUGAGAGUCUUACAGGUACAAAUCAUGAGAAGGUAUCUGAUAAAACACAUGUCAAAGUACAUGAGAAGCUUCCAGAAAAAACACAUGACAAAGAACCAGAGAAACCUUCUCAGAUUGCUGAGAAAGAUCUGACACCCCAGAGAACGGGGGAAGACUUCUUUGGCAAAGUCUCUGAAAAUGUUGCAGAGAAGCCACCAGGAGGCGGCGUUUUUGAGAAGAACGCAAAUAAAUAUGAGAUGAUUGCCACGUUGACACAUGAGAAGGAACGUUCUGAUGAAAUAUUCUCUGGAGUUGUUGAAGUCAAGGAAGAAGUAGCAGAACAUUCAGCCACAGACGUAGAAAGGAUUGCAAAGAUUCGACCUUCAGAGGUUGAACAAGAGAAACAGAAACUUUCUCCUCCAGAAAAAGAGCGGCUCGUUGAAAUUGAGCAACAGGAACUUUAUGUGGUGACAGAGCGCUUGUCUCCCACAGAGGGGCCGUUGCCCUAUGAGGAGGUGGGAGAAGAACAUGCCCAAGUGACGUACGAGACGACUAUGGGCCAUGUGAAGGCUUCGUUGGCUCAGGUGGAAGUCUUGACUGAGACGCAAACACAAAAAAAUGAAACGUCUGAAUUGAGAGGCAAAAUAACUGAAAUUAUUCCGGAACCAAUCAAAAAUCUAAAUGCUGAGGGCGCCCGGGAGUAUAAAACUGAGCAAUCUCCAGCGGAGGACCCUACAAAAGACAAACCGAUUAUACAAGUCAGACAGGAGAGGAAAGACACACGCCUGUCAGGCAAAAAGCAGAGCACAGUCAAGAAGGAAGAAACAACUCUUCAAAGAGAAACCAAAGCCAAAACUGUGAAAGAUGACAUACACACCACGACAAUCCCGACUGUCACAGGUAAACAGGAAGUAGAGGCAGACGUUAUUCCAGUUUCUUUGAGGACCAAACAAAGUCCAACUCCAGAAGAGAGUGUUGUGGUUGAGCCCAGUGACAUGCUAACAGAUAAGUCUGCAAAAAGACACAAGAUAGCUGAGAAGAAACAAACAUCUGACAAGCUCAUUGACAAAAAAACUCAAAUAGAACCAGAAGUGUCCGUGUCGGACAUCCAUCCUCAGCAAACCAAAACGAUCAGACACCAGAAAACCCGAGAAGAAGAAUCAAGUCCACAAUUGGAAGACGCCGUUCAAAAGAAACCUUCAGUCACCGCUAGAAAAAGCCAAUUGAUGGAAGAAAUUCCUUUGGAAGCUACUCCCAAAGAGGCCAAGAUGUUUCCUGCCCAUCCGGAGAUGCUGGAACGAGAAGCUGAGAGAGCUUCAGUGAAGGAGUCACAUCUGAAGCCGGAAGAACCAGCGGUGAAGCCCGCUGCUGCCCAAGAAGAGAUUGAAGCACCUAAGCCAGUUGAAGACAAAAUGCCUGAGCAGCUACAAACAGGAAUUACCAAGCCAGUCAAGCUUGUUGUCAAAGCCGAGGAGUCAACCAAAAAGGUUGUGGAAGAAGUAAAAACUGUCAAAGUGGAUAAAGUAGCACCUGAGACAGAUGAAGCCAAGGGUCCUGUUCAAACACCAGGAGGAGUCAAGAAAGAAGCAGCUCUGCUCAAAAAAGUUAAAGUACAGAAGGAAGAGACAGGGACGUUUGAGAUUCCCUCUCUGAGGAAAACUACUCCAAUCACAAAGGAAGAGGAGGAGCAAAUGCCAGAAAUGAUCAAACUCAAGAAGAUUCCAUCUGUUCCACCUAAAGAGUCAGUGGAGGAGCCGACAUCUCUGAAAGCCACCAGGACCGUAUGUGUUGACAUGGUCGAGGUAGUGCAUGAAGAACAUACAGCCGAGGUAUUGGUUACCACCAAGAGGUCCGAGGAGGAGAAAAAGCCUAGAGAUAAAGCAGCUGUGGUGAAAAAGCAAGAUACGCCAAAGACGAAACAAGUGGAAGAAAAACAAGAUACCAAACCUCAGUGGAGCCCUCAGAAAGGAAUUCCAAAGGAUGAUAAAUCAGAGGAUACCAUUUCUUGGAAAAAAACUCCCAAAGCUCCACAGGAAGAGGAACCAGUCCAUCCUGGUGUUGCUUUGAAAAAAAUAAAACAACUGCCUUUGGAUGAAGAAGAACCAGAAGUUGUCAAACUUAAACCCUUUGAGAAGCCGGUGAAAGCGACUGAUGAGCCAGAUAAAUCUGUCAAGGAUGUACCAGAAAAGAUUGGGGCUUUUCAGAAAGAGCAGAGAAUGCCCAGAGAAGCGGAGGCCAAGGAACCUCCUAGGAAAGAUGAUAAAGAACCAGCAGAAGUAAAGGAACCACUGACCAAAGUGCUGAAGCCAGUAACUAAAUCCAUCCCUGAGAAAAAAGAGCCAGAAGAGACCAAAGCACCUGCGAAGUUAAAGAAAACCCCAACGCAGCAGCCAGAGGAAGAGCAUGUUAAGCUGAAGCCUUUUUCACGUCCUUCUAAGGAGGCCGUCAAGCCUGAGAAGAAACCAGCUGAAGAUGAAAUCAGGAAACCAACCGAAGACCUACAGCAGAAACGUAUCAUUCCAGAAGACAAACCUGGAGAACAGGUGAUGGAUGCUACAUUAAAAAAACCUGACGUAGUUCAAGCAGAGGAAAAGAAACCAGAGAAGCUGAAGGAGGCUGAGCCAGUUCCAACAAAGAAGAUUGCUACCGAAGUGCCUGAGAAGGUGCCCAAGAAAGCAGACCAAGUUCCAGAGGAGCCCAAACCUCUCAAACUGAGGAAGGCAGUCACACCGAAAACCAAAGAUCAAAAAGAAGAAGUGGAGUUGACACCUCUAGAGAAGCUCAAGAAGAUUCAACUGAAAAAGACACCCUCACCAAAAGUGGACAAACCUAAAGAAGCUGAAGUAGUCCCCACUGAGAGGAAGCUGAGCAUGGAACUAAAGAAGACACCUAAAACAGUUUCACCUAAAGACUCCACAGAAUCCAUCACUCUUAAAAAGGUAACCAAAAAACCUUUACAGGAGGAUCUAGAAGCAGCACAGCCUCCAAAAGAAAAGAUCCCACUGGUGAAGGAAGUUUCUCCUGCGGCAGUAGAGAUAAAGAAAGUGGCGACACAGCCAGAGGAGGAGGUGUUUGAGGAGGACUUUGGGGUGGAGAACGAGGCUGACCUGGAGGAGGAAGAGGCGUGGGGCUGGGAACUUGUUCCUCAGGAAAGCGGUGAAGAUUGGGAAGGCGAAGGGGAAGAGGGCGCUCUGGAGGUACCGGGGGUGGCCAGGAGAGAGGGACAACCAGCAGAGGAAGCAGGACGAGGAAGAGGACGAGGUAUCAAACUCAAACAAACACCAUCGCCGGGUGAAGGCAGGGGGCGUGGCCUCAAGCCUGCUGGAAGAGGCACUCCGCCUCCAGAGGAACCUUUUGGAGGAUUCAAACUUAAGGCUGUUCCACUGAAGUUCAUCAAAAAGCUUCAGGAUAUCGUGUUGCAAGAAGCCGAGUCCAUCGGCUCGUCAGCCGUGUUUGAGUGUGAGGUCUCGCCGUCCACCGCUAUCACGUCGUGGAUGAAAGAUGGCAGCAAUCUGCGCGAGAGCCCGAAGCACAAGUUCACGUCUGAUGGCAAAGAUCGCAAGUUGAACAUCAUCGAUGUCCAGCUGUCCGACACCGGAGAAUACACCUGUGUCGCCAAGAACGCUGGCAAGGAAAUCUCCUGCACCGCUAAGCUGAUUGUUGAAGAGCUUCCUGUGAAAUGGAUCAAGGAGUUGGAGGCAGAGUCUUCGGCUAUAAAGGGACAGCCACUGUACUUGACCUGCGAGUUGAACAAAGAGAAAGAUGUGGUCUGGAGGAAGAAUGGCGAGGUCCUUAAAAAAGUAGCUAACAAAAUCCAGAUCAACAUCAUAGGUAUGCAACACGCCGUGACCAUCCAGAACUGCACUGAAGAGGACGCGGGUACCUAUUCUUGUGAAGUGGCUAACCAGGAGGAUGUGAAGACAUCAACAAAUGUGAAAGUGAUAGAGAUCAUCAAAGAUUGGAUUGUGAAGCCCCUGAGGGAUCAGCAUGUAAAACCGAAGGCCAGCGCCACAUUUAAAUGCGAGCUCUUUAAGGACACGCCCAACUGGAAGUGGCUUAAAGGAGAGAAGGAGCUAGCUCCCUCGGAUAAAUUGGACAUCAAGAAGGACGGCAAAGAUCUGACGCUGACCAUUAAGAACUGCCAGCCUGACGAUGUGUCAGAAUACUCUAUGGAAGUGGAGGGACGUGUCUACACCGCCAAACUGACACUCGGAGAACGCGAGGCGGAGAUCCUGAAGCCCCUGGCCAGUGUGGAAGUGGUAGAGAAGGAAGAUGCCACGUUUGAGACAGAAAUAUCCGAGGAAGAUAUUCCAGGAGAGUGGAAGCUCAAAGGGGAGAUUCUGACAAGAUCUCCAACCUGCGACAUCCAAGCCGAGGGUGGUGUGCGCCGCAUCACUUUGAAAAAGUGCCAACUGGACCAGGCGGGUGAAGUGUCCUACCAGGCGCUGAAUGCCGUCACAAGCGCAAUGCUGAAUGUUAAAGAAAUCCCAAUGGACUUUGUUGUCCCACUGAAGGAUGUUAGUGUGCCUGAAAAGAAGCAGGCUAAAUUUGAAUGCACCAUCACCAAGGAUGUUUCUAAGGUUAUGUGGUACAGAGGCAGUGACAUCAUCACACCGGAUGCAAAAUAUGACAUCAUAGAUGAUGGAAAGAAGCACAUGCUUGUCAUAAACUGCUGUGAGUUUGAUGAUGAGGAUGAGUACAAGAUUGAAGUAUUGGGCAAAGCGUCCACGGCGAGACUGACAGUGGAGGGUAUCAGGCUCAAACUGAUUUCACCAAUAAAGGACCAAACGGUGAAAGAGGGCAGCACUGUUUACUUUGAGCUGGAGCUCUCUCAUGAAAAUGUUCCCCUCACCUGGUUCAAGAACGAUGUUAAAGUCCAUCCUAGCAGAACUGUGCUCAAGCAUGUAGAUGGGAAGCGACAUGUGCUCGAAAUGAAGGACGUAACACUUGAUGACACUUGUCAGAUUAAGGCUGAAGCUAAAGGAAUUUCAACCAUGGCCAACUUAACAGUCAUAGAGGGAGAUGCAUACUUCACAGUCAAGCUGCAGGACUACACUGCAGUGGAAAAAGACAAGGUGUUGCUAGAAUGUGAACUUAACAGAGACGUCCAAGUUAUAUGGUACCACAACGAAACCGAAGUGAAGGCCUCCAAAAUGGUGGCCAUUAAGGCGGAGGGCAAACACAGAUCACUUGUCAUCAGGAAAGUCGUAGACAGCGAUAAAGGACAGUACGUGUGUGACUGUGGAACAGACAAGACGACAGCAGCGCUUCACAUUGAAGCCCGCAACAUCCGAGUGCUGCGGCCAGUGUAUGGUGUAGAGAUCUUUGAAGGUGAGACGGCUCGUUUUGAGGUCGAGCUGAGUGAAGACGACGUACACGGCCAGUGGAAACUCGGCGGCCAAGUCCUCAGUCCAUCUCCUGAUGUUGAGAUGGUGGAGGACGGUGCCAAGCACACGCUGGUGUUGUACAACUGCAAAGUGCCUCAGACGGGCGAGGUGGCGUUUAGCGCCGCCAACGCCAAAUGUUCGGCCAACUUGAAAGUGAAGGAACUUCCCAUCUCCUUCCUCACCCCGUUGGCCGAUGUGCAUGUCUUUGAAAAAGAUGAAGCCAAAUUUGAGGUGGAAAUUUCCAGAGAACCCAAAAGUUCUCGCUGGCUUAAAGGAUCUCAGACGCUUUCAAACGAUGAUAAGUUUCAGCUUCUGGACGAUGGCAAGAAAUAUUCUCUUAUUGUGAAAUCCGCCAGAUAUGAAGACGAAGCCAAGUACACAUUUGAGGCAGAAGACAAAAGAACAUCAGGAAGACUCAUUAUUGAAGGUAUUCGUCUCGAGUUUCUCAAACCUAUCAAAGAUGUGACAGUGAAGGAGCGCGAAACAGCCGUGUUCAGUGUGGAACUCUCACAUGAAAAGAUCCCGGUGGUUUGGUACAAAAACGGUUUGCGGCUGCACCCCAGCAAGGUGGUGCACAUGUCUGAGGAUGGUCGAGUCCACAAGCUGGCCUUCAAGGAGGUCACAGUCGAUGACACAUCCAUGAUCAAGGUGGAGGCUAUGGACAAGACAGCAGAGGCCAUGCUCACCGUGCUGGAGGGUGACCUCUACUUCACGCUGAAGCUCCAAAACUACACUGCCAUUGAAAAGGAUGAGGUGAUUCUUUCCUGUGAGCUGAGCAAGGCCACAGGAGCGGUCCGAUGGUUCAAGGACGGCAAUGAAAUAUUUGCCUCCAAGAACAUUCUGAUCCAGUCAGACGGCAGAAAACGCACUCUAGUCAUCAAGAAGGCAGCCAAGAGUGACAUGGGAACCUUCACCUGCGACUGUGGCACUGACAAAACCACAGCCCAGCUCAACAUCGAAGAGCGUGACAUCAAGGUUGUACGUCCGCUGUACAGCGUGGAGGUGACUGAGACUGAGACGGCUAAGUUUGAAACCGAGAUUUCAGAGGAAGACCUUCAUGCCACGUGGAAGCUGAAGGGGGAGACGCUCCAUCCAUCUGCUGAUGUGGAAAUCAAGGAGGAAGGAGUGAGACACACUUUGAUUCUCUUCAACUGCCGCAAAGACAUGGCCGGGACUGUGGACUUCUCAGCAGCCAAUGCCAAGUCGUCAGCUCAGCUAAGGGUCAAAGCCCGGGUCAUCGGCUUGGCGCGGCCUCUGACUGACGUCACCGUGACUGCCGGGGAGACUGCCACCUUCGAAUGCGAGCUGUCCUACGAAGACAUUGCUGUUGAGUGGUUCCUGGAGGGUACCAAGAUGGAACCCAGCGACAGAGUGGUGCUCAAGUCGGAGGGCAAAGUUCACAGCUUGACCUUGCGGGAUGUCCAGCUAAAAGAAGCGGGACAAGUCCGACUGACCGCCAAGGACUUCCAGACAGAAGCCAACCUCUUCGUUAAAGAACCACCUGUGGAGUUCACUAAGCCUUUAGAGGACCAGACGGUGGAGGAGGAAGCCACCGCCACACUGGAAUGUGAGGUGUCCAGACAAAACGCAGAGGUGCAAUGGUUCAAAGAUGGACAGGAGAUCCGCAAGAGUAAAAAGUAUGAGAUGAUCGUGGACGGCCACAAGAGGACGCUGCUCAUCCACGGCUGCACUUUGGAUGACUCGAGAACAUAUUCUUGUGACGCUAAAGACUUUAAAACCUCCUGCUUCCUAAAUGUUGAACCUCCACAUGUUGAGUUCUCCAAGCCACUCCAUGAUGUUGAGGUCCGAGAGAAGGAGUCCGCCAGGUUUGAGUGUGAAGUGUCCAGAGAAGAUGUUAAGGUCCGCUGGUUCAAGGAUGGAAGUGAAAUCAGAAAAGGGAAGAAGUAUGAAAUAAUAGCUCAGGGACGCCAACACAUCCUCAUUGUCCACAAGUCCGUGUUUGACGACGAGGCCGAGUAUGAAUGUGACGCAAAAACAUGCAAAUCCUCCGGAAUGCUUACUGUUAUCGAGGAGGAGGCCAGGUUUACUAAGAACUUGUCCAAUGUGGAGGGAACCGAGACUGACAGCGUGAAGCUCAUCUGCGAGGUCUCCAAACCCAGCGCUGAUGUCACCUGGUACAAAGGAGACGAAGAGCUGCCGGAGGGCGGCCGCUAUGAGCAGAUCGUCGACGGGAAGAGGCGAAUCCUCCUCAUUCAGGAUCUGAAGAUGGCUGAUGCUGGAGAGUACAACUGUCGGCUGAGUCCUAGCAUCAAAACAUCUGGAAAUCUCAAGAUUAAUGAACUGGCAGCAGAGUUCAUCUCUAGGCCUCGCAGCAUAGAGGUGGUGGAAGGUGAAAAGGCGGAGUUCACCUGCACGGUCUCCAAGGAAACCUUUGAGGUCAAAUGGCUGAAAGAUGACAAAGAGCUGGAGGAUGGAGACAAGUACCAAAUGAGCCGUGACGGAAAGAGGCGGACUCUGGUCAUCAAUAACUGCGAGCCCAAAGACGAGUGCAAAUAUGUGGUGAUGGUCGGCCCAACAAGAGCGACCGCUGACCUCACUGUGCUCGAGAAACUGAAGAUCAUCACACCGUUGAAGGACACAGAGACCAGUGAAGGCCAGGAAGUGGUCCUGAACUGCGAGGUGAACGAUGAGGGAGCAAAGGCCAAGUGGCUAAAGAAUAAUGAGACUAUCUUUGAGAGUAGCAAGUACGUGAUGGCCCAGCGAGACAACGUCUUCUCGCUGAGGAUCAGAGACGCACAAAAAAGCGAUGAAGACAACUAUAGCAUCAGCCUGACCAAUCAGAGAGGAGAGCAGGCCAAGAGCUCCUGCAGCCUGUCCGUCAAAGAGGAGAGUUUGAGGAUUGUUGUUCCUCUGGAGGACAUUGACACUCAGGAGAAAAAUACAGUCAGCUUUUCCUGCAAGGUCAACCGGUCCAACGCCACUCUGAAGUGGAUCAAGGCUGGCGAGGAGAUAGUCUUCAACAAACGCGUCAUCUACAAAGUUGACAAAGUCAAGCACACGCUGAUCAUCAAGGACUGCACGCUGGCCGACGAGGGCGAGUACACUGUUGUUGCUGGAGAAGACAAAUCCACAGCCGAGCUGAUCAUCAGUGAGGCUCCAACCGACUUUGCCAUGCAGCUGAAGGACCAGACUAUCACUGAGUUUGAAGAUGCAGAGUUUACUUGCAAGCUGACAAAGGAGAAGGCUGACGUCAAAUGGUACAAGAACGGCCGUGAAAUUCGUGAAGGACCAAGAUACACAUUUGAAAAAGAUGGUAAGACCUGCACCUUGCGCAUCAAAGAGUGCCGACCUGACGACGAGUGUGAGUACGCUUGCGGUGUCGACGAGAAGAGAUCCAGAGCGAGACUCUUUGUUGAAGAAACCCCAGUGGAGAUCAUCAGGCCACCGCAGGAUGUGUUCCAACCUCCCGGCUCUGAUGUGGUGUUUGAGGUGGAACUCAACAAGGACAGAGUGGAGGUGAAAUGGUUGCGGAACAACAUGACAGUCGUCCAGGGAGACAAAUACCAGAUGAUGAGUGAAGGUAAAGUCCACAGACUACAGGUCUGUGAGAUCCGUCCUCGAGAUCAAGGCCAGUACAGAGUCAUCGUCAAGGACAAAGAUGCCAUGGCCAAGCUGGAGAUGGCGGCGGCGCCCCAGAUAAAAACCACUGACCAAAACUACGUCACAGAUGCCGGGAAGCCUCUUGUCAUGGCCGUUCCCUACAGCGCAUACCCACAAGCUGAGGCAGACUGGCUCUAUGACAAUUUAAGUCUUCCACAGGAUAGCGUCUACACAUCCUCCGACUGCACAGAGUACCGUAUGAAGGACCCUAGAAAAUCUGACGAGGGUCGUUACAAGGUCAUCAUUAAGAACAAGCAUGGAGAGGGUGAAGCGUUCAUCAACCUGGAUGUCAUCGAUGUUCCAGGACCUGUGAAGAACCUGCAGGUGGUCGACACUGCUGACGGUGAAGUCAGUUUGGCAUGGGAGGAACCAGAGAAUGACGGAGGAAGCAAAGUCAUUGGUUACGUAGUGGAGAGACGAGACGUGAAACGCAAGACCUGGACGCUGGCCACUGAGCACGCCGACAGCCCCGAGUACACAGUGACAGGACUCCAGAAGGACUCCAUGUACCUUUUCAGAGUCUGUGCUCGAAACCGUGUUGGCAGCGGACCCACAGUAGAGACAGACAAACCAGUCCAGGCCAAAAACAAGUUUGAUGUUCCUGAUGCUCCUCUUAAUGUGAUUGUCGGGAACGUCUCCAAGUUUGGUUGUACUGUGUCCUGGGAGCUGCCGGCAUCAGAUGGCGGUUCUCCUAUUACCUCUUACAUCAUCGAGCUCCGUGACAGGACUUCCGUAAAGUGGUCACCUGUCCAGGUGACAACAUCUGAUGAGCUCAGCGCUGUCAUUAAUGAUGUCAUCGAGAACAAAGAAUACAUCUUCAGAGUCAAGGCUCAGAACAAAGCUGGUGUGGGCAAGCCCAGUGCUGCUUCCCAACCUGUAAAGAUUAUGGAUCCCAUUGAGCGUCCCAGCCCACCCCAGAACUUGGCCUAUCAAGACCAGAACAAAAGCUCUGUGCAGCUCAGCUGGGAGACACCGCUGAGCAAUGGUGGAAGCAUGAUCACAGGAUACAUCAUUGAGCGCUGUGAGGACGGAACCGAUAAGUGGCUCCGCUGUAAUGCCCGCCUCUGUCCUGACCUUUUCUACAAGGUUAGCGGUCUCAAGUAUGGAACAAAUUACAACUACCGAGUGUUUGCAGAAAACGCAGCCGGAAUCUCAGAUCCAUCCAACAUCAUUGGACCUCUGCUGGCCGAUGACCCACACAUUGGUCCAACUUUUGAUCUGAGUGCGUUCAAAGAUGGCCUGGAGGUUAUCGUCCCACAGCCGCUCACUAUCAGAGUCCCUAUCUCUGGAUAUCCCGUCCCUGUCGCCACGUGGACAUUCGGCGAGAAGGAGCUGACUGCUGCCGAUGAACGGGUCACUCUGACGACCAGGUCCACAUUUGCAGAAUUAGUCGUCACGCCAAGCGUUCGGCCAGACAAAGGCAUCUACACCUUGCAGUUGGAAAAUGAUGUCACAUCUGUCUCUGGCGAAAUUGAAGUCAACGUCAUUGCCGCACCUAGUGCACCAAAGGACUUCAAGGUGCAGGAAGUGACCCGCGAGCAUGUUCACCUAGCCUGGGAAGCACCGGAGCAUGACGGCGGAAGCCCUCUGACAGGCUACCAGGUUGAAAAACGGGAGGUGUCCCGCAAGACCUGGGUCAAAGUGGCCACAGGUAUCCAGGAUCAGGAGAUGACUGUCACGGAUGUGGUUGAAGGGAAGGAGUAUCUCUUCAGGGUCACAGCCUGUAACAAGUGUGGACCAGGAGAACCUGCAUACAUUGAUGAGCCCAUCAAUGUAUCCUCUCCUGCCACUGUCCCGGACCCUCCGGAGAACCUGAGAUGGAGAGACAAGUCAGCCAGCAGCAUCUUCCUGACCUGGGAACCUCCAAAGUAUGACGGUGGAAGUGGCAUUCGUGGCUACAAUGUUGAUCGUUGCCAGAGAGGAAGUGAUAAGUGGGAGCCCUGUGGAGACCUCAUCCCUGAGCUGAAGUUUCAAGUGACAGGUCUGAUUGAGGGCCAGUGGUACUCAUAUAGAGUCCGAGCCUUGAAUCGACUUGGAGCCAGCCGGCCCUGCAAGGCCACAGAUGAGAUCCAAGCUGUAGAUCCAAAAGAGCCACCAGAAAUCCAUUUGGACUCAAAGCUGCUUGCUGGUCUGACUGCUAAAGCAGGUAGCAAGAUUGAAUUGCCUGCCGAGGUGACAGGCAAACCCGAACCCCGGGUGAAGUGGACUAAGGCUGACCUGGUCCUCAAAGCUGAUGAUAGAGUCGCCAUCGACACCAAACCCGGGCACUCCACCGUUACCAUCUCCAAGACCAAACGAGAUGACAGCUCCACCUACAUCAUUGAGGCCACAAACAGCUGUGGUCGCGCUACUGCUACUGUUGACGUCAACAUUCUUGAUAAGCCCGGCCCCCCAGCUGCCUUCGACAUCUCUGAAAUUACCAAUGAGUCCUGUUUCCUGGCCUGGAACCCACCACGUGAUGAUGGUGGCUCGAAGAUCACCAACUACAUAAUCGAGCGACGUGCUGUAGACAGUGAGAUUUGGCACCGGCUCUCCUCCACUGUCAAACAAACAACCUACAGAGCAGUGGGUCUGGUCAAGUUGAAGGAGUACAUUUUCAGGGUCUUUGCUGAGAACCAGUUUGGUGUGGGUCUACCAGCAGAACACCCAUCCAUCAUCGCGAGAUAUCCCUUCGACACCCCCGGCGCACCCUACAAGCUGGAGCCUUCGGACAUAGCCAAGGACUCAGUGACUCUUAGCUGGUACGAGCCUGAUGAGGAUGGAGGAAGCCCAAUCACAGGGUACUGGGUGGAGCGAUAUGAACCUGACCAUGACAGGUGGAUGCGAUGUAAUAAGCUGCCCAUUAAAGACACCAACUACAGGGUCAAAGGUCUUCCCACUAGGAAGAAGUACAAGUUCAGAGUCCUCGCUGAAAAUCUGGCCGGAACUGGAAAGCCAAGCAAGGAAACUGAACCAAUCCUUGUGAAAGAUCCAAUUGAUCCUCCAUGGCCUCCUGGUAAACCCACAGUGAAGGAUGUGGCAAAGACUUCAUGCUUCCUGAUGUGGACCAAGCCAGAGCAUGAUGGGGGAGCAAAGAUUGAUGGCUAUGUCAUUGAGAUGCUCAAGAGUGGCACAACAGAUUGGAUUCGUGUGGCAGAGAACGUCAACAUGACCGAGUACUUCUUGAAAGGCCUGAUGGAGAAGCAGGAGUACUCAUUCAGGAUUCGUGCAGUCAACAUAGCUGGAGAGAGCGAACCCAGCGAUCCCAGCGACCCUGUUCUCUGCAAGGAGAGACUCAACCCACCUUCAGCACCCCGCUGGCUUGAGGUCAUCAGCAUUAGCAGGAACAGUGCUGAGUUGAAGUGGACGGUUCCCGAGCGUGACGGAGGAUCGCCCAUAACUAACUAUGUGGUGGAGAAACGGGACGUCAGACGUAAAGGCUGGCAGGCUGUGGAUACCACCGUCAAGGAGCUGAAGUACACCGUGACCCCGCUCAAUGAAGGCUCUCUAUACGUGUUCCGUGUCGCAGCUGAGAAUGCUGUUGGCGUCGGCCCAUUCUGCGAGUUAGAGGACUCUGUACUGGCUAAGGACACUUUCACCACCCCCGGGCCACCAUACGCCCUCGCCGUUAAUGCAGUGACCAAAAGAUACGUGGACCUGCAGUGGGAGGCCCCUAAAAACGACGGUGGUCGACCAAUCCUUCGGUAUUCCAUUGAGAAGAAAGAGAAGCUUGGAACUCGCUGGGUAAAGUGCGGAAAGACUUCCGGGCCUGACUGCAAGUACAGAGUCACUGAUGUCAUAGAAGGAACCGAGGUUCAGUUCCAAGUCCGGGCUGAGAACGAGGCUGGAGUCGGACAUCCUAGCGAACCCACCGAGAUCCUGACUAUUGAAGACCCAACAGGUGUCCCGUCUCCUCCCAUCGAGCUGCAUGUGACUGCCGCCAGCAGGGAAUUCCUGUCCAUCGGCUGGAAACCUCCACAGAGGGACGGUGGCUCCCCCAUCAGCGGCUACCACAUUGAGAUGUGUGAAGCCGGAACAGAGAAAUGGAUGAGGGUCAACUCUCGUCCCGUAAAGGAGCUGAAAUACACUGUGGAAGAAGGAAUCGUUCCUGAGAAGGAGUAUAUUAUGCGAGUGAGAGCAAUAAACGCUGUGGGAGUCAGUGAGCCCUCCGAAAUCUCGGAAAACGUUUUUGCCAAAGACUCAGACUGUAACCCCACGAUAGAAUUUCAGACUCUUGACCUGGUUGUCGUGGAGACAGAGAAGCUGCACAUCCCAGUUCCUUUCAAAGCCGUUCCCUCGCCCAAAAUCACUUGGCACAAAGACGGGAAAGAGCUUAAGGUCGACGAUCGUCUCGGUCUGAGGAAAGAGUAUACGUCCUGUCACCUAGAAGUCGAUAGCAGUCUUCAUUCUGAUGCAGGCCAAUACAAAGUGACAUUGGAGAAUAAGCUAGGGUCUGCCAGCGCCACCAUCAACGUCAAAGUCAUCGGUCUUCCGGGCCCAUGUAAGGAAAUUGUGGCCUCUGAGAUCACCAAAAGCUCCUGCAAGAUCUCCUGGGAUCCUCCUGACUAUGAUGGCGGAAGCCCAAUUCUUCACUACGUCCUGCAGCGGCGUGAGGCUGGCAGGAGGACAUAUGUCAACAUGAUGUCUGGAGAGAACAAAGUAAGCUGGAUCGUCAAAGACCUCAUCCCCAAUGGAGAGUACUACUUCAGAGUCCAGGCAGUAAACAAGAUUGGAGGAGGAGAGUUUAUUGAGCUACGCAACCCUGUUAUUGCUGAAGACCAGAAACAUCCACCUGACCCGCCGGUGGAUGUGGAGACCCACAAUCCCACAUCGGGCACCAUCACGCUGACCUGGAAACCUCCCAUGUACGACGGAGGUUCCAAGAUUAUGGGCUACAUCCUUGAGCGACAACAGAAGGGUGAGGACAAGUGGGAGAGGUGCAACGACUUCCUGGUUCCGGUGCUUUCCUACACCGUCCGAGGACUAACAGAGGGCAAGAGCUACGCAUUCAGAGUCAAAGCUGAAAAUGCAGCUGGGGUCAGCGAGCCAUCACGCAGCACCCUGUUUGUCAAGGCCUCAGAUGCUGUUGAUCCUCCCAAAGUCUUCCUCAGCGGGAGUCUGCAAUCUGGCCUGAGUGUGAAGCGAGGCUGUGAGAUCUGUUUGGACGCCAACAUUUCCGGCUCACCAUACCCCCAAAUCACCUGGUACUGGAACAACCAGGUGAUCCGACCCGAGCCUCUCCGCAAAAGGACUGAGAAACCACUGAAGAAAAAGGUGGAGAAGAAGGAAGAGAUAAAGAAGGAGGAAAGUGAAGGAGAAAAGAAAGAGGAACAGAAGGAGGCAGCAGUGAAAGACACGGAGGAGAAAGGGGAAGAGAAGAAGGAGGAGGUUACUGAACCUGAGCCUGAGGUGGAAGAGUCAGACUACCCGACUCUUGGCGAGCGUCUAUCCAUCAACAACAGCAGGAGGGGCGUGUCCUCCGUAGUUGUUAAAGACUCCAUCCGUGCUGACCACGGCGUCUACAUGGUGAAGGUGGAGAAUGACCACGGCAUUGCUUCAGCAACCUGUGAGGUCAACAUACUUGACACACCUGGGCCUCCACUCAACUUCAAGUUUGAAGAGGUGAGGAAGAAUUCAGUGAUCUGCAAGUGGGAUCCGCCUCUGGAUGAUGGUGGCAGUGAGAUCCUCAACUACACACUGGAGAAGAAGGACAACUCCAAGAUAGAGCUCGGAUACAGUUGUGUCACCUCAACACUGAGAGGAUGUCGCUAUCUUGUGCCCAAACUCAUCGAGAAGAAAGAGUACAUCUUCAGAGUUGUAGCUGAGAACAAGUUUGGAGCUGGUCCACCUUGUAUCUCCAAACCUCUUGUUGCUAAGAAUCCCUUUGAACCACCUGAGGCUCCUGAAAAGCCACAGAUCGAUGACAUCACAGCUAACAGUAUGCUGGUCAUCUGGAACGAGCCAAAUGACAACGGAAGCCCCAUUUUGGGAUACUGGGUGGAACGGCGUGAGAUCAACAGCUCUCAUUGGACUCGCGUCAACAGAAACAUCGUCUCUGACACCGAGCUGAAUGUUGAAGGACUCAUUGAGGGCCUGACGUAUAUCUUCAGAGUGGCAGCUGAAAACCAGGCGGGGCCCGGAAAGUUCAGUGUCCCUUCAGAUCCUCAGACAGCCCAAGCCCCAAUUUUACCUCCUGGACCACCAGUGCCACGAGUGGUUGCAACAACGGACCACUCGAUUGACGUUGAAUGGGAUGUGCCCGCCGACAAUGGAGGCGGAGAGAUCCUGGGAUACCACGUGGAUAAGGCUAUCGCUGGUACCAAAGACUGGUCCAGGUCUACAGAACGUCCAUGGAAGGGUCGAGCAUUUACUGUAUAUGGAGUACGCGAGGGAGCCAAGUACUUAGUCCGAGUCAUUGCCUGCAAUGCUGCUGGAGAGGGAACACCGGGUUUCACAGAGUCUGUGUUCGUAAGGAAUCCAGCAGAGAUGCCUGUGGUUGAGCUGGACAUUUCAGUCAAGAAUGGUGUAGUCAUCAGAGCUGGUGAGAUGCUUCGUGUUCCAGCCACAGUCACCGGUAAACCCUACCCAUCCAUCACCUGGACAGUGGAUGAUGCCAAACCUGACAAAGAGCGUGUGGAGAUUCUCACAGAAGGCAAUGACAGCAUUGUUUCAGUUAAAAAUGCACAGAGGAAAGACUGUGGCAAAUACCAGAUCUCUGCAUGUAACCCAAGUGGUACCAAGUCUGCCUCCACUCGAGUGGAGGUCAUGGAUGUUCCUGGACCUGUCACAGACCUGAAACCAGUGGUUGUCACCCGUAAGAUGAUUUUCCUGAACUGGGAUGACCCAGAUGACGAUGGUGGAAGUGAUCUGACUGGCUUCAUUGUGGAGCGCAAAGAUGCCAAAAUGCACACAUGGAGGCAACCUGUUGAAACUGCCUCCUCCAAGUGUGAAUGUGUGGGGAUCAUGGAGGGACAAGAUUAUAUGUUCCGUGUCAUUGCCAAGAACAAGUAUGGUAUGGGCCCACCUGUUGAGCUGGGACCCAUCAAGGCUGUGGACCCACAAGGACCACCAUCAUCACCCGAGAAGUUCCACUACACAGAACGCACAAAGAACUCUAUCACCCUAGCCUGGAGGCCACCUCGCAAUGAUGGAGGCAGUCCAGUCAUCGGCUACUUUGUGGAGAAGAAGCGGCAAGAUCAGCAAGCCUUUGAGCCCUGCAACACAGAGAUCUGCCCCAACAUGACCAUGACUGUGGAGGGCUUGGAUGAGGCCUGGAUGUACGAGUUCAGGAUUAAGUGUGCAAACCUGAUUGGAGAAAGCGAGCCAUCUAUUCCACUGACCGUGGUCAUCCAAGACGAUGAAGUGGCUCCUGAGAUACACAUGCUGAAGACGUUCAAAGGGGAUUGCAUCACUGUGAAAAAGGGUGAACCUAUCGAGAUCCCCGCUGACAUACUGGGCCUUCCCAUCCCCAAAGUGGAGUGGUCCAAAGAUGACGUGGUGAUUGAGAAGCCAACAGAAAGCCUGCUGAUGGACACUGAGGUGACCGGCAGGAUGAACUGCAAGUCAACGCUGUCUAUACCUACAGCCAACAGGAGGGAUCGUGGCAGCUACACCAUAUGUGCCUCCAACAACAUGGGCUCAGCCAAGCACACCGUGUCCAUCAUGGUGCUAGACCGCCCCCUUCCUCCCAGGAAUGUGACAGUGUCGGACAUCAAAGCAGAGUCUUGCUACCUUCAAUGGGACGCACCCUUAGACAAUGGUGGCAGCGAGCUGACUAACUAUAUUGUUGAGAAGAGGGACAUGACACCGGAGGAGGCAGAGGAGGAAGGACAGGAAGUGGAGCCCCAGUGGGUGGAGGUUACCAACAGCAUCAUUGACAGGAAAUAUCGGGUGUGGAAUCUGGAAACCAACAAAUCCUACCUGUUCCGUGUAAGAGCUGAGAACCGCUAUGGCAAGUCUGACCCCUGCACAACUCAGGAAGUUCAGAUCACAGACCCCUUCGGCCUUCCGGGCCCACCAGAGAAACCGGCCAUCACUGAGUAUUCAAAGACCUCCAUGACCCUGACCUGGGAGCCACCACGAGACAACGGCGGCUCCAUGAUCAUUGGCUACUGGCUGGAAAAGAGGGAAAGAGGCUCCGCUUAUUGGGCCAGAGUCAAUAAGAUGCCAGUCACCAAAAGGGGAAUGAAAGGCUGGGAGUACCAGGUGACUCGCCUGAUUGAAGGGAGUGAGUAUGAGUUCAGAGUUGCUGCCUUCAACUCAGCAGGAACUGGACCAUUCAGUGGACCAUCUGACCCAGCUUUUGCUGUUGACCCUCUGACACCUCCCAGCAUGCCUGCAGCCCCUGUGGUGGCUGACAAGACAAAGCACAGUGUCACGCUAUCUUGGAAGCCACCAGAGAAGGAUGGAGGAAGCCCCAUCAAGGGCUAUAUAAUCCAGAUCCAAGAUGAGGGCAAAUCAGAUUGGGUGAGGGUGAACGAUCCAGAACAGCUGCAUCCCACCACUGAGUUCACCGUGCCAAGUCUCCGUGAGCUUAAACGCUACCGAUUCAGAAUCAUUGCAGUCAACGAUAUUGGCGAGUCAGACCCCAGCCCCCGCACCAGCGAGGUCUUGGUUGAAGAAGUCCAGCUUCCACCUUCCAUCACCAUUGACCUCGUGGUAGAUGACCUGCUUUAUAUCCGGGCUGGAGAUCCAAUCAGGAUCCCUGCCAUCAUCAAGGGACGUCCUGCACCAAAGGUGACAUGGGACUUUGAUGGAAAAGCAAAAAGUCAUAAGAAGAAAAAACUGCACACACUUCCAGUGGACUCUGAGGUUGAGUCCACAGACACCACAUCUACUGUAACCGUCCCUGUCAGCCUGAGAAGCCACUCUGGACGCUACACCAUCACCGCAAAGAACAAGUCCGGACAGAAACAUGUCAAUGUCAGAGUCAACGUCCUUGAUGUUCCUGGACCUCCAAAAGAGCUGAGGGUGACAGACAUCACUCGUUCAACCAUGAGGCUGAUCUGGAAACUGCCUGACAAUGACGGUGGAGAAAGAAUCAAGAGCUACUUUAUUGAGAAAAAAUGUGUCACAGACAAAGCCUGGACCAAGGUGAACACUGCCUGCGCCAGUCAAGCUUUCGUGGUACCUGGCCUUUUGGAAGGACAGCACUACCUGUUCAGAGUGCGAGCUGAGAACAGGCUGGGAUUCGGCCCAUUUACUGUUACGACUGAUCCUGCUCAGGCCAUGGACCCAAUCUACCCACCUGACCCCCCCAUCCAUCUGAAGGUCAAUCUGGUGACAAAGAACACGGUCACUCUGAGCUGGGAGCCGCCCAAAAAUGAUGGCGGCUCUCCUGUUAAGCAUUACAUCAUUGAGCGUUUGAGCUGGGACACAAGUGGCAAAGAAAAGGAGACAUGGAAGCAGUGCAACAAGAGAGAUGUUGAAGAGCUCACAUUUGUAGUGGAGGACCUGAAGGAGGGAGGAGAGUACGAGUUCAGAGUGAAAGCUGUAAACGCUGCCGGGCCAAGUAGACCCUCCGCCACCGCCGGACCAUUGGUCAUUAAGGAUCAGACAUGCGCUCCCACUAUCGAGCUGCGUGAGGUCAUGGAGGGCGAGGAGGGCUGUGACCUUAGCAUUGUUGCUAAGGUGAGCGGUUGUCCUUUCCCGACGCUCACCUGGUACAAAGCCAGUCUCUCCAAACCAGAGGAGAAGGCUGCCGUCCAGUACGACCAGCACAUUAGCAGACUGGUGAGCCGGGACAAGUGCACGCUGCUGAUCCAGCAGGCCAGCAGGGAAGACAGCGCCUUAUUCAGCCUGACAGCCAGCAACAGCCUGGGCUCGGUCACAAAGGACAUUAAGGUCUUUGUGCUUGGACCUCCUGGUCCCCCCGUAGGACCAAUCAAGUUUACCGAGGUGUUUGCAGAGAGGAUUGGACUUGCCUGGAACCCACCGACAGAUGAUGGUGGCUCCAAGAUUACCAACUACGUCAUUGAAAAGCGCGAGGACAAUCGGAAGUCUUGGGUGCACAUCUCAAAUGACCCUAAGGAGUGCGCCUACCUGGUGACCCGCCUGACUGAGAACCACGAGUAUGAGUUCAGAGUCAUGGCGCAGAAUAAGUUUGGUGUCGGGCCACCGUUGGUCAGUGAGCCAGAGAAGGCCAGAAACCUCUUCACUGUGCCCGGUCAGUGUGAGAAGCCCACAGUGACCGAUGUCUGCCUGGAGUCUAUGACUGUCAACUGGGAGGAGCCUAAGUACGACGGUGGUUCCUCCAUCACUGGCUACUUCAUCGAGAAGAAGGAGACAACCAGUAAGCGUUGGACCCGCAUCAGCCGCGAGCCAAUUCGGGCGCUGCCGCUGGGCAACAACUGGGACGUCACCGGCCUGCUAGAGGGUGCCAUGUACCAGUUCAGAGUCAUCGCAGUCAAUGCUGCCGGCUGCGGCCUGCCUAGCGUGCCCUCUGAUCCCAUGCUUUGCAGAGACCCCAUCAAGCCUCCCGGGCCACCGACUCCAAAGGUGAUAGACUGGACCAGGUCAACGGUAGAAUUGGAAUGGGUUCCUCCAUUGAUUGACGGAGGUUCAAAGAUCACAGGCUACAUUGCGGAAUUCAAGGAGGUGAACAAAGAGGAAGAGGAGAAGAAGGCUCAGAGGAGGCUCUUGCUGAGCACGAGUGAGGAGGAGAAGGAGCCUGAGGCCGAGGAGAGCUGGGAGAAGGCCAAGGACACAGAGAUCAGAGGAACCAAGUUUGUGGUGGCUGGCCUCAAAGAAGGCGGUCUGUACCGCUUCAGAGUCCGAGCCGUGAAUGCCGCUGGUGUUGGCGAGCCGGGACUGGUCUCUGAGCUGAUCGAAGUCAAGGACAGGACAAUUCCACCUGAGAUGGACCUGGAUGCCUCCGUGAAAGAGAAGAUCGUGGUCCACGCGGGUGGAACAAUUCGAAUCAUCGCCUACGUGUCCGGCAAACCAGCGCCGGUGAUCAGCUGGUGCAGAGAUGAUGCUGAGGUGCCCAAAGAAGCUGUCGUGGAAACGACAGGUAUCUCCAAUUCUCUGGUCAUAAAGAACUGCAGACGCCAGCAUCAGGGCAUCUACACGCUCUGCGCAAAGAACGAAGGUGGCGAAAGAAGGAAGGCAGUGAUUGUGGAGGUCUUGGAUGUCCCCGGACCAGUCGGCCUCCCCUUCGCAGGCGAGAACUUGACGAAUGACUCCUGCAAGCUGACCUGGUACUCUCCUGAAGAUGAUGGCGGCUCUGCCAUUACCAACUACAUCAUCGAGAAGAGGGAAUCGGACCGCAUGGGCUGGACCUCUGUGUCCUACACAGUAACCAGGAACAACGCUGUGGUACAAGGACUGCUCGACGGUAAAGGCUAUUUCUUCAGGAUUGCUGCAGAGAACAUCAUCGGCAUGGGACCUUUCAUCGAGACAGACAAAGUGGUGCUCAUCAAAGAUCCCAUCUCCGUACCAGAGCGUCCAGAAGACCUUAUCAUCACCGCUGUCACCAAGGACUCAAUCUCUGUUGCCUGGAGGCCACCAAAAUACGAUGGUGGUGCCGAGGUUACAGCGUACGUUCUUGAAUCUCGCAUGAUUGGCAGGGAUAACUUCACUCGUGUUGGCGGUGAAGACAAGCUGAUGGACAAGAAGUUCACACUUACUGGACUGAAGGAAGGCUCAAGUCACGAGUUCAGAGUGUCGGCUGUCAAUCAAGUGGGACAAGGCAAAUCUUCCUUUGCCACCAAACCUGUCCAGUGCAAAGAUGAGCUGGAACCACCAUCUUUGGACCUGGACUUCAGAGACAAGAUAAUGGUGAAGGUUGGAGACAGUUGUUCACUGUCUGGACGCUACAGUGGCAAACCAGUCCCAGCUAUCACAUGGACAAAGAAUGACGAGGAGCUGAAGGCAGACAAAGACAUCAGCUUCCAUAGCACCAGUCGUCACCUCAGUCUGAACAUCAGCAAGGCCAAGCGGGACCACAGUGGCCGCUAUUGCGCCACUGUGGAAAAUGCAGCUGGAACUCGCACCGGAAUCUGCACUAUCACUGUGGUCGAUGUUCCUCAGCCUCCAGAGGGCCCCGUGGUGUUUGACGAGGUCUACAGGAACCACAUGGUCAUUUCCUGGAAGCCUCCUCUGGACGACGGAGGCUGUGCUAUCUCCAACUACAUUGUUGAGAAGAGAGACACCAACAGGGACUUGUGGAUGCCUGUCACCUCAUCCUGCACCAGGACCACCUGCAAGGUGCCAAAACUGAUUGAGGGUCGAGAAUACAUCAUCAGGAUCAUGGCACAGAACAUCUACGGCAUCAGCGGACCACUGCUGUCCGCAGAGGCAAAGGCCAGAGACAUUUUCAAGGUGCCUGAUGCUCCCAAACAGCCUACAGUGAAGGAGGUGUACCAUGACUGCGCCCUCAUUAGCUGGGAGCCCCCUGCAGAUGGAGGGAAGCCGAUCACAGGAUACAUUGUGGAGAGGAAGGAGACGAUGGCUAACAGAUGGGUUCGGUGCAACACAGAGAGGAUCCAUCCCAAGGUGGAAUACUUGGUGAUGGACCUGCUUAAGGGUUGUGAGUACGAGUUCAGAGUCAGCGCUGAGAACAUAGUGGGUGCUGGAGACCCCAGCCCACCAUCCAAGCCAGUCUUCGCCAAAGACCCCAUCGUGAAGCCUAGCCCUCCACUUAACCUCAAAGCUGUGGACCAUACCAAAGAGUCGGUGACUCUUUCUUGGCUGCCGCCCGCUGACACCGGAAGAGGAAAGAUCUUUGGCUACCUGCUGGAGUUCCAGAAGGCUGGCGAGGAGGAGUGGCAAAAGGUGAACCAGACUCCAGAUUCUUGCCAAGACACUAAGUUCAAGGUGAUCAACCUGGAUGAGGGAGCUCUGUACCGUUUCAGAGUUAUGGCUGUCAAUGCUGCUGGAGAAUCUGACCCUGCUAACAUAAAAGAACCAAUCAGAGUGCAGGAUAGACUUGAGCCACCAGAGUUGAUUCUGGAUGCUGGGAUGACUCGGGAGGUCAAGGCCAUGGCUGGCACCCACAUCACUCUAAUGGCUGCCAUCAAGGGCAUCCCCUUUCCCACUGUCGUCUGGAAGAAGAACGAUGCUGAGGUGCCAACCAGGGCAGACAUUGAGACCAACCAAGAGGGCACCAAGCUGGAGAUGAGGUUCUGUAACCGUGGCGACUGUGGAGAUUACACACUCACCGUGGAAAACCCUGCUGGGUCUAAGACUGUCACCUGCACAGUUCUGGUCCUUGAUAAACCUGGUCCAAUUCAGCACCUUCGAGUAUCUGAUGUUAGGAGCGACUCAGCCUACCUGUCCUGGAAAGACCCAGAGGACAACGGAGGCGCCCGCAUCACCAACUUUGUGGUGGAAAAGAAAGACACAGCCUCCACUCAGUGGGUUCCGGUCUGCUCCACAUCGAAGAAACGCAGCAUGAUGCUCAAGCACCUGAUGGAAGGAACGUCCUACACAUUCCGAGUUGCUGCUGAGAACCAAUAUGGCCGCAGCGAAUACGUGGAGACGCCAAAGGCUAUCAAAGCGAUGAAUCCCCUCUUCCCACCUGGUCCUCCCAAAGACCUGCAUCAUUCUGAUGUGGAUAAGACAGAGGUGUGGCUUGUCUGGAAUUGGCCUGACCGAAACGGUGGAAGUGAGAUCACCGGCUUCUUGGUGGAGUAUCAAGAGGAAGGAGAGAAGGAAUGGGAUGAGUGGCAGACUGUCAGCAUCCCAGAGAGUCAUGUGACAGGCCUGGAAGAAGGGAAGACCUAUCGAUUCCGAGUAAGAGCGGAAAACGCCAUAGGCCUCAGCAGACCCGACACCACUGUUCCUAUCCUUUGCCAGGAGAAGCUCGUGCCUCCAAUUGUUGAGGUUGAUGUCAAAUUGACUGAGGGCAUCACUGUUAAGGCUGGGACCACCAUCAGGCUGCCUGCUAUCAUGAGAGGAAUUCCAAUCCCUACCGCCAAAUGGUCGAUUGAAGGAGAGGAGAUCACCAGCGAAGGGAAUAUUAAGAUCGACACCGACAACUUUUCCACCGUCCUCAGCAUCAAUGAGUGUACCAGAAAUCACACCGGCACUUACCUGCUCACCGUUUCAAACCUUGCCGGGACCAAGACAGCAGCUCUGAAUGUCACGGUGCUGGAUGUCCCAGCGGCACCCAUUGGACCGGUCAACAUUCUGGAGGUCACUCCUGACUCCAUGAUGAUCGAGUGGCGCCCUCCUAAGGAUGAUGGUGGAAGCCCUGUCACUAACUACAUUGUGGAGAAGAGAGAUUCCAAUAAGGAAACAUGGGGUGGAGUUAGCUCUGGCAGCCUUGCUACAAAGCUCAGGAUAGUCCGCCUUCAGAAAGGAGUUGAGUAUGUGGUUCGCAUUCGCGCUGAGAACAAGAUGGGCAUCGGUGCUCCUUUGGAGAGCAAGCCCACUGUUGCUGAGCAUUCCUUUAUGCCACCAAGUCCUCCUGGUAAGCCACAGCCACAUGACGUCUCUGAGGACGGUGUUACUCUUGGUUGGACCAUGCCGUUGUCUGACGGUGGUAGUCAGAUCACAGGUUACAUAAUUGAGCGGAGACACAAAGGAGGAAAGUGGAUCCGUGUAAACAAGACACCUUGCAGAGACCUCAGGUACAGAGUCCUAGGCUUGUUUGUGGGAAAUGAGUAUGAAUUCAGGAUAUUUGCUGAGAAUAGCGCCGGCUACAGUGGCCCCUCUCCCAUAUCUGACCCCUGCAAGCCUUGCAGGCAGAUCACUGUCCCAAGCCCCCCAGUCAACCCAAAAGUUAAAGAUUACAGCAAGACUACGGCAGACUUGGUAUGGACUAAACCCAACAAAGAUGGAGGAAGCCCAAUUCUGGGCUACACUGUGGAAAUGAAGAAGGCAGAUGCAGAAGACUGGAAGAAAAUGAAUCUGGAUGACUUCAUCAAGCAGUGCGCAUACACAGUGAAGGGGCUGGAGGAGGGAGUCACUUACAGAUUCAGAGUUUAUGCCUCAAAUAUGAUUGGAGAUGGUGAGUCGAGAGAGAUUCCAGAGUCCGUCACUGCUCAAGACAUCCUUAUUCCUCCAGAGAUUGAAAUGGACGCCACAUGUCGUGAGCGUGUCACUGUGCGUGUUGGACACAACAUUAACAUCAUCGGCUAUGUCAAAGCCCGUCCCGACCCUGAAGUGCUGUGGUCAAAGGAAGAGACUAUUCUGGAGAACAGCAAGCGUGUAUCUAUCAUUCAGAACCUACCCGUGGUCAAGCUGAGGAUCAAGGAGGCCACCAGAGGUGACCAUGGUAAAUAUAUUCUGAAGGCCUCAAAUGAGGGCGGAGAAGCCUCCUGUGCCAUCACGGUAAACGUGUUGGACAGACCCAGCCACUGCCAGAACCUCCACAUGACCUAUGUCACCAAGGACUCAUGCAUGAUCAACUGGGAGGCGCCUAAAGACAACGGCGGAUCUGAGAUCACCAAUUACAUCGUGGAGUGCCGAGAGCCUAGCGUCAGCAUGUGGUCCAUGAUCUCUUCACACUGCACCAAUCGCAAGAUCAAGACCAAGCUGAUGGAAGGCCACGAGUACCUUUUCCGUGUCUGUGCAGAAAACAAGAUGGGACCUGGACCCACUGUGGAGACCAAGGUCCCUUUGCUUGCCAUUGACCCCAUUGAAAAGCCAGGCGAGCCUGAGAACUUCAGGGCAACCGAUAUUGGCAAGAACCAUGUUUACCUGAGAUGGAGGAAGCCUGACUAUGAUGGUGGUAGCCCCAACCUUUCUUACAACCUGGAGUGCAAAGACAAAGAUGCGGAGGAAUGGGAAAAACUUAACACCGGCAUCUUAACUGACACAUUCUUUUUGGCGGACAAAUGUGUAGAAAACCACACUUACACUUUCAGGGUGCAGAGUGUCAAUGAAGGAGGGGAGAGUGGCUGGGUUAAACUUGCAGAUAUCUUGGUGCGAGAAGAGAUUCAAAAGCCUGUCAUUGACCUGAGGCUGGCCGGAACACUAACAGUAAAGGCUGGAGAGUCUGUCAGGAUAGAGGCCGGCCUGAGAGGAAAGCCUCAGCCAGAAGUCAAGUGGACAAAGGACAAGGCGGUCGGAGACAACCCCAGAAUCAGCUAUGAAACCGGUUCUGAUUACUCCAAAUUCCUUUUGACCAAGUCAAAACGUACUGACUCCGGAAAAUAUAUCAUCACUGCCACCAACUCUGCCGGAACCUUCACUGCAUAUGCUAACGUUAACGUCCUGGACGUUCCCGGCCCUGUCAGGAACCUCAGAGUCACUGGCAUUGGAGCCGACAAGUGCAGAGUGGUAUGGGAUGCGCCUGAGGAUGACGGAGGCUGUGAGGUUGACAGCUAUAUCCUGGAAAAAUGUGAAACCAGAAGGAUGGUCUGGUCCACAUACUCUGCAUCCGUAGUUACACCGUACUGCAACGUCAUUCGUCUGGUAGAGGGCAAUGAGUACAUCUUCAGAGUGAGGGCUGAGAACAAGAUGGGAACUGGACCUUCAAUGGAGAGCAAACCUGUCACUGUCAAGACUCAGUUCAACAGACCUGGACCACCUGAUGCCCCAGAGGUUACAAAGGUGAGCAAAGAAGAGAUGACAGUUGUCUGGGCUCCACCUGAGAAUGACGGAGGAAAGUCCAUCACCGGCUACAUUCUAGAAAGAAAGGAAAAGAGGGCAGUGCGCUGGGUGCCAUGCACUAAAAGUCCCAUCUCUGAGAGACGCAUGAAAGUCACCAACUUGAUCCCCAACCAUGAGUAUCAGUUCAGAGUCAAGGCUGAGAAUGAAGUUGGUCUGGGAGAUCCCAGCAAACCCUGUAGACCUGUUACAGCCAAAGAUCCAAUUGAACCUCCUGGCCCACCUGCAAGCCUGAAGGUGGCUGACAGCACCAAGACCUCUAUCACACUUUCCUGGUCUAAACCUGUAUAUGAUGGGGGUGCCCCGAUUAUUGGCUACAGCCUGGACUUAAGGUUGAAGAGUGAGGUAGACCCUGAGAAGCCCACAGAAGGCUGGAAGAGGAUUGACACGCAUGGACCACUGGUCCUCACAGAGUUCACCAUAGGACAGCUUGAUGAGAAGCAGGAGUAUGAGUUCAAGGUCUCUGCCCAAAACCAGGUGGGCUGGGGACGCCAUGCUUACUUAAAGGAGGCCGUCUCCCCUAAGGAGAUCCUGGAGGCUCCUGAGAUUGACCUGGAUGCAAGUUUGAGGAAAGGUCUUGCUGUAAGGGCUGGCUGUCCAAUAAGACUUUUCGCUGUUAUCAGAGGACGUCCCGCACCCAAGGUGACCUGGAAGCGCUUGGGCGUGGACAAUGUGGCUCGCAGAGGUCACGUAGACCAAGUGGACACCAUGUCCUUCCUGGUCAUCCCUGAAAGCACCAGAGAAGAUUCUGGAAAAUACUCACUCACUCUGUCUAACUCUGCUGGAGAGAAAGCCGUUUUUGUCCGUGUCAAAGUUCUCGAUACCCCUGGUCCUGUUGGUGGCCUUGACGCAACUGAUGUCACGAAAACAACAGCUCAACUGUCCUGGUUGCCACCAGAGAAUGACGGUGGAAGCCCCAUUCUCAACUACAUUGUGGAGAAACGUGAAGUGGACAGGAAGACAUGGACAAAGUGCACAGAAGACCUAAAGAAGACUAGCUUCAAGGUGACCAACAUGACACCUGGCAUUGAGUACUACUUCCGUGUCAUGGCAUGCAACAAGUAUGGAAUUGGAGUUCCUCAGGAUUCUCCCAGAUCUUACCUGGCUGUGGACCCCAUCAGUGAACCGGAUCCACCAAAGAAGAUGGACGUUUUGGAGAUCACGAAGAACAGUGCCACACUUGGCUGGCUGAAGCCGCUCAGAGACGGAGGAGCCAAGAUCAACGGUUAUGUUGUGGACUACCAGGAGGAGGGUUCCCCAGAGGAAAAGUGGACACCGUAUUCAGUGGUCAAGGAUUUGACUAUCGUUGUCGUUGGCCUGAAGGAAGGGAAGAAGUACAAGUUCAGGGUAGCAGCUAGGAACUCCGUUGGAGUCAGUCUUGCUCGGGAGGCCGAGGGAAUAUUUGAGGUCAAAGAGCAGCUCAUGGCCCCAAAGAUCAUUAUGCCUGAUACUGUGACAGUCAGAGCCGGAUCCAAAAUGGUCAUUGAAGCCAUUGUGGCGGGUAAACCCGCUCCCUUCUGCAAGUGGAAGCAGGGCAACGAAGACGUCCUGACUUCUGAUCGCCUUUCUGUCUUCAAGACACUUACAAGUUGCACACUCAUCAUUAAGAAUAUGACGAGGUCGGACAGCGGCUACUACAGCCUUUCGGCUGAAAACAGCACGGCCAAGAUCAACCAAAUUAUCAAAGUCAUUGUUAUGGACAUUCCAGGACCACCUGGAAGUCCUCUUGAAAUCACUGAGCAAGACAUUGACGCCUGCACGCUGCUCUGGAACUCUCCUGAGGAGGAUGGUGGCAGCAAUAUCACAAACUACAUUGUGGAGAAGUGUGACAUUAGCCAGGGUGACUGGGUUACCAUGUCCUCUUCCUGCACCAAAACCAGCUUCAGGGUGACUAAACUGACACCCGGCAAAGAGUACAGCUUCCGGGUCCGUGCUGAAAACAGGUUCGGCAUCUCUGAGCCCAUCUACUCCGAGAGGAUGAUUGCCAGAUAUCCAUUUGAUCCUCCAAGUGAACCCAGAAACCUGCAGGUUAACAAGAUCAACAAGGACUUUGUCAUCCUCUCAUGGGAGCGUCCCAGCAGUGAUGGAGGAAGCCCGAUUACUGGGUACUGCAUCGAGAAGAAGGAGAGGAACAGUCUCUUGUGGGUCAUGGCUAAUGAGUCUCUGGUGAAAGCUACCCAGUACACCUGCACCGGACUGAUCGAGGGCCUGGAGUACACCUUCAGGGUGUCCGCCAUUAACAUUGCUGGACAGGGCAAACAUUGCAAGCAGACUGAUUUCAUCACCGCCAGGACUGCUGUUGACCCUCCAGGCAAGCCUGAGCCCAUGGAUGUGACCAAGAGCACAGUCUCAUUGGUGUGGACCCGGCCCAAGCAUGAUGGUGGCAGCAAACUGAUUGGCUACUUCGUGGAGUACUGCAAGCUUCCAGAGGAGAAGUGGACACGCUCCAACAGCAACUGCAUGAGCAUCCAGACAGAAAACUAUGUGGUGACUGGUUUGGAGGAGGGUCAGCAGUACCAAUUUAGAAUCAUCGCCAAGACUGCUAUAAACAUCAGCCUGCCCUCAGAGCUGUCAGAUCCCAUUCCUGUCAUCGCGGAGAAUGUUCCUCCUCGUGUGGAGUUAGGAGUCAACAUGAAGAACCUGAUUGUGGUGAAAGCCGGCGAGAACGUCUUCCUGGAUGCUGAGGUCUUUGGCAAGCCAUUGCCAAAGGUGAGCUGGAAGAGAGACGGCAUGCCUCUGGUACUGGCAGAGGGAAUGAAGAUGACCCAGAAGAAACAUCUCCACCUGCUGGAGCUGUAUUCUGUCACCAGGAAGGAAUCAGGCGACUAUGCUGUUGUUGCUGAGAAUAUCAAUGGCAGCAAGUAUGCCACCAUUAAAGUCAAAGUGCUCGAUAAACCAGGUCCUCCAGCUUCAGUGAAAACCACCAAAGUAUUUGCAGAUCGUGUCAAGCUGCGGUGGGAGCCCCCUUUGGCAGACGGCGGGUCAGAAAUCACGAACUACAUCAUCGAGAAGCGUGAAACCAGCAGAGCCAACUGGGCACUUGUCACCUCCAACAUUCACGGUCACAUUACUGACUGCUCGGUGGAGAAACUUAUCGAAGGACAUGAGUACCAGUUCAGAGUCAGUGCUGAGAACCAGUAUGGCGUCGGAGAUGCUGUCAUGACUGACCCUGUCGUGGUCAAGAACCCGUAUGAUGUUCCUGGCCCAUGCGAUCCGCCUGUCAUCACCAACAUCACCAAGGACUCCAUGACAGUUAGCUGGAAGGCACCCGCCAACGACGGUCGAGCAACCAUCCUUGGUUAUAUGGUAGAGAAGCGCGAGGCCACAGAAUUGACUUGGGCCAAAGUCAACCGCCGUCCGGUGAUUGACAGGACCAUUAAAGCAGCUCAGCUAACUGAGGGCUCUGAAUAUGAGUUCAGAGUCAUUGCCAUGAACAAAGCUGGGCUGGGCAAACCAAGCGAUGCAUCCAAUGCUGCUCUGGCUGUUGAUCCUGUCUAUCCCCCAGGCCCACCUGCCUUCCCCAAGGUGGUGGAUUCUACAAAGAGCUCCAUCAGCCUGAGCUGGACUAAGCCAGCCUAUGACGGUGGUUGCGAGAUCAUUGGCUACCUGGUGGAGUGCAAACAGGCAACUGCAGAGGACUGGAAUAAAUGCAAUGUACCAAAGAAGCUCCAGGCUACCAAGUUUUUGGUGACAGGCCUAAUGCAUGACACGGAAUACCAGUUCAGAGUCACUGCUGUCAACAAGAUUGGUUACAGCGAGCCUAGCGAAGUCCCUGGAAACCACAUGGCCAAGGAUAUCCUCAUCGCUCCGGAAGCUGAACUGGAUGCCGAUCUGAGGAAAGCCUUGGUUCUCCGUGCUGGCGUCACCAUGAGGCUCUACGUUCCCUUAAGAGGGCGCCCAGCACCAAAAGUGACAUGGAGCAAGGUGGAUGCCAAUCUGAAGGAGCGAGAGGGCCUGUUGAUCAAGACGUCUGAGUGGGAUACCCUGCUCUUGAUUGAAGACAUUAACAGAUAUGAUGCUGGCAAAUAUGUCCUGACGCUGGAGAACAGUAGUGGUUCCAAAAGCUACACCAUUGUGGUGAAGGUUCUUGAUUCUCCUGGACCACCUUUGAACCUGACUGUGAAGGAAACUUCCAGAAACCACGCUUCCAUCACCUGGGAUGCACCACUGAUCGAUGGUGGCAGUCCGGUGAAGAGCUACAUUGUUGAGAAGCGUCUCGCAGAGAGGAAAGCCUGGACCUGUGUGUCAGCAGAGUGUCACAAGAUCUCCUUUAGGAUCACCAACUUGGAGGCAGGACAAGCUUACUGCUUCCGGGUGCUGGCUGAGAAUGCUUAUGGCAUCGGAGAGGGCUGUGAGACCGCGGGCAGUGUUCGAGCCUCAGAGCAACCUGGUCCAGUGAUGGACUUGAAGGCCAAAAAGACCACUAAGGAUUCCAUCACACUGGCUUGGAAAAAGCCUGUCAGUGAUGGCGGAAGUCAUGUAAGUGCCUACAUAGUGGACCAGAGUGAAGGCGAGCAGUGGAAGCAGAUUAUGAAGGGCAAAAAUACAUCAUUAGCUGUCAGUGAGCUCACUGAGGGCAAGGAGUACUUAUUCAGAGUCAGAGCACUCAACGAAUCUGGAGAAGGACCACCCACUGAGCUCAGUGCUGUUGCCAAGGACCAGUUUGUCCUGCCUGACUGCAACCUGAGCAGUUUACAUGAUGGCUGCUACGUGGUCAAGGAAGGCGCUACCAUCCGCAUUAACAUCCCAAUCCUUGGUGUGCCAUAUCCCACCGCCACAUGGAAAAAGGGUGACGUAAGCCUUGGAGACACUGGUCGCAUGUGUGUUGAGGCAUCUCAAGGGAUUACCACCCUGCUAAUUAGAGACUGUCAAAGGGGAGAUGCUGACACAUACACCAUCAACGUCAAGAACAGCAUAGGCUCCAAAGAUUGCAAGUUCUCCCUCAAGGUUGUGGGCAGACCUGGUGUCUGCACUGGUCCCAUAAAGUUUGACGAGAUCACAGCAGAUGGCAUCACCCUGGAAUGGGAGCCACCCAAAGAUGAUGGCGGUGCCGAAGUGUCCAACUACAUUGUUGAAAAAAGGAGGACAACGGACAACAAGUGGGCAACAGUCGCUUCAGCAAUUCAGAAAACCACCAUGAGAGUGAUCCGUCUACAUGAUGGAAUCGAGUACAUAUUCAGAGUGUUUGCUGAGAACAAAUACGGUAUUGGAGAGUAUCUGAGGUCAGACCCAGUCGUCGCACAGCAUCCUUUCAAUGCCCCAGAGGCACCAGCUCCUCCAGAGAUAGUCAGUAUCCGCCACGAGUCAGCCAUCUUAACCUGGGCUGAUCCCAAAGACACAGGUGGCUCCCCGAUUACAGGUUAUCAUGUGGAGUUUAAGGAAAGGAACAGUCUGAUGUGGAAACGAGCCAGUAAAACUCCUCUAAGAGUGAAGGAGUGCAGAGUCACUGGUCUGAUAGAAGGACUGGAAUAUGAGUUCCGAGUGAUGGCCAUGAACAUAGCUGGUCUUGGGAAGGCAAGCAGGGCUACUGAGGCGGUGGUUGCUCUAGAUCCAAUUGAUCCUCCUGGCAGGCCCGAUGUCAUUAAUGUCACUAGGACCUCAGUCACUCUGAUCUGGACUCCACCCAAAUAUGAUGGUGGUUACAAGAUCACUGGCUACAUGAUAGAGAAGCUAGAAGCUGGUGGUAAGGCCUGGAUGAAGGCUAACCAUGUCAACAUCCAAGGAUGUGCCUUCACCGUGACCGACCUGACCGAGGGAUCUCAGUAUCAGUUCCAAAUCAGGGCCAAGAAUGCAGCUGGUGCGGUUAGUGUUCCCUCAGAGAAGACCGAGCUGCUAACCUGCAAGGAUGAGUAUGAACCUCCAAGCAUCACCAUUGACCCAGACAUGAAGGAUGGUGUAUCAGUGAGAGCAGGAGACACGAUCGUGAUAUCUGCUUCCAAGAUUGUAGGCAAACCUCCACCCACUGCUGUUUGGUCAAAAGGAGGCCGUGAAUUCAAGAACUCAGACAUCGUCACUGUCACCAGCACCCCGACUUCCUCCACUCUGGUUAUCAAAUAUGCAAGCAGGAAAAACACAGGAGAGUACACAAUUACUGCCAGCAACCCGUUUGGCAUUAAAGACGAACAUGUAAAAGUAAAGGUUCUUGAUGUACCAGGACCUCCAGGGCCAAUUGAGGCCAGUCACAUUUCUGCUGAAAAGUGUACUUUGACUUGGCUUCCACCAGAGGAGGAUGGAGGUUGCUCCAUCAAAUCUUACAUCCUUGAGAAGCGCGAGACCAGCCGCCUGCAAUGGACCAAGCUAGCGGAAAAUGUGAUGGACUGCAGAUAUGUAGCCAGCAAACUAAUCAAAGGCAAUGAGUACAUCUUCAGAGUGUUUGCUGUGAACCAGUAUGGCACUGGAGACUCAAGCCAGUCUGGUCCAGUCAAAAUGGUCGACAGUUUCCGCCCACCAGGCCCACCCUCAAUCCCAGAGAUUGAUAACAUCAGCAGGAACGCUGUGACCAUUUCAUGGAAGAGACCAGUACAAGAUGGGGGGAGUGACAUUAGAGGGUACAGUGUUGAAAGGAAAGAGAAGAGAGGAAUGAGGUGGGUCAGAGCUUCUAAGAGAACAGUCCCGGACCUGCGUUUUAAGGUGCAAGGCCUUAGCGAGGGGGUCGAGUACGAGUUCAGAGUUACUGCUGAAAACAAGGCUGGAUUUGGAGAACCCAGUGAGCCGUCUCGUCCAGUGAUGACCAAGGACAUAGUGUAUCCACCAGGGCCUCCCUCUAAUCCUAGGAUUUCAGACACCACCAAAACAUCUGCAACCUUCAACUGGGGCCGACCCCACUAUGAUGGUGGUCUGGAAGUGGACGGAUACAUAGUGGAGUAUAAAAAGGAAGGACACGAUGACUGGGAGACUGAAACAGAGUACCAUCUAAAGGCUACUGAAUAUGUUAUUGGUAAACUACAAAAGGGAGGCAGAUACCAUUUCAGAGUCAGAGCCGUGAACUCUGAGGGAGUUGGUGAGCCUGCAGAAGUUGAAAAAGUCACCGAACUGGUAGACCAGGAGUCUGUUCCAGACUUUGAGCUGGAUGCUGAACUUCGAAGAACCCUGGUAGUCAGGGCCCGUACGUCAAUCCGUAUGUUUGUUCCCAUCAGGGGGCGCCCUGUUCCUGAAGUCACCUGGAGCAAAGAUGACAUCAAUUUGAAAACCCGCGCGCAUAUUGACACAACAGAGUCCUACACUCUUCUGGUCAUUCCUGACUGCACCCGAUACGAUGCUGGAAAGUACAACCUGUGCUUGGAGAAUGUUGCCGGAAAGAAGACAGGCUUUGUGAAUGUAAAGGUUCUGGACACACCGGGGCCACCACUUAAUCUCAAACCCAGGGAGAUCACUAAGACGAGCAUAAUCCUUCAGUGGGAGAUUCCCAUCAUUGACGGAGGCUCCAAGAUUCACAACUACAUAAUUGAGAAGAGGAAUGCCACAAAGAAGGCGUACACUGUCUUGACUACCAAAUGGCAAAAAUGCUCUUUUAAGGUACCUGAUCUUGAGGAGGGAGCUUACUAUUACUUCCGUGUCUCUGCUGAGAAUGACUUGGGUGUAGGCGAACCCGCUGAAACCCCUGAACCAAUCAGGGUUUCUCAAGCCCCCUCUGCUCCUGAAAACUUGUAUGUCACUGAUGUUACUGCUGACAGCGCCAGCUUGGCAUGGACCAAGCCCCUGCACGAUGGUGGUAGCUUGAUCACAGGAUAUGUCAUUGAGACUCAAAAGAAGGACACUGAAGAGUGGAUCCAUGCUGCUGCCAUCAAGGCCUUGGACUACACUGUUCCAAAUCUCAUCGAUGGAGCCGAAUAUACCUUCCGCAUAAUGGCAGUCAAUGCUUCAGGUAGAAGCGAUCCUCGUGAGAGCAGACCUACACUGAUCAAAGAGCAAACAUCAAGUCCUUCCUUUGACCUUCGUGGUGUUUACCAGAAGACUGUCAUUGCCAAGGCCGGGGACCGUGUUAAAGUGGAGAUUCCAGUCCUUGGAAAACCCAGACCUGUAGUUUCUUGGAAGAAAGGAGACACCGCGCUAAAAGAGACACAGCGGAUUAACACUGAAACCACGUCAACAUCAACCAUCCUCAACAUCGGUGAGAUCAAAAGGAGCGAUGGAGGCCAGUAUUCAAUGACAGGAAAGAACAUGCUGGGAACAUUGACUGAGAUAAUCACAGUGGUAGUCCAUGAUAUUCCGGGUCCUCCCACUGGUCCAAUCAAGCUGGAUGAAGUAUCAUGUGAUUAUAUUCUCCUGUCCUGGGAAGCUCCAGAAAAUGAUGGAGGUGUUCCCAUUAACAACUACAUUGUCGAAAUGCGGGAGACAACCGGUACUUCCUGGGUGGAGUUGGCAGCCACAGUGAUCCGGACCACAUUCAAAGCAACCCGGCUCAUUACUGGGACCAGUUAUCAAUUCCGUGUCAAGGCCCAGAAUCGAUAUGGCAUUGGACCAUCUAUCGUCUCUGAUCAAGUGGUGGCUGCCUAUCCAUUUGAUGUGCCAGGGCAGCCAGGAACCCCUGCUGUUACAUCUUUCAAUAAGGAUGCAAUGACUCUGAGCUGGAACGAACCAUCCUCUGAUGGAGGCAGUGUUAUUCUGGGCUACCACGUAGAAAGAAAAGAGAAAAAUAGUAUUCUGUGGCAGAAGAUAAGCAAAGCUCUUGUUGUCGGAAAUAUCUUCAAAUCAACAGGCCUGGUUGAUGGAAUUGUAUAUGAGCACCGUGUUAUUGCUGAGAACAUGGCUGGUCUCAGCAAACCUAGCAAACCCUCUGAGCCUAUGUUUGCUUUGGACCCAGUGGACCCACCGGGCAGACCCGUGGCACUAAAUAUCACAAGACAUGAGGUGACUGUUUCAUGGACUAAACCAGAAGCAGAUGGAGGAUUUUCCAUCACUGGCUACACUGUGGAAAGGAGAGAGUUGCCAAAUGGGCGGUGGCUCAAAGCUAACUUCAACAACAUUCUAGAGACAGUUUACACAGUCAGUGGUCUGAUUGAAGAUGCUGUGUAUGAAUUCCGUGUCUUUGCUCGGAACUCAGCUGGUGCUGUAAGUGCACCCUCUCAGCCGUCAGAAGAAAUCACAUGCAGAGAUGAUAUUGAGGAGCCCCGGCUUGAUGUUGACUCAGUCUACAGCAGCAAUGUUGUUGUCAUGGCCGGAGAAGUGUUUAAACUGGAGGCCAAUGUAACAGGCCGGCCGAUUCCAUCACUUGUAUGGACCAAAGAAGGGAAAGAGCUUGAAGAUACGGCUAAGUUAGAGAUAAAGACUGCUGAUUUCCACACAACUCUGAUAAACAAAGACUCUUUGAGAAGGGAUGGUGGUGCUUUCACUCUGACUGCCAGCAAUCCUGGUGGCUUUGCUAAGUUCACAUUCAAUGUCAAAGUUCUCGAUAGACCUGGACCACCGGAUUCUCUAAGUGUUACAGAUAUAGCUGCAGAGAAAUGUGUUCUGAACUGGCUGCAUCCAACACAUGAUGGUGGUGCCAAGAUUGAAUAUUUCAUCAUUCAGAGGCGUGAAACAAGUAGGUUGGCCUGGACAAAUGUGGCCACAGACCUUCAAGCUAACAGGUUCAAGGUCACCAAGCUUUUAAAGGGCAAUGAGUACAUCUUCAGAGUAAUGGCAGUUAACAAGUAUGGUAUUGGUGAACCCCUGGAGUCUCAGCCUGUCAUCUGUGCCAAUCCCUAUGUUCCCAGUGAUGCUCCAUCGCAGCCUGAAGUGACAACCAUAACCAAGGACUCAAUGGUUGUCUGCUGGGAACGUCCUGAACAUGAUGGGGGCAGCAGAAUCAACACUUACAUUAUUGAAAGAAGGGAUAAAACUGGACUGCGCUGGGUCAAGUGCAACAAGAGGACUGUAACAGAUCUUCGAUUCAAGGCCUCUGGCCUCACACCAGGCCAUGAGUAUGAAUUCAGAAUAUUUGCAGAGAACAAUGCCGGUCUAAGUCUGCCAAGUCCCUCGAGUCCAUUCUACAAAGCCAUGGACACAAUAUUCCAGCCUGGACCUCCAGGAAACCCCAGAGUUCUCGACACAACAAAGUCAUCCAUAACACUCGCUUGGAAUAAGCCUGUCUAUGAUGGUGGUUCUGAAAUAACUGGCUACAUUGUGGAGACCUGCCUGCCCGAAGAGGAUGAAUGGACAAUUCACACUCCGAAGAAGGGAUGGACAGCCACCUCGUUCACUAUCACCGGCCUGAAAGAAAACCAAGAGUACAAAAUCAACAUCUGUGCCACCAAUUGUGAAGGUGUAGGAGAGCCUGCUGCCGUUCCUGGGACCCCGAAAGCUGAAGAUAGGUUACUACCCCCUGAAAUUGACCUUGGGGCAGAUCUCCGUAAGGUAGUCUGCAUCAGAGCCUGUAGCACUCUCAGAUUAUUUGUCCCCAUCAAAGGCAGGCCAGCACCUGAGGUAAAAUGGUCAAGAGAACAUGGAGAGUCCUUGGACAAAGCUAACAUUGAAAUCACAUCAUCAUUCACCACACUUCAAGUUGAAAAUGUUGACAGGUUUGACGGAGGUAAAUACAUGGUUACUGUGGAGAAUGCAUCUGGAAGUAAGACAGCCUUUGUUAAUGUUAGGGUGCUUGACACCCCUGGAGCACCUCAAAACCUUGUCAUCAAGGAAGUUACCAAAAAUUCAGUGUCACUCAUUUGGGAUGCACCUUUAAUUGAUGGUGGCUCCAGAAUCCGUAAUUACGUUGUGGAAAAGCGUGAGUCAACCAGAAAGGCCUAUUCAACAGUUUCUGCGAGCUGCCAUAAAUCCAGUUGGAAAAUUGGAGACUUGGAAGAAGGAAAACUGUACUUCUUCAGAAUCCUGGCUGAGAAUGAAUAUGGAAUCGGCCUCCCAGUGGAGACGUUUGACCCGGUUAAAGUGUCAGAGAAACCUUUGCCUCCGGGAAAAGUGUCUCUUCGUGAGGUGACCGGCACCAGUGUUACACUAACCUGGGAAAAGCCUGACCAUGAUGGUGGCAGCAGAAUCACUGGCUAUAUUGUUGAGAUGCAGGGUAAAGGCAGUGAAAAGUGGACCCAGGUCAUGGCAGUAAAGACGAAUGAGGCUGUUGUAACUGGUUUAACGCAGGGAGAGGAAUACAUGUUCCGUAUAUCAGCCACCAAUGAAAAGGGUGUUAGUGAUCCACGCCCUCUCAGUAUGCCUGUGGUAGCUAAAGAUCUGGUUAUCCCACCAACAUUUAAAUUGGCUUUCAGCACAUUUAGUGUGCUAGCUGGGGAUGAUCUAAAGAUAGAUGUACCGUAUAUUGCUUGUCCCAAAGCUACAGCAAUUUGGCUCAAAGAUGGUGUCGCUCUUAAAGAGACAACAAGAGUUCACGCUGAAAGCACAGACAAAAACCUUCUUUUGGUCAUUAAGGAGGCUUGCAGAGACGACGUUGGUAAAUAUUCUAUUAAAAUGACAAAUACAGCUGGGGAAGCGACUUUAGAUAUCAGUGUUGUUGUCCUAGAUAGGCCAGGCCCUCCAACUGGCCCCAUCAAAUUGGAUGAAGUCACUGCUGACAGUGUGGUUUUGUCUUGGAAUCCGCCAGAGUACGAUGGUGGUUGUACUAUCAACAAUUAUGUUGUUGAGAAGAGAGACACAUCGACCACCAACUGGCAGAUAGUUUCAGCUACGGUUGCUAGGACCACCGUCAAGGCUGUUCGCCUGAAGACCGGAUGUGAAUACCAGUUCAGGAUUGCUGCAGAAAAUCGAUAUGGGAAGUCCACAGUGCUGCUCUCUGAAACUGUUGUGGCUCAAUAUCCAUUCGAGGUGCCCAGCUCACCACGUUCAGUUGUUGUUCAAUCAGCCACGAAGGAAACCAUGCUGGUUGUAUGGGACAAACCUAGUAGUGAUGGAGGAAGCAAAAUACUCGGCUACCACUUGGAGCUCAAAGAGAAAAACAGCAUUUUGUGGGUGAAGCAGAACAAGCAACUUAUUCCAGAGCCCAGAUACAAAGUUGUUAGCCUUGAGGAAGGCAUCGAAUAUGAGUUUAGGGUUUACGCUGAGAACAUUGUCGGAGUGAGCAAAGCCAGCAAUGUGACAGAACUGCAUGUAGCCAGAGACCCUUGUGACAGACCAGGAAAGCCAGAGGCUGUCAUUGUAACCAGAAACCAGGUGACCUUACAAUGGUCCAAACCUGAGUAUGAUGGUGGCAUAAAAAUCACUGGGUAUGUGGUAGAGAAAAAAGAAGGAACCGGCCGCUGGAUGAAGGCCAGUUUCACAAACAUCAUUGACACUUCCUUCGUUGUCACAGGGCUCACUGAAGAUCAGAUUUAUGAGUUCCGUGUUAUUGCCAGAAAUGCAGCAGGUGUCAGCAGUCAGCCUUCUGAUUCUACUGGAUCUAUCACAGCAAAGGAUGAGGUGGAUCCACCCAUAAUAGACCUGGAUGCUAAGUACUCCCAGGCUGUUGUGGUAAAUGCUGGAGAGACAUUCAGGCUUGAGGCAGCUAUCAGCGGCAAACCUGUACCCACUGUACAUUGGCUGAAGGAGGGCCAAGUCAUCAGUGAAGCGGCACGCCUCGAAGUCAAGAACACAGACUUUCUGGCCUGUCUAGUUGUUAAAGAAGCAAUUCGUGUUGAUGGAGGCCAGUAUACUUUGCUGGUAAAGAAUGUUGGAGGAGAAAAAUCUGUUAACAUUAAUGUCAAAGUUCUGGACAGACCGGGACCACCUGAAGGACCCAUUUCAAUCUAUGGCGUCACAAAUGAGAAGUGUUCUAUUUCCUGGAAACCACCUGUACAAGAUGGAGGUAGUGAUGUAUCCCAUUACAUUGUUGAAAGGAGAGAGACAAGCAGACUAGUCUGGACUGUUGUUGAACAAAAAGUUCAGACUCUGAACCUGAAGAUUACCAAGCUUCUUCCUGGUAAUGAGUACAUCUUCAGAGUGAUUUCAGUAAACAAAUAUGGAGUAGGCGAGUCUCUGGAAUCUGAGCCUAUGAUUGCCCGAAAUCCAUUUGUCACUCCCAACCCACCAACAGAAGUAGAGGUCUCCACAAUUACCAAAGACUCCAUGGUGGUGACUUGGGAAAGACCAACUAAUGAUGGCGGUAGUGCUAUUCAAGGUUAUGUUGUUGAGAAACGUGACAAGGACGGUGUUAGAUGGACCAGGUGCAACAAGCGCACAGUGAGCGAGCUCCGCUUCCGAGUUACAGGGCUCCUUGAAAACCACAGCUACGAAUUCAGAGUUUCUGCUGAGAAUGCCGCUGGUGUUGGAACGCCCAGUCCUCCGACAGCAUACUACAAAGCUUUGGAUCCCAUUUUCAAACCAGGCCCACCAAAUAAUCCCAAGGUGGUGGACACAUCAAGGUCCACUGUUUCCCUUACGUGGGGUAAACCCAUCUAUGAUGGUGGCUGUGAGAUUCAGGCAUACAUUGUUGAGGCUUGUGAUGGAGCAUCAGAUGAGUGGUUCAUGUGCACUCCUUCCACUGGAAUCACAGACACAUGCUUUAUGGCGACAAAACUUCUCGAGAAGCACGAGUAUCAGUUCAGAGUGUGUGCCAUCAACAAAGUUGGUGUUGGUGAGCAUGCUGAUGUUCCAGGAAAGAUUAUUUUGGAGGAAAAGCUUGAGGCGCCAGAUCUUGACUUGGAUGCAGAUAUGCGAAAGAUGAUCAACAUUAGAGCUGCAAGCACUCUGAGGCUUUAUGUUCCUGUGAGAGGUCGCCCAGCCCCUGAACUUAAAUGGGGCAAAACUGAUGGUGAGAUUAAAGAAACGGCCCAAAUUGACAAUACCGAUAACUACGCUUCACUUGUGAUUGAGAAUGUGGACAGAUUUGAUAGUGGCAAAUAUACGCUUACUGCAGAGAACGCCAGUGGAGUAAAGUCAGUCUUCAUCAGCGUCAGAGUCUUAGACUCCCCAAGCCCUCCAAAUAACUUUAUGGUUAAAGAGAUUACCAAGAAUUCUGUCACGCUCACAUGGGAACCUCCACUAUUGGAUGGCGGCUCAAAGAUUAAGCAUUAUAUAGUCGAGAAGCGGGAGAGCACUAGGAAAGUUUACUCUCCCAUCACCACUUGCAAUAAGAUGUCAUGGCGGGUCGAACCUCUCCCAGAGGGUGGAUUAUUCUUUUUCCGAGUCUUGGCUGAGAACGAAUAUGGUGUAGGUCUACCUGCGAAAACCACAGAACCAAUUAAGAUUUCCGAGAAGCCCCAGCCUCCUGGUAAAGUCAGUGUUGUUGAUGUUACACAUAGCACUGUAACCCUGACAUGGGAGAAGCCUGAACAUGAUGGCGGUAGUAGAAUAAGUCACUAUGAUGUUGAACUUGCUCCUAAAGACAGCGAAUCCUGGUCCGUGUGUGCAAGUGGGAAGGCAGCAGAGGCCUUGGUGACUAACUUGCUCAAGGGGGAAGAAUAUCAGUUUAGAGUUUUUGCCGUCAACGACAAGGGCAGGAGCGACCCCAGACAGUUGGCUAACUCGGUUGUCGCAAAGGACCUUGUGAUUGAGCCUGCUGUUAGACCUAAAGUAAGCAGCUACAGUGUCCAAGUCGGUUAUGACCUCAAGAUAGAGGUGCCAAUUGCAGGUCACCCAAAGCCAACCAUCUCUUGGACCAAGGAUGGAGCUGCCCUCAAACAGACCACUAGAGUCAAUGUCACAGACUCUGCACGGCACACCACACUUACUAUAAAAGAUGCCACCAGAGAGGAUGGAGGCAUGUACACUAUUAGUGUUGCCAACGACCUAGCCUCUAAAGAAGCCACAAUUGAGGUCAUCACCUUGGAUAAACCCGGGCCACCUACAGGCCCUGUUAAGUUGGACGAUGUUAGUGCUGAGAGCAUCACACUUACAUGGGAACCUCCUGUUUAUACAGGUGGUUGCCCAAUAUCCAACUAUGUUGUGGAGAAAAGAGAUACAACCACAACCAACUGGGUAGUCGUGUCUGCCACUGUGGCAAGAACCACACUCAAAGUGGGCAAUCUCAAGACUGGUGCUGAAUAUCAAUUCCGAAUUUACGCUGAAAAUAGAUAUGGAAAGAGUUAUGCAAUUGAUUCAGAGCCUGUUUUGGCACAGUAUCCCUUCCAAGAGCCUGGGCCACCAGGUACACCAUUUGUAUCUUCAUACUCUAAGGACUACAUGGUGGUUGAGUGGCACAAACCCCCGUCUGAUGGAGGCAGUGCUAUCUUGGGCUAUCAUCUUGAAAGGAAAGAAAAGAACAGUAUUCUUUGGACCAAGAUUAACAAAACUCUAAUCCAAGACUGCAAGUUCAAAUCCACUCCUUUAGAGGAAGGCAUUGAGUAUGAAUACAGAGUAUAUGCCGAGAACAUUGUUGGCAUUGGAAAGUGUAGCAAGGUCUCAGAGGUUUAUGUAGCCCGUGAUCCAUGUUAUCCUCCUGGCUGUCCAGAAGUACUCAUACUGACCAGACACUCUGUGAAGCUGAGGUGGACACCCCCAGAGUAUGAUGGUGGAAGUUUAAUUACCGGUUACGUAGUGGAGAAGCGCGAUCUUCCUGAAGGAAAGUGGAUGAAAGCCAGCUUUGCAAACAUCAUGGAGCGUGAAUUCACAGUUACUGGCUUGACAGAAAACAGUAAAUACGACUUCAGAGUCAUUGCAAGAAAUGCAGCUGGUGCUAUCAGUAAGCCUUCCGAGAGCACGGGACCCAUCACAGCCAUCGAUGAAGUUGACCCACCCAACUGCGAGACGGAUGCUAUGUACAACCAAACUCUUGUCAUUAAUGCCGGGGAGACAUUCAGUCUGGAGGCCAGUGUCAAAGGAAAGCCGAUUCCCACAGCUCAGUGGUUUAAGGGAGAUGUCGAAGUGGAAAACUCAGCGAGAACUGAGAUAAAAAAUACAGAUUUUAAGGCUCUUCUUGCUGUGAAGGAUGCCAUCAGAGUGGAUGGUGGGCAGUAUACACUUGUACUUACUAAUGUGGCAGGAAGUAAGACUGUUCCAUUCAGUGUGAAAGUUCUGGACAGACCAGGUCCUUCAGAAGGACCCCUUACUGUCAGCAAUGUCUCUGAGGAGAAGUGUUCACUGUCUUGGCUUCCACCCAGACAUGACGGAGGCAGCAGUAUUUCUCACUAUGUUAUCCAGAAGAGAGAGACAAGUCGCCUUGCAUGGACUGUGGUCUCAAGUGACUGCGGAGCCACCAUGUUCAAAGUCACCAAACUUUUGAAGGGCAAUGAAUACAUUUUUAGAGUCAUGGCAGUCAACAAAUAUGGCGUUGGUGAGCCCCUGGAAUCGGCACCGGUUAUUAUGAGAAAUCCAUUUGUCCCUCCCGGGUCACCUCAGGAGAUUGAGAUCACCAAUAUUACCAGGGAUUCUAUGACUGUCUGUUGGAAUAGACCAGAGACUAAUGGAGGUAGCGAAAUCGUUGGCUAUAUUGUUGAAAAGAGAGACCGUGCAGGAGUGAGGUGGACCAAGUGUAAUAAACGCAGGGUAACAGACUUGCGUUUUAGAGUGACGGGAUUGACUGAAGACCAUGAAUAUGAAUUCAGGGUUUCUGCUGAGAAUGCAGCUGGCAUUGGUCAGCCAAGCCCAGCCACGACUUACCUGAAAGCCUGUGACCCCACUUUUGAGCCAGGCAGUCCAACUAAUAUUCAUGUCACUGAUACUACUAAAAACUCCAUAAGUCUGGCCUGGAACAGGCCAAUCUACGAUGGUGGCUGCGAAAUUCAAGGUUAUGCUGUUGAAAUCACAAAGGCUGAUGAGGAGGAGUGGACAAUUUGCACACCACCCUCUGGAGUAAACGCAACCAAGUUUACCAUCACCAAGUUGAUUGAGCAUCAGGAAUACAAAGUGCGCAUCUGUGCCAUCAAUAAGCUUGGCAUUGGGGAGCCUGCUGAAGUCCAGGGCACAGUGAUACCUAUUGAUAAAAUCGAUGCACCAGAAGUGAUUCUAGAUUCAGAACUCCGAAAGGGAAUUGUUGUUCGUGCAGGAGCCCCGCUGAGGAUUUGCAUUCCAUUUAAAGGUCGUCCUGCACCUGAGAUUAACUGGGCCAAGGAGGACGGCGAACUUCCUGUUAAAGCUCAAAAAGAAACUGGAGAAGAUUACACCCAGCUCUCUAUUGACAUUUGUGACAGAUAUGAUGCUGGAAAAUACAUCCUUAAUUUGGAAAAUACUGCAGGCACCAAAUCAGCAUUUGUGUCUGUCAAAGUUCUGGACACUCCAGGAGCCCCUGUCAAUCUCACAGUAAAAGACAUUAAACGUGAAAGUGUCACCCUGACUUGGGAGCCCCCUCUUAUCGAUGGCGGAGCAAGAAUAAAGAAUUACCUAGUUGAAAAACGUGAGUCCACAAGGAAUGUUUACUCUAGUGUGGACAACAAGUGCACAAAGACAAGCUAUCGUAUUACUGGCCUCACGGAGGGAACGAUCUACUACUUCAGAGUCCUUGCUGAGAAUGAGUUUGGUGUAGGACAGCCAGCAGAGACAGAAGACUCAAUUAAGGCCUCUGAGCCUCCUCUGUCUGUAGGUAAAGUAACUUUAACUGAAGUUACUAAAACAACUGCCUCACUCUCCUGGGAGAAACCGGUCCAUGAUGGAGGCAGUAGGAUCAUUGGCUACUACAUUGAGAUGCAACCUUUGGGCUCGGAAGAAUGGGUGGUGGCAGCCACAGUCAAAACUUGUGAGGGCACAGUCACAGGCCUUAGUGCAGGAUACGAAUACCUUUUCAGAGUGUCUGCCUUCAAUGACAAGGGUAAGAGUGACCCAAGGGCUCUUGCUGCACCAGUCAUGGCAAAGGAUUUGACAAUGGAGCCAGGUUUCAGAAUUAGAUUUAACACCUACAGUGUGCAGCAUGGUGAAGAUUUGAAGAUUGACAUUCCUGUGAUUGGGCGUCCAGUUCCAACAGUGGAAUGGAAGAAAGACGGACAGGCUCUUAAGGAGACAACCAGGCUAAACGUAUCCAGUACACCCACAUCUACAAAGCUGUGCAUCAAGGAUGCAAAUAGGGAAGAUUCUGGCAAAUACACUCUUACAGCAACCAGCAAUGUCGGAACUGCGACUGAGGAGAUUACGGUUAUCAUUCUCGACAAGCCAGGACCGCCCACCGGUCCUGUGAGAAUCGACGAAGUGAGCUCAAAUUAUGUUACUCUAUCCUGGGAACCACCGGCGUAUACCGGAGGCUGCCAAAUUAACAACUACAUUGUGGAGAAGAGAGACACUACCACAACAGCUUGGCAGAUUGUGUCUGCAACCAUUGCCAGGACAACCAUCAAGGUCAGCAAUCUGAAGACAGGAGUUGAAUAUCAGUUCAGAGUGUCUGCUGAGAAUAGAUAUGGAAAAAGUUCUGCUAUUAUCUCGGCCCCUGUUAUUGCGCAGUAUCCAUUUAGUGUACCUGAUGCCCCAGCAAUGCCUAUUAUUACCGCUGCAACCAAAGACAGCAUGGUUGUUGAGUGGAAGCCUCCUACAAACAAUGGUGGCAGUCCCAUUCUGGGCUAUCAUCUGGAAAGGAAAGAGAAAAACAACCUCUUGUGGACUAAACUCAAUAAGCUUCUCAUCCCUGAUGCACGCUUCAAGACCACAGAACUCGAAGAGGGCAUUGAAUAUGAAUUCAGAGUUUAUGCUGAAAACAUAGCAGGACUGAGUGCAGUUAGCAAAGUCUCUGAAAGCAUGGUAGCAAGGGAUCCAUGUGACCCACCGGGUACUCCAGAGGCCAUUGAAAUAACCCGCAAUCAUGUGACACUCCAGUGGACACGGCCCCAGUAUGAUGGAGGCAGUGUGAUAACCGGUUAUAUGAUUGAAAGGCGGAAGCACCCUGAUAACCGCUGGAUGAAGGCUAGCUUUACUAACAUCAUUGACACACAGUUCACCCUCACUGGCCUGACCGAGGACUGCAUUUAUGAGUUCAGGGUUGUUGCUAAAAAUGCAGCUGGUAGUUCCAGCAGUCCAUCUCAAAGCACAGGAGAAAUAACUGCCAAAGAUGAAAUUGAGGCUCCAGAAGCAACCAUGGAUUCUAAGUUUAAAGAUCUGACAGUUGUUCAUGCAGGCGAGACGUUUGUUAUUGAUGCAGACUACACCGGCAAGCCUCUUCCCGAGGUUAUAUGGCUGAAGGAGGGAAAGGAGAUUGACAAAACCACCCCAAGAAUGGAGAUCAAAACCACACUUACUCGUACCAUUCUCACAGUGAAGGACUGCAUCCGAAUGGACGGGGGCCACUUUGUUCUUAAACUUGUGAAUGUCGGUGGUGUAAAAAUAAUCCCAGUCAAUGUUAAAGUCCUGGAUAGACCCGGCCCUCCAGAUGGCCCACUCGAGGUCAAAGGGGUCACAGCGGAAAAGUGUUACCUGCAUUGGAGCCACCCGUCACAAGACGGUGGAGCAAGUAUUUCUCACUAUAUCAUUGAGAAGCGAGAGACUAGCCGUUUGUCGUGGACUAUGGUGGAGCCCAAGAUUCAAGCCAUCAGUUAUAAAGUCACAAAACUGCUGCCUGGAAACGAGUACAUCUUUAGAGUGACAGCUGUUAAUAAAUAUGGUGUUGGUGAGCCUCUAGAGUCUGAGCCUGUAAUUGCACGCAAUCCCUUCACUACUGCAAGUCCUCCAUCUACUCCAGAAGCUGGUGCCAUCACCAGAGACUCCAUUGUGCUCACCUGGGAAAGGCCAGAGAGUAAUGGAGGAGCCGAGAUUGAGGGAUACGUUCUUGAAAAACGUGACAAGGAAGGCAUCCGAUGGAGUAAAUGCAACAAGAAGAGGCUGACAGAUCUGAGGUUCAGAUGCACCGGUCUCACAGAGGGCCACUCGUAUGAAUUUAGGGUGUCUGCUGAAAAUGCUGCUGGUGUCGGGACACCCAGUGCACCCACUCAGUACAUCAAGGCAUGUGAUGUGAUUUACCCCCCAGGACCACCAAAUAACCCUAAAGUCAGUGACCAUUCUAGUACCACCGCCUCCUUAACCUGGUCCAGGCCUAUCUAUGAUGGUGGAGCACCUAUCACGGGUUAUGUUGUUGAAUUUAAGGAGGCGUCACUUGAUGAAUGGGUCGUUUCUACACCACCCACUGGUGUACAGGCUACAAAUUAUACUGUUAAAAAACUGAAGGAGAACGCAGAGUACAACUUCCGUAUUUGUGCUUUUAACUGUGAAGGAGUGGGCGAACAUGUGGACCUGCCCGGGUCCGUUAUUGCUGCUGAAAAGCUGGAAGCUCCUGAAAUCGAACUAGAUUCGGAUCUGAGAAAGAUGGUUAACGUCCGUGCCACUUCUACCUUGCGUCUGUUUGUCACAAUCCGAGGGAAGCCAGAGCCAGAGGUCAGAUGGUCAAAGGCAGAUGGCAGCCUGAAUGAGCGUGCCCAGAUUGAAGUGACAAGUUCCUAUACAAUGUUAGUGAUUGAGAAUGUGGAUCGAUUCGAUACCGGCAAAUACGUACUAACUCUUGAGAACCUCAGUGGGUCAAAAUCAGCUUUCAUAAAUGUCAGAGUUCUGGACUCACCCAGCGCCCCUACUAAUCUUGAGGUCAAAGAUGUAAAAAGAAAUUCAGUCUCUCUCUCAUGGGAGCCCCCUCUUAUUGAUGGCGGGGCUAAGAUAUCUCACUAUGUUGUGGAGAAGAGAGAGCAGAAGAGAAUGGCUUUCACCAGCGUAAGCACAAAUUGCGUGAGGAACUCCUACAUCAUCUCAGACCUACAAGAGGGAGGCCGAUAUUAUUUCCGUGUGCUGGCUGUGAAUGAACUCGGCGUAGGUCUGCCGGCUUCCACAGAGCAAGUCAAAGUUUCUGAAGCUCCUUUGCCUCCGGGUAAAAUUAUGCUGGUAGAUGUGACUCGUCACACCGUCUCUCUUUCGUGGGAGAAACCAGAUCAUGAUGGUGGCAGCAAGAUUACAGGCUAUAUCGUGGAGAUGCAACCCACCGGAGAAGACAAAUGGAAUUUGUGCAGUGAAGUCAAAGCACUGGAGGCGACAAUAGAUGGACUCACAACAGGAGAGGAAUAUUCUUUCAGGGUCAUUGCAGUCAAUGACAAGGGCAAGAGUGACCCCAAACCUCUGGCUAAUCCCGUGACUGUGAAGGAUAUCACAGUAGAACCCAUCAUCAACCUGUUGUUCAACACAUAUAGCGUUAAAGCAGGCGAUGACAUGAAGAUUGAUGUUCCAUUCAAAGGCAGACCGCAGCCUGAGGUGGCCUGGAAAAAGGAUGGCCACGUGCUGAAGCAGACAACUCGAGUAAAUGUUCUCACUUCCAAGACCUCAUCUAAAAUUCUCAUUAAGGAUGCGACCAGAGAGGAUGUAGGAAAGUAUGAGAUCACCCUUACUAAUGCAGUGGGCACCAAAACAGCUGAAAUCUCAGUUGUAAUCCUGGAUAAACCAGGUCCACCCAGUAACAUAAAGGUGGAUGAGGUGAGCGCAGAAUUUAUAUCUCUGUCUUGGGACGCUCCAACCUAUGAUGGCGGAUGCCAGAUUAACAAUUAUGUAGUGGAAAAGAGAGACACAACCACAACCACUUGGCAGAUUGUAUCAGCAACAGUCGCCAGAACAUCGAUUAAAGUGUCCCGUCUAAUUCAAGGAACAGAGUACCAGUUCCGUAUUGCAGCUGAGAACCGAUACGGCAAGAGUCCUGCCAUUGACUCUUCUCCUAUUGUUGCUCAGUAUCCAUUCGAAACUCCUGGCGUUCCCAUCAACCUCUGUGUUUCUCAUGCCACCAAAACCUCCAUGCUUGUUGUUUGGGAAAGACCUGCCAGUGAUGGUGGAAGUCCCAUUAUUGGUUAUCACAUUGAAUGCAAAGACCAAAGCAGCAUCCUUUGGACUAAGGUCAACAGGGGUCUUCUGGCUGAGAGACAGUUUAAGAUGACAGGUAUUGAAGAAGGCUUGCUGUAUCAGUUCAGAGUUUAUGCAGAGAACAUGGCUGGCAUCGGCCCAAGCACUAAAGCCAGUGACCCAGUUGCAGCCAGAGAUCCGUGUGAACCUCCAUGCAACCUUAGGGUCACCAACAUCACAAGAACGUCAGUCUCCCUCUUCUGGGAGAGGCCAGAACAUGAUGGUGGAGCCAAGAUUACUGGCUACAUUGUUGAGCGUAAAGAGCUUCCCAGUGGCCGCUGGCUGAAAUGCAACUUUACCAACCUGCAGGAUACCUAUUUCGAUGUCACAGGCCUCACAGAAGAUGUCCAAUAUGACUUCCAUGUUAUCGCUAAGAAUUCUGCUGAGUUGUUAAGUGCUCCUUCUGAGAGUACUGGACCGAUAACAGUCAAGGAUGACGUUGAUCCACCCACAAUUAUCUUGGAAGAAAAGUUCAGACAGCUGGUUGUCAUUAAAGCCGGAGAAAUCAUUAAAAUUGAUGCUGAAACCACAGGCCGCCCACUCCCUGUGGUCACAUGGUCUAAAGAGGGAAAAGAAAUUGAAGCCAAAGCCAGAUGUGAAAUCACCACCACCAACUUCACAACUACCCUGCUGGUAAGAGAUGCCAUCCGAAGGGACUCAGGGCAGUAUGUUCUCACUCUGCACAAUGUGGCUGGCACAAGGUCUGUGGCUAUCAACUGCAAGGUUCUGGAUAGGCCUGGACCUGCUUCAGGACCAUUGGCUGUAUCUGGCCUGACAGCAGAGAAAUGUACCCUGACAUGGGGCCCCCCACAGGAAAAUGGUGGCGCUGAGAUUAUGCAUUACAUUGUUGAAAAACGCGAGACUAGCCGCCUAGCAUGGACUCUUGUGCACGGUGACAUGAAGGCCACCACCUGUAAAGUGACCAAGCUUCUCAAAGGAAAUGAGUAUAUCUUCAGAGUUAGAGGAGUCAACAAAUAUGGGGAUGGUGAGGCCCUUGAAAGUGAACCAACCAAGGCCAUGGAUCCAUUCACGGUCCCUGCUGCUCCAGCUAAUGUCCAGGUCACCUCAAUUACGAGUGAAGCAAUGACCAUCUGUUGGGAAAGACCAGUUGCUGAUGGUGGCAGCAGCAUCGCUGGCUAUGUCAUUGAAAAGAGAGAGAAGACCGGACUUCGCUGGUGCCGCGUUAACAAGAAACCAGUGUACGACCUUAGAGUGAAAGCUUCACACCUUCGUGAGGGCUGUGAAUAUGAAUACAGAGUUUUUGCAGAAAAUGCUGCUGGCCUUAGCGCUCCUAGCGUUCCCUGCCCCCUCACCAAAGCCGAAGAUCCGCAAUUCUUGCCUUCACCACCUGCUAAACCUAAAAUCAUUGAUUCGACGAAGACCACAGUCACUCUGUCCUGGAAUAAACCCUUGUUUGAUGGUGGGGCACCUGUGACUGGCUACAGAGUGGAAUACAGAAAUACUUUGGAUGAUGAAUGGAUAGUUGGGGUCCAGAACACCAAGAACACAGAAUUUACCGUUGUGGCACUGACACCUGGAGCAGAGUAUGUGUUUGUUGUCAAGUCCAUCAACAAAAUUGGUUUGAGUGAUCCAAGCCCAGAGUCAGACAAACAGUUGGCCAAGGAAAGAGAAGAGGAGCCGGUCUUUGACAUUAGUAAUGAGAUGAGGAAAACUCUGAUAGUGAAGGAUGGUAGUUCAUUCACCAUGACAGUGCCCUUCAGAGGAAAACCCAUUCCCAGUGUUACUUGGACCAAGCCUGAUGUUGACCUAAGGGUCCGUGCUGUCAUUGACACUACCGACACAUUCACCUCAAUCACUCUGGAGAAAGCCUGUCGCACAGAUUCUGGAAAAUACACUGUCACCUUGUCCAGUGUGGCUGGUACUGCCGCCUUGACCCUCAACGUCAGAGUUCUGGAUUCUCCUGGCCCGCCAUCUUGUGUAGAGAUCAAGGAUGUGACUAAAAACUCUGCUACUGUGACAUGGGACACUCCUGAAAAUGAAGGAGGUGGACCAGUGAAGAACUAUCUUGUGGAUAUUCGUGAGGCCAGCAAGAAGGGAUGGACUCAGUUGACCAAUACAUGCCACAGGUUGACGUACAAGGCAUCAGACCUGCAGGAAGGUGGAGUAUACUACUUCAGAGUGACUGGCGAGAAUGAGUAUGGAGUAGGAGUUCCUACUGAGACCACAGAAGGAACCAAGAUCACAGAAAAGCCAAGCCCACCACCCAAACUUGGUGUGACCGAUGUGACGAAAGAGAGCGUAUCCCUAGCCUGGGCCAAACCUGAACAAGAUGGAGGCAGCCGGAUCUCUGGAUACUUGGUGGAAGCUUUGGAGAAAGGCCAGGAGAAGUGGGUCAAGUGUGGUGUAACCAAGUCCAUCCACUACACGGUGUCUGGUCUAAGGGAGAACAUAGAGUACUUCUUCAGAAUCAGAGCUGAGAACCAUGCUGGAUUCAGUGAUGUCAAGGAAAUGGUCAACCCGGUGUUGGUCAAAGACCAGCAUGAAUCUCCUGAGGUUGUUAUGAAGAACUACCCUCACAACACAGUAUACGUUAGAGCUGGCUCCAACCUCAAAUGUGAGAUUCCACUUAUCGGCAGGCCAUUGCCGAAGGUGUCCCUCUCCAAGGACAAUGUACUGCUCAAGUCAACAAUGAGGUUCAACUCCGAGGUCACUCCUGACAGCAUCAAGAUCACAUUGCGCGAGAGCAUUGCAGGAGAUUCUGGACGCUAUGAUAUUAUUGCAUCCAACUCUAUUGGAACCACCAAGUCCUUCAUCAACAUUGUGGUUCUGGACAGGCCCAGUGUUCCCCUGGGACCUGUGGAGCUGUUUGAUGUCACAGAGGACAGCGUGAGCCUGAAGUGGCUACCACCGGCUUACGAUGGUGGCAGCCCCAUCACAAACUACAUCCUCCAGAAGAGAGAGACCACUACAGCCAACUGGACAGAUGUCUCCUCUGCUGUUGCUCGCUGUACCAUGAAGAUCAUGAAACUUACAACAGGCCUGGAGUACCAGUUCAGGGUCAGGGCGGAGAACAGAUAUGGAGUCAGUGAGCACAUUGACUCACCUCCUGUGACUGUCAGCCUUCCUUAUACUAUUCCUGAAGCUCCGUCUACUCCAGAGAUCACUUCUGUGACCAGGGAAACCAUCGCAGUUGCUUGGAAGGAACCCAAAUCAGAUGGAGGCAGCCAUGUCUUUGGUUACCAUCUCCAGAUGAAGGACAGAAACAGCCUCCUGUGGCAGCGAGUGAACAGAAUGGUGAUCCGUGCCACACACUUUAAGGUCACAAACAUCCACGCUGGUCUCAUUUACGAGUUCAAGGUGGCAGCUGAGAACGCUGCUGGAGUCAGUGAAUUCAGCAAGAUUUCAGACGCAGUACUGGCUAUCGAUGCCUGUGAGCCACCCACCAAUGUGCGCAUCAGUGAUAUCACCAAGAGCUCCAUUAGCCUUGACUGGCAGAAACCCAACUAUGAUGGAGGCUCCAAGAUCACAGGCUACAUGGUUGAAAAGAAGGAUGGAGCAAAUGGAAGAUGGUUCAAGGCAAACCUCACCAACAUCACUGACACCCGCUACACUGUGACUGGCCUGACUCAGGAUGAGACCUACGAGUUCAGAGUGAUGGCAAAGAAUGCUGUCGGCUCAGUGAGCAAUCCAUCCAUGACAGCUGGACCCGCUACAUGCGUAGACACGUUUGGUGCUCCAGAGAUUGAAAUACCUCCAGAGUACUUCAACGAGGUGAAGCACAGAGCAGGCUCGAACAUUGAACUCAAGUUUAACAUCACUGCAAAGCCUGCUCCCACCAUCGAGUGGCUGAAGGAUGGAAGAGAACUCAAACCAAAUGCUCAGCUCUCCUUUAAACACACAUUUGACUCCACAAGUUUGUUCUUGAGGGAAACGGCUCGCCUGAACUCUGGAACGUAUGAGGUCAAGGUGAAGAACUCCCUGGGAUCAACGUGUGCCAUUGUCAGAUUGCUUAUCCAAGAUAGGCCAGGGCCUCCUGCUGGAGAGAUUCAAUUUAAGAAGGUCACAGCUGACAACAUCACAAUCAUGUGGUCUCCUCCGGCUGAUGAGGGAGGUGCCAUGGUGACACAUUACAUUGUAGAAAAGAGGGAGACAAGCAGAGUCAUGUGGUCCAUCGUCUCAGAGAAACUAGUUGACUGCAUCGUGAACGUGCCCAGGCUCAUCCAGGGCAAUGAGUACAUCUUCAGAGUCCGAGGUAUCAACAAGUAUGGCAUCGGAGACCCUCUGGAGUCUGAGGCCAUCAUUGCCAAAAACGCCUUUGCGCCUCCCAGUGAACCAUCCAAACCUCAAGUCACCAUGAUCACCAAGUCAACCAUGACAGUAUGUUGGGAAAGACCAGCUCUGGAUGGAGGAAGCGACAUUGACGGAUACUACCUUGAGAAAAGGGAAAAGAAGAGUCUGCAGUGGUUCAAGGUGGUGAAAGGCACAAUCAGAGACACGAGGCAGAAGGUCACUAACCUUGUGGAAAACAACGAGUACCAGUACAGAGUAUGCGCCGUCAACAAGGCUGGAGCCGGAAACUACUCUGAGGCCUCUGAACUCUACAUGGCCUAUGAUCCUAUAGAUCUUCCUGGAGAACCAUCCAAACUACGUGUGGUAGACUCCACAAAGACCUCAAUCACUCUCGGGUGGGAGAAGCCUGUUUAUGAUGGUGGCAGUGAGAUCACACACUACCUGUUGGAGCAAAUGAACACAGAAGAAAGGGAAUGGGUGACGGUCAAUCCACAGGUUAAGACCUGCGAGUAUGUGGUGUCUCAUCUUAAACCGGCAACAUACUACUUCUUCAGAGUGUCAGCUGUCAACUGCAAGGGCAAAGGAGAGGAUAUCAAGAUGUACCAGCCUGUGCAAGCCAAAGAUAUCUUGGAGGAGGCUGAUGUGGAUCUAGACAUUCCCAUGACAACCCAGUAUACUGCCAGAGCUGGGCGUGACGUGGAAGUGUUUAUUCCCCUGAAGGGACGCCCCACGCCAGGUGUCACCUGGCGGCGUGGAGACCGUAACAUGGCUGCUGACAACCGCUAUACCAUCACCAGCACUGAAUCUGCCACCACCCUUCUCAUUCCUAAAGUUACCCGCGAUGACUGCGGGAAGUACAUGCUGGAGAUUGAGAACGGUGUGGGAGAACCUAAGAUCUUGACCGUGUCCCUGAAAGUUCUGGACAGUCCAUCCACAUGCCAAAAGUUAAUGAUUAAGAAUGUCACAAGAGGGAAACUGACACUGAGCUGGGAGGCUCCUCUUAUUGAUGGUGGCUCCCCUGUCACCAAAUACAUUGUUGAGAAGAAGGCAUCUACUAUGAAGGCUUACCAGGUGAUAACUGAUGAGUGUGUCAAUACAACCUACAAGGUGUCAAGCCUAGAAGAGGAUGUUGCUUACUUCUUCCGUGUGUCUGCUGAAAACGAAUUUGGUGUGGGUGACACUUGUGAGACUUCUGAGCCAGUCAGAGCCACAGAGACCCCAGGAGCUGUUAAAAACUUGGUAAUGCUGGACUCCACAAAGACCUCUGUUACUUUGCAGUGGACUAGGCCUGACCAUGAUGGCGGAAGCCACAUUACUGAAUACAUCAUUGAAAAGAGACCUGAGGAUCGCCUCACCUGGACCCCGGCGACAACUUGCAAGCGCUGUACCUGUGAGGUGACGGGUCUUCAGGAGAAUACAGAAAUGAACUUCAGAGUGUUUGCCAAGAAUGAGAAGGGCAACAGUGACUUCUCACAAAUCGGUCCAAUCACAGUGAUGGAUUUCGUUAUUCCACCUGAGGCCAAUCUCAGUGAUUACCCCAAUGGAGAGCUGGCUGUUCGUGUUGGUCAGAACAUCCACAUUGAGCUGCCUUUCAAGGGAAAACCAAGGCCUACAAUCAGCUGGCUGAAAGAUAAUUUGCCUCUGAAGGAAAGUGAGAAGGUCCGCUUCAGGACCACUGACAACAAGACAGCGGUUACAGUCAGAGGAGCCAAAAAGGAUCACGCUGGCCAGUACACCUUAGUUCUGGACAACAGAGCUAUCAAGAACUACUUUGACAUCAAUGUGAUCAUUUUGGGACCCCCAUCUGUGCCUAUUGGUCCAAUCCGUUUUGAUGAAAUCAAAGCCCAAAGUAUUAUCAUCUCUUGGGAUGAGCCCAAGGAGAAUGGCGGUGGUGAAAUUACCUGCUACAGUGUGGAGAAGCGUGAGACUUCCCAGGCUAACUGGAAGAUGGUCUGUUCUAGUGUGGUCAGAACUACCUUCAAGAUUCCUAACCUAGUCAAGGGAACCGUAUAUCAGUUCAGAGUUCGUGCCGAGAACAAAUAUGGUGUCAGUGAAGCACUUAACUCCACAGAAAUCGUUGCCCAGCAUCAAUACAAACCUCCAGGCGCUCCAGGAAAGCCUGUGGCUUACAACAUUACCAGCGACGGUAUGACCAUCAGGUGGGAAGCUCCAGAUUUUGACGGUGGAUCCCCCAUUCUUGGCUACCACAUUGAGAAAAAGGACAGGAACAGUCUCCUGUGGCAGAAGGUGAAUUCCACCAUUAUCUCCAACAGAGAGUACAGGAUCAUCAGCCUCAUGGAAGGGCUGGAGUACUCUUUCAGAGUCUAUGCGGAGAAUAAUGCUGGACUCAGCGCUGUUAGCGAACAGAGCAAACAUGCUCUUGCUAUUGCUCCUGUCGAUCCACCUGGCACACCAGUCUGCAUUGAUGUGACUAGAGACUCUGUCACAUUGACGUGGGACAUUCCCAAGAGGGAUGGCGGUAGCAAGAUUGUGGCUUACAGCGUGGAGCGGCGCCAAGGCAGAGGGAAGUGGCUGCGGUGUAACUUCACAGACAUCAGUGAGACUCAGUUUACUGUGACCGGACUCUCAGCUGGAGACAGAUUUGAAUUUAGAGUGAUUGCCCGGAAUGCUGUGGGCACUGUCAGUCCACCAUCCAACUCCUCCGGAUACAUCAUGACAAAGGAUGAGAGCAUUUCUCCUGAGAUCGAGUGGUCCCCAGACCAGGUGCUGACGCUGCGAGCCGGAGAGAAUGUAAAGCUCGGCUGUAGUAUCACUGGUCGUCCAGUACCCCAUGUUGCCUGGUACAAGGAUGGAAAAGAGAUCGACAAGAGGACCAUGAUGGACAUUGAGAUUACAACUGGUAUCGGCACAAGCAGUCUGUUUAUCCGUGAUGCAAACAGGAACCACCGCGGUAUCUACACUGUGGAGGCCAAGAACAGCUCUGGAGCCAAGAAAGCUGAUGUCAAUGUCAGAGUUCAAGAUACCCCUGGGCCUGUUGAAGGUCCAAUCCGUUUCACCGGAAUCACAGCUGAAAAGUGCACAGUAUGGUGGAACCCACCAGAGAAUGAUGGUUGUGCCGCUAUUACACACUACGUCGUUGAGAAGAGGGAGACAUCUAGAAUUUCCUGGGCCAUGGUCACCUCCAAGUGCGAAGCCUGCUCAUUCAAUGCCACCAACCUCAUCAAGGGCAACGAGUACCAGUUCAGAAUCUCUGCUGUCAACAAGUUUGGUGUUGGCAAAUCCCUCGACUCUGUUCCCAUCAUUGCACAGAUGCAGUACACUGUGCCCGAGGCCCCUGGUACCCCAGAUGCUACACAUGUGACUGGUGACAGUAUCACCCUCUGCUGGACCAGACCAAAGUCAGAUGGUGGGAAUGAGAUCAAGCACUACAUUUUGGAGAGGCGUGAGAAAAAGAGUCUGCACUGGGUCAAGGUCUCUGCAAAGAGGCCUAUUGCAGAGCUCAGACACAGAGUCACCCAUCUCACUGAGGGCAAUGAAUAUGAGUUCCGUGUCAUGGCUGAGAACGGUGCCGGUGUCGGACCUGCAAGUGGCACCUCCAGGCUCUUCAAAUGCAAAGAACCAACCAGUACUCCCAGUGCUCCCACAGUCAUCAAGGUGAUCGAUUCCACCAAAUCCUCUGUCACCUUGGAAUGGACCAAGCCGGUCUUUGAUGGUGGACUGCCAAUUAUCGGCUAUAAUAUUGACAUGUGCAAGGCCAGUCUUGAAGAGUGGCAUCGGUUAAAUAGUCAGAUUUGCAUCCACACCCGGUACACCGCUAAGGGCCUGGUUCCGGGCGAGCUCUACAAGUUUAGGGUCAGUGCUGUGAAUGGUUCUGGGGAAGGUGAAUCCUCUGUGAUGCCCAAUGCAGUGCAGGCUUUGGACAGGCUAACAUCUCCUGAGAUUGACAUUGAUGCCAACUUCAAGCAGACACACACAGUGAAAAAUGGCGGCACUGUCUCCCUUCAUGUUGCCUUCCGCGGCAAACCAUCACCUCUCGCGACCUGGUCCAGAGUAGAUAGUGAACUGCCGGUGAUGGCUGAUGUCAACACAACAGAUUCCUACUCAACUCUGACCAUCGAGGGCUGCACACGGUAUGAGGCUGGCAAAUACACACUGUGCUUGGAAAACAACAGCGGGCGUAGGUCCAUUACAUUCACUGUCAAGGUGCUGGACACACCCGGACCUCCGGGAAUCAUCAGUUUCAAGGAUGUCACACGUGGAGCAUUAACCAUGAUGUGGGAUGCUCCGAACAAUGAUGGUGGAUCCAGAAUUCACCAUUAUGUUGUGGACAAGCGUGAAGCCAGCCGCCUGGCCUGGCAGGAAGUCAGCACCAAGUGCUCUCGCCAGAUGAUCAGGAUAACUGGUCUAGAUAUUGGUGUGCCAUAUCUGUUCAGAGUGAUUGCUGUUAACCAGUAUGGCCAGGGGGAGCCUCAUGAGAUGACAGAACCCAUCGUUGCCACAGAGGAACCUGCCCCACCUAAAAGACUAGACGUGGUGGACACCACAAAUUCCACAGCUUCGCUGGUGUGGCUUAAACCUGAGCAUGAUGGAGGCAGCCGCAUCAGAGGCUACAUAGUUGAGUUCAGAGCCAUGUUCACAGACAACUGGGUCGUUGCCGGAGAGACCAAGUCCUUAAAAAUGCUAGUGGAGGGUCUGACUGAGAACACAGAGUAUGACUUCCGAGUCAAAGCCAAAAAUGACACUGGAAUUAGCGAGCCUCAGAGCACCUUCAGCUCUGUGAUCAUCAAGGAGCCUCGCAUUGAACCCACAGCUGACCUCAGCAGCAUCACCAACCAGCUCAUAACCUGUAAGACCUCCAACACCUUCACCAUUGACAUCCCCAUUAGUGGCAGACCAGCACCCAAAGUCACCUGGAAGCUGGAAGAAAUGAAACUCAAGGAGACAGACCGACUUUCCAUAAAAACCACAAUGGAGAGAACCAUUCUGGUGGUGAAAGACAGCAAAAGAAGUGACAGUGGCAAGUACUACUUAACCCUGGAGAACGCCGCAGGAGUCAAAACCUUCACGGUGACCGUGUUGGUUGUUGGGAGACCAAGCCCUCCGACAGGCCCUGUGGAGAUUUCUGGUGUGUCUUCUGAGAAUUGCACAUUGUCCUGGUCUGAGCCAUCUGAUGACGGCGGCACUGAAAUCAGCAAUUAUAUCGUUGAAAAGCGUGAGUCUGGCUCAGCCUCUUGGCAAGUGGUCAAUUCCAGUGUCAAGAGAACUACCAUCAAAGUCACUCAUCUUACCAAGUAUAUGGAGUACACAUUCAGAGUGUGUGCUGAGAAUAAGUUUGGAGUCAGCAAGUCCAUCGAGAGCGCUCCUGUGGUCAUUGAACAUCCUUUUGUUCCUCCAAGUCCUCCAACCCGUCCAGAUGUAGUGUCAGUGUCUGCCGGUGCCAUCGGCAUAAAAUGGGACGUGCCCUAUGCCGACGGUGGCAGCAAGGUGACAGGUUACUGGAUUGAAAAGAAAGAGAGGAACACAAUUCUGUGGGUGAGGGAGAACAAGCUGCCAUGUCUGGAGUGUCACUACAAAGUGUCCAAUCUGAUUGAGGGUCUGGAGUACCAGUUUAGAGUCUAUGCCAUGAACUUAGCUGGACUUAGCAAGGCCAGUGAGGCCUCCAGACCUGUGGUGGCACUCAACCCUGUUGACCCUCCUGGAAACCCUCAAGUGACAGACAUCACUCGCAGCUCUGUGUCAUUGUGCUGGACUGUGCCCAUCAAUGACGGUGGCAGCAAGAUAGUCGGCUAUGUGGUGGAGAGAAAAGUUUACAGCACCGAUGAGUGGGAUGACAACCGCUGGCUCAAGUGCAACUACACAACCAUCACAGAGAACUACUUCACAGUCACUAACCUAGGAGAGGGAGAAACCUUUGAGUACCGCAUCAUUGCCAAGAAUGCUGCGGGAGUGCAGAGUGUGCCCUCUGUAUCCACGGGACCAGUUACAUGCAAAGACGAAUAUUCUCCUCCUAAAGCAGAGUUGGACAGUAAAUUGGUGGGUGAGACUGUGGUUGUCAACGCCGGCUCUGACCUCGUCCUGGAUGGUGUUAUUGGUGGAAAACCAGAACCCACCGUUUACUGGUCAAAGGGUGACAAGAUUCUGGAGCUGGGAGAAAAAUACUCACUGACCUACACAAGCACUAGAGCAAUGGCUGUCAUCAAGAACUGUGACAGGUUUGACACUGGCAGAUACAUCCUCACCGUCAAGAAUGCCAACGGAAUCAAGACUGCUACUGUGACCGUUAAAGUCCUGGACACUCCUGGGCCUCCAGCUGAUAAGAUUGUGAUAAGCAGAGUUACGGAGGAGAAGUGCACAGUUUCAUGGAAAAUCCCGCUAGAGGACGGUGGUGACACGGUCAGCCAUUACAUCGUGGAGCGCCGUGAGACCAGUCGCCUCAACUGGGUCCUAAUGGAGACUGAGUGCAAGAGCUUGUCAUGUGUCAGCUCCAGGCUGAUCAAGAACAAUGAGUACAUCUUCAGAGUUCGUGGAGUCAACAAGUUUGGACCUGGUGUUCCACUGGAAUCUGAGCCUGUCAUUGCUCGGAAUGCUUACACCUUCCCCUCCCAGCCGGGCACACCAGAGGCCACAGCAGUGGGUAAAGAACAUAUCAUCAUUGAGUGGUUGAAGCCGGAAAGUGACGGAGGCAGUGAGAUCAAAAACUACAUCGUAGACAAACGGGAGAAAAGCAGCACGAGGUGGACACGAGUCAAUAAGACUUACACCAUCUACGAUACACGUUUAAAGAUCACUGGUCUACUGGAAGGAAGUGAGUACCAGUUCAGAGUGACGGCCAUCAAUGCAGCAGGAGACAGCCAGCCCAGCGAUGCCUCGUCAUACAUUCUCUGCAAAGACCCAACAUACACCCCAGCACCUCCAUCAAUGCCUCGCAUCACAGACACAACCAAGCACAGUAUCAGCAUGACCUGGACCAGGCCCAUGUAUGACGGUGGCUCAGAUGUCACAGGUUAUGUGGUUGAAAUCCUGGAGGAAGGUUCUGAGCAGUGGUACCGUGCCACCACAAAGGCUCUCAAGACUAAUGAGUAUGUGGCCGCUGGUCUGGCUGCAAACAAGAAAUACAGAUUCAGGGUGGCAGCUGUAAACAACAAUGGCACCGGAGAAUUCAGUGAACCCAGCGCUGAGACCGAGCCACUAGAGAAAAUUGAAAUUCCUGACCUGGAACUAGCUGAUGACCUGAAGAAGACAGUUUGUCUUCGUGCUGGAGGAACCUUGCGAUUGUUUGUGACUGUUAGCGGCCGCCCAACGCCAGUGGUGGCCUGGAGAAAGACAGGGGUGGAGCUACAGAGCCGAGGCUACAUUGAGACAACAGAUAGCUACACCAUGCUCAUUGUGGAGAAGGUUGACCGGUACGACUCUGGAAAAUAUGUUGUGGAGGCUGAGAAUCCAUCGGGCAAGAAGACUGCCACGAUCUUAGUCAAAAUCUAUGACACUCCUGGUCCUCCAGGUUCUGUGAAAGUGAAGGACUAUACCAAGGAAUCGGUUGUCAUCGUUUGGGACGUCCCAAGCAUUGAUGGUGGCGCCCACGUCAGCAACUACAUUGUAGAGAAGCGUGAAGCUAACAUGAAGUCUUACAAGACUGUCACCACAGAGUGUAGAAAGACUCUGUUUAGGAUUACUGGCCUGGAAGAGGGCAUGCACUACUUCUUCAGAGUCCUGCCAGAGAACAUCUAUGGCAUUGGCGAGCCCUGCGAAACAUCUGAUGCUGUCCUGGUGUGUGAAGUACCUUCAGUACCUCUGAGCCUCCAGAUCAUUGAUGUCACAAAGUCCUCUGUUACUCUGCACUGGGAAAAACCACUGCAUGAUGGUGGCAGCAGACUGACAGGCUUUGUUAUUGAGGCCUGCCAAGUUCCUUCAGACAGGUGGAGCACUGUGGCAACUGUCAAAGCCUCUGUUUCACAGCACACCAUUCAGUCACUAACAGAGAAUGACCAGUACUUGUUCAGGAUCCGAGCCAGUAACAGUAGAGGAACCAGUGAGCCUAUGGACAUGGUCACACCUGUCACCAUCCAGGAAAUCAAAGUGAUGCCAAAGAUAGACAUAACCGGCAUUCCUCAAAAGAUUGUCCAUGUAACCCGUGGUAAACCCAUUGACCUCAACUUGCCCAUUAAGGCAAAACCACAGCCAGUCUGCUCGUGGUUCUUUGGUGGUGUAAAGCUGAAGGACACCUUGGAUCGUAUCAAAAUAGAAAGCAAUGGCAAAUACACCCAUCUUGUUAUCCGCGAGACCACCAUUGAUGACACAGGAGACUAUAUGUUGGAGGUAAAGAAUUCCCUUGGUGUCGCAAGUGAAGUCAUCAAGGUCAUCAUCCUUGACAAACCCGGCAUACCAGUUGGUCCUAUGAAGAUCGUUGAGGUUGACGGUGUGUCAGUAACUGUUAGCUGGGAACCUCCAGAGAAGGAUGGCGGUGCAAACGUCAGCGGCUAUGUGGUGGAGCAGCGUGAUGCCCAUCGGCCCGGCUGGAUUACCAUCUCAGAAUCAGUGACAAGACCUUGCUUCAAGUUCACUAGACUCUCUGAGGGAACCGAGUAUGUGUUCCGCGUCGCUGCCAUGAACCGCUUUGGUGUUGGUGGCUUCCUGCAGUCGGAAGUGGUGGAAUGCAAGAGCACCAAGACCAUCCCUGGACCGCCAAGCAGACCAGAGGUGCUUGAUGUUACUCAUGAGGGCAUGACCCUGACUUGGCAUCCGCCGGAGGACAACGGUGGCUCGACUAUAGCUGGCUAUAUCGUUGAGCGCAAGGAACCCCGUUCUGAUAGAUGGUUGAGGAUCAACAAGAACCCUGUAACUAUGACUAGGUACCGUUCAUCUGGUCUGAUUGAAGGCCUAGAGUAUGAGCACCGCGUCACUGCAAUUAACUCCAGAGGAACAGGCAAACCCAGCGAGAGCUCUCCCAUCACUGUUGCCAUGGACCCCAUAGAACCACCAGGUCCUCCAAUUCAGCCAAGAGUCACAGACACCACCAGAACUUCUGUGUCUCUGGCCUGGUUGCCUCCUGAGGAGGAAGGUGGCUCUAUUGUCACUGGUUACCUGAUUGAGAUGCAGAAAGUGGAUCAGGUGGAGUGGACCCUGUGCAAUACAACACCUACCAAGAUGUGUGAGUACACCCUGACGCACAUGCCCCAAGGUGCCGAGUACAAGUUCAGAGUCAUCGCCUGUAAUGCUGGUGGCACUGGAGAAGCUGCAGAGAUUCCUGGAGUGGUUAAAGUCCAGGAGAUGCUCAAUUACCCUGAAUAUGAGCUUGAUGCUAAAUACGAAGAGGGCUAUGUUGUGCGGCAAGGAGGAGUCGUCUGCCUGUCUGUGCCCAUCAAGGGUAAACCCAUUCCUACCUGCAAAUGGACCAAGGAUGGCCGGGAUAUCUCCCACCGGGCUAUGAUUGCCACCCAUGAUGAUAUAACAGAGCUAGUCAUCAAGGAGGCACACAAGGACGACACGGGUACCUAUGACCUGGUGUUGGAAAACAAAUGUGGCAGAAAAGCAGUGUACAUCAAGGUGAAGGUAAUCGGGCGUCCUGACGCUCCAGAGGGACCUCUAGAGUUUGAUGACAUUCAGGCCAGAUCAGUUCGAGUCAGCUGGAGGUCUCCGUCAGACGAUGGUGGCUCAGACCUUCUGGGAUACAUCGUAGAGAGGCGAGAAGUCCCCAAGGCUGCUUGGUACACAGUGGAUGCUCGGGUCACAGAGAACUCCCUGACCGUGAAAGGCCUUAAAGAAAAUGUGCAGUACCACUUCAGGGUCUCAGCUGAGAACCAGUUUGGUGUGAGCCGGGCUCUAAAGUCUGAGGAGUCUGUCACACCAAAGACACCACUAUGCCCACCGGAACCUCCUAGCAAUCCUCCAGAGAUCAUGGAAGUUGCUAAGUCCUCUGUGUCACUGUCUUGGGCACGUCCCCGGGACGAUGGUGGCUCUCGUGUCACAGGAUACUUUGUUGAGAGGAGGGAAGUUUCGACAGAGAAGUGGGUUCGCCACAACAAGACUCACAUCACCACCACCAUGUACAACGUCACUGGCCUUAUCCCCGAUGCAGAGUACAUGUUCAGAGUUGUGGCUCAGAAUGACGUCGGACAUAGUGAGCCAGGGCCUACAUCCGAGUCAGUGGUCUGUAAAGAUCCAUUUGACACACCCAGCCAACCAGGAGAGAUUGACAUUAUAUCCGUCACCAAAGACUGCAUAACCAUCCACUGGUUGCGUCCUGAUUUUGAUGGGGGCAAGGAGAUCCUGGGUUACUGGAUUGAGUUCAGGCAAGCUGGUGAAAGUGCCUGGAAGAAGUGCAAUAAAGAGCGCUCCAAAGACCGUCAGUUCACCAUGGGUGGCCUGAUGGAGGCCACAGAGUACGAGUUCAGAAUCUUUGCAGAAAAUGAAACUGGAUUCAGUAGGCCUCGUCGCACUCCCAUGGGCAUCAAGACUAAGUUGAGCGUUGGUGAGGCUCCAGCUCUGAAGGAAGACAUCCAGGAUGUAACAACCAAGCUUGGAGAGUCUGGCACCCUGUCCUGCUGCAUCAUUGGCAGACCUCUGCCUGAGAUCAAGUGGUACCGCUAUGGCAAGGAACUGAUUCAGAGCCGCAAGUACAAGAUGAGCUCAGAUGGACGCAACCACUCCCUCAGUAUCCUGACAGAUGAGCAGGAAGACGAGGGUCUGUACACCUGUAGAGCCAUCAACGAAGCUGGAGAGAUUGAGACCAGUGGCAAACUGCGGCUACAGGCGGCACCUCAGUUGCACCCCGGAUUCCCAUUGAAAGAGAAGUACUAUGCUGGAGCUGGCACCAGCCUCCGCCUCCACGUUGUCUACAUUGGACGCCCGAUUCCCCAGAUUAUGUGGUUCUAUGGCAAGAAGCCUCUGAACCCAUCUGAGAACGUGAUUAUUGAAAACACAGAGAGCUACACCCACCUGGUGGUGAGGAACGUCCAAAGAAAGACCAAUGCUGGCCGUUACAAAGUGCAGCUGAGCAACAAGUUCGGAACAGUCGACACUGUAUUACGGGUUGAAAUCCAAGAUAAGCCAUGCAUCCCAGAGGGCCCAUUGGUGGUUGAAGGUCUGCUCAAGAGCUCUGUCAUUAUCAGCUGGAAGGCUCCCAAAGAUGACGGUGGCUCCAUGAUCACCAACUACAUUGUGGAGAAACGCAUGGCCAAAGAAGGAGAGCUGUGGCACCUUGUGUCAUCCUCUGUCUCAGGAACCACAUGUCGUGUACCCAACCUCAUUGAGAGUGCCGGUUACUACUUCCGGGUUUCUGCUCAGAAUCAGUAUGGUGUCAGCGAGGCGCUAGAGAUCCCAUCAGUAGUGAUCAUCAAGAGUCCAUUCGAAAAACCUGGCAUCCCACAGCAGCCCUUCAUCGUCAGUUCCACCAAGGACUCUUGUGUUGUCUGCUGGAAGCCACCGAGCAGUGAUGGUGGAGCUAAAAUCUCUGGUUACUACCUGGAGAAACGUGAGAAGAAGCAGAACAAGUGGAUGUCAGUUACCAGUAAGAAGAUCUCGGAGACCAGCUAUGAGGUCACAGGCUUGAUAGAAGGCUUUGAGUAUGAGUUCCGAGUCAAGUGUGAGAAUAUGGGUGGAGAGAGUGACUGGAGCGACAUCUCUGAGCCCGUUAUUCCCAAGUCUGACCAGUCUCUGCGAGCUCCUGCAUUCAGAGAAGAGAUCCGAGACAUGACAGUCAAAUACCAUGCAAAUGCAACCUUUGUGACCAAGGUCGUGGGCUAUCCUAAGCCUGUGGUGAAAUGGUAUAGAAGUGGCAAGGAGAUCCAGGCAGAUGGAACCAAAAUUAAAGCCCAGGAAUUCAAGGGGGGUUAUUACCAGCUGGUCAUCACUGCUGCUGAUGAGAGUGAUGCCACAGUCUAUCAAGUCAGAGCGACCAACUCUGGAGGAUCCAUCUCCACAACUGCAAACCUGGAAGUGGAAGUUCCUGCCAAGAUUCACCUACCAAAGGAACUCCAAGGAAUGGGAGCAGUCCAUGCUGUUCGCGGUGAUCAUAUCACCAUCAAGAUCCCAAUCUCUGGCAAACCCGAACCAGCAAUUACCUGGCAGAAGGGUCAGGAGAUCCUCUCCAACUCUGCUUAUCACCAAGUCAUCACCACCCGCUCUUUCACUUCCCUGGUCUUCCAGAAGGGAGUGCAGAAGAAGGACACAGGCUACUACAGCAUCACCGCAAAGAAUAGGUUUGGAAUGGACAAACAGACCAUCGAGGUGAGUGUGGCUGACAUACCUGAUGCUCCAAAAGGACUGGUGGUCAGCGACAUAGCCCGGGAUUCCAUUACUCUGACCUGGGAGCCUCCUCCCAAUGAUGGCGGAAGUGACAUCACCAGCUAUAUUGUGGAGAAAUGUCCCACCACAGCUGACAGGUGGAUUCGUGCUGGACAGACUACUGACUGCAGCAUCACCAUCAUCAACAUAUUUGGCAAGACCAAAUAUCAGUUCCGUGUCAUCGCAGAGAACCAGUUUGGCAUGAGUUCUCCAUCUACGCCAACAGAACCCAUCACUACAAAGGAGGACAAGUCUGUGAUUAGGAACUAUGACGAGGAAGUGGAUGAGACCAGAGAGAUUACCAAAGAAGAAGCUCAGUCCUUCAAGGUCAAGUCGCUGUCCUCGAAGUACAUAAUUUCUGAGGAGCUUGCUCGUUGCCAGUUUGGAGUGGUCCACCGUUGUGUGGAGAUUGCUACCAAGAAGACCUUCAUGGCCAAGUUCAUCAAGGUCAAAGGAACUGACCGUGAGCUGGUUCUGAGAGAAAUUGAGGCUUUCAAUGUAGCAAGACACAAAAAUAUUAUCUACCUGCAUGAAUACUUUGAAAGUAUGGAAGAGAUGAUCUUAAUCUUUGAGUUCAUUUCUGGAGUUGACAUCUUCGAGCGUCUUGGAACCAGCAACUUUGAGCUCACAGAGCAGGAGAUUGUCCGCUAUUUAAGGCAGGUUUGCUCUGCGCUGAUGUUUUUGCAUAGUAAUAACUUUGGCCACUUUGAUAUCCGUCCAGACAACAUUGUCUACACUACAAGGAAAAGCAACAUCGUAAAGAUUAUUGAAAUGGGCCAGGCUAGGUUGCUGGUACCUGGUGAAAACAUCAGAAUGCUUUUCUCAGCUCCAGAGUAUUGCGCCCCUGAGAUUCACCACCAUGACUUAGUGACAACAGCCACAGAUAUGUGGUCUGUGGGCGUGAUGGCCUACAUUCUACUUAGUGGUCUGAAUCCUUUUGCAGCAGAAUCCACGACACAAAUGAUUGAGAAGAUCUCCACCUGUGAGUAUGUCUUUGAUAGUGAAGCAUUUAAAGACAUCAGCCUGGAGGCUAUGGACUUUGUAGACAGACUUCUUGUCAAGGACAGGAAGCUUCGUAUGACAGCCCAUGAGGCAUUGGAACACCCUUGGCUCAAGAUGAAGAUUGAACAUGUCAGCAACAAGGUCAUUCGGACAUUAAGACACAGAAGGUACUACCAGUCUGUAGUCAAGAGAACGGAUACGAUUGUCUCAUCAGCUCGUGUUGCCUAUGGUGGUGCCUUCAGAAGCCAGAGAGGAUUGUCCGUGGGCAAAGUGAAGAUCGGUACUGAGUACCAUGGUCUACGUGCUGGCCCAGUCAUGCAUUGCUCUGCUGAGGAAGGUGGCCAUGUUAGAUUCACCUGUAGCAUUGCCAACUUUGAUCAAAGCACGCAGGUGACAUGGUACUUUGGAAACCGCCAAUUACACCCAAGUCCCAAGUACGAGAUUACAUACAGCAGCGGUUUUGCGAGCAUGUAUGUGAAAGACAUUGAAGAGUGUGACGAUGGUGUUUAUAGAUGCAAGGUUCUGAGCGACGAUGGCGAAGAUAGUGCUUAUGCUGAACUCUUUGUCGAGACCGUAAGGUCCAUAAGGGAACACUAUGUCAGCCGUUCCAUCAAGAAACUGAGAAGGAGGGUUGAAAAAUCCCUACUCCUCUACAGGCCACCAGAGUUCACAUUGCCGCUGUACAAUCGCGCAGCCUACAUUGGCGAAGAUGUGCGCUUUGGUGUCACCAUUACUGUCCACCCCGAGCCUCAUGUUACAUGGUUAAAGAACGGAGAGAGAAUCAAGCCUGGAGAUGAUGACACCAAGUACACUUUCACAAGCGAUAAAGGUCUCUACCAGUUGAUGAUCCACAACCUUGAUACAAGUGAUGACGCCGAAUACACUGUCAUGGCAAACAACAAGUUUGGAGAAGAUAGCUGCAAGGCCCGCCUCACUGUGACGCCACAUCCUGUAACAGAGGAAACUAUGAGGCCUACAUUCAAACGUUUGCUGACUAAUGUUGAAUGCACAGAAGGAGAGAGCAUCCACUUUGAUGUCAGAGUGUCUGGAAUCCCCACACCUUCUCUGAAAUGGGAAAAGGAAGGCCAUCCUCUCCAGGUUGGUCCUAAGAUAGUUGUCAUACAAGAGGACGUGGACCAUUAUGUCCUGUACAUCAGAGAGACACUACUUGAAGACUCCGGCGUCUACAAAGUGACUGCAACCAACUCUGCUGGCUCUGUGAGUUGCCAGGCAACCCUAAAGAUUGACCGCCUCACAUACACCAGAAGAGAGUACAAGAGCGAGGAGGAGAGAUGCAGACACAUCCAGAUGCAGAUUGAGAAGACCAACAAGAUGGCUCAGCAGAUUGUCGCCACAGAGGAGCUUGUUCCACUCAACCCGACAGCCCAAGAGGCUUUGAAAUUCGCCGCAGACAUGUACAAGCCUGCGGUCAGCACCAAAAACGUUGAGGGCGAGUUUGACAUCACGGUGGUGAAAUCAGAGACCAAGAAACUAGAAGAAGAGCGAAGGAUGUUCAUGCCUUAUGAGAUCCCCGAGCCUGUGGUUCAUGACCCCAGAGCUCUGGAUGAAGACAAAGUUAUCAAACAAUUUGUUCCACUCUCUGACAUGAAGUGGUACCGAAAAUUGAAAGACCAAUAUAUGAUUUAUGACAGGACGGAAAGGAUUGUGCAAAAACGACAACGGCGAAUUCGUUUGUCCAGGUGGGAGCAAUUCUACGUAAUGCCUCUUCCCAGAAUCACAGACCAGUACAGACCAAGAUGGCGGAUUCCAAAAAUGACAUUAGAUGAUCUGGAGGUUGUCAGACCUGCCCGCCGUUCACCGUCUGUCGAGUCAGAGAUUUCAUUCAGAUCUCGGAGAAGAUCUUUGGGUGAUCUGAGUGAUGAGGAGCUGCUCAUGCCUGUGGAUGACUAUCUGUCUACAAGAAGAACUGAGCAAGACAAGAUGAUGCUGGAAGAUGAACUGGAACUCGGGUUCUCGGCCUCCCCUCCAUUAAGUCCAGUUCGCGUUGAACGGCGUGCUGUGCAGCGCGAAACAAGGUUGCAGGAGGUCAGGCAGGAAGCUAUGGAGGUCACAGAGACAAAGAAAAAACGUACCAUAUCUCAGUUUAUGAGGAGGAGGCGCUCGCUGUCCCCUACAUACAUUGAGUUGAUGCGUCCGGUCUCUGAGCUGAUCCGUCCCGUUCGCACACAGCCAGCUGUAGACAUAGAAGGCGAGGUCAUAGAGAGGCGAUCCCCGACACCUGAGAGAACACGUCCCCGCUCUCCCAGCCCGAUCAGAUCUGUGGAGAGGUCAUCUCGUUCCUCCUCUCGGUUUGAGCGAUCUGCACGCUUUGACAUCAUGUCUCGCUACGAAGCCAGAAAAGCAGCUCUGAAGUCUGAGAGGAAAUACCAGGUUGUUAGUCAAACACCAUUCAGCUUGGAUCACGCUCCCCGUGUGACAGUCAGGAUGCGUUCUCACCGUGUGCCAGUCAGCCAUGACACCAAAUUCACUUUGAAUAUUCAAGCCAAGCCAGAAGCCGAUGUGAAAUGGCUCCACAAUGGAACUGAGAUUUGUGAAAGCAGUGAAAAAUACGUAUUUAGCAACAUGAGCGGCGUUUUGACCAUCGCCAUCUUGGACUGCCAAGAAGAGGACAGUGGUACAUAUCGCUGUGUUUGCUCCAACUCCAGGGGAGAAGCUUCAGACUAUGCCACCCUUGAAGUAUCAGGCGGUGCCUACACAACCUUCUCCUCCCGUCGCAAGGAUGAGGAAGUUCCUAAAGUGUAUGUCCCUGAAGUCACUCGAAUUGAUCACUAUCACACCUCCCAUUUCAAAACUGGCUAUGAAUCCCACACCCACCUGGAAGUGGAAGAGAGUAAGACUAAGCUCACUGAGACACGAGAGGUUACCACGAGGGAACGAUAUGGGACUUCCUCUGAAAGAUACUCAUCUGCUGAGCGGUAUGAACCAUCCAUCAAGUAUGCCUCUACUGAGUACUUGUCAUCUGCCUCCUCCUACUCCUCAGACAAGUUUUCUUUGACUGAAAAGUAUGCCGCGGCGGAAACUAAGUCAAAGUAUUCUUCUACUGAUAAGGUCACAGUCCAAAAAGUGAAGCCCUCUGUCCCAGCCAGAAUCCUCACCAAGCCCCAGUCUCUGACUGUAGAAGAAGGCGAAACAGCCCGAUUCUCCUGUGAUAUUGAUGGAGAGCCUGCACCAUCUGUAAUCUGGAUGCAUGAGCGUAGGACCGUAGUAUCCUCCCACCGUGUUCUUGUCAGUACCACUCAGUACAAGUCCAGCCUGGAGAUUUCCUCUGUUACUUCCUCGGAUGAGGGCAGUUACACAGUCAUUGUAGAGAACUCAGAUGGUCGGCAAGAGGCUCACUUCACUUUGACCAUCCGCAGACCAGUUUCCAAAGAGGUCAAGGGCAUCAAGUCCCCAGAGCCAUCUUUGUCUGAGACCUCGCCUGUUCCGAGUGUCAAGGUGCCAGAACCUAGCAUCAAGUCCCCUACUCCCAGUGUGAAGUCACCAGAACCUAGCAUCAAGUCCCCUACUCCCAGUGUGAAGUCACCAGAACCCAGCAUCAAGUCCCCUACUCCCAGUGUGAAGUCACCAGAACCUAGCAUCAAGUCCCCUACUCCCUGUGUGAAGUCACCAGAACCUAGCAUCAAGACCCCUACUCCCAGAGUGAAAUCACCAGAACGCGGCAUCAAGUCCCCUACUCCCAGUGUGAAGUCACCAGAACCCAGCAUCAAGUCCCCUGCUGCCAGUGUGAAGUCACCAGAACCCAGCGUCAAGUCCCCUGAGCCCUUGAUUAAAUCACCAACUCCCGGUGUGAAGUCACCAGAACCAGGUGUCAAGUCACCAGUUCCGAGUGUGAAGCCAACAGGUCUGAAGUCACCAACUUCUGGAAUUAAAUCUCCUGAACCAGAGGGAGUUAAAUCUCCCAGGGGUAUAAAAUCUCCUGAUCCAGGACCUAAGUCACCACCAUUAAUCAAAUCUGCUGAGAGGAUGAAGUCACCUGAAGCUGAGGAAGUAAAGUCAGUUCGAGGAGUCAAAUCCCCUGAACCCGCAGGAAUUAAAACACCUCGAGGCAUCAAGUCCCCGGAACCUGCUGCCAUCAAAACAUCAAGAGGAAUAAAGUCUCCAGAACCAUCCGGCAUCAAGUCACCAAGGGCUGUGAAGUCACCAGAGCCUGAAGGAGUCAAAUCUCCUUCCAGAAUGAAAUCUCCACCACCCAUACUGUCACCUAAGAGGGUCUUGUCACCCCCUACUGUCAAAUCUGCAAUCCCGAAGCCACCCAAAGUCAUCAGUCAGCUCGCUGCUGAGGCCUUUGAAGACAUGGUGAAGAUGUCAUGUGUGUGUGAGAGUAGCGUCACAGAGGUGUCAUGGUAUUUCAACGGAAGGAGGAUUUCGAUGAAUAAUCACUUUGAGAUGCAGUACUCUGAUGGCUCCUGCACCCUCCUCAUACACGACCUGACAGACAGCGACCAGGGAGCAUACAUAUGUGAGAUGACAUCAGAGGGAGGGGUUUCAAAAUCCUCCUUCUCCUUCACUGGUCAGGUGUUCCAAUCCAUUCGCAUGAAGAUCUCAGCAUACCGGGAGCAGCAAAUGACACUUAAAGGAUCCGCGAUGAUCAGUCACAAGGAGUCAUCCUCGUCCAGCUCAUCCUCAAUGAUGAAGAGAGAAGUCCGCACCAUGGAAGAAUCUUCUUCCUUUUCCUCAUCAGCCCAGCAGGCGAUGAUGUCCUCUAUGAUGGAGUCCAGCUCCUUCAGCGGCAUGGCCGCCGAGAUGAAGUUUGAGACCAUGUCCAUGUCCAGCAUGUCCUCCAUGACCUCAGAGACAUACGCCCAGAGCUCCAGCAGCCUCACAGAAAUGUCCUCGCGCAUGGCAGGAUCCUCCUUCAGGGCCAUUGGAUCUGCUCCCAGAAUCGAGGCGGUGCCAGAGGACAUCAGCAUUGAGGCUGGCAAAGUCUUGACGGUGGCGUGUGCCUUCUCAGGCGACGCCAAACACAUCGAGUGGUCUCGCGGAGGCAAAAUAAUUGAGGUGUCAUCCAGCGGUCGCUUCCACAUCGAGACCACAGAGGACCUCACCACUCUCAUCAUCACCGGUGUGAAGAAGGAAGAUGCUGGAACCUACACCCUCAAACUGUCCAACGAGCUUGGAUGUGACACCGCCACCGUUCAAAUCAGCAUUCGAUCGGUGUAAAAGAAAUAUAUAUAUAUAUCGAAGAAUAUUCUCAUGACCCACUUUACCCUUUUUUUGUCUGUUUAUGAUUUGAGCUAACUAUUUGACUCCUUAAAAACCUAAGAUUUAUCUUCUUGUAAAUAUGAACUAUUUUUGUACCAAACGUGACGUUCAUUGAUGCCAAAUUGAAGUCUCACCUUGAUGACACUUUUGCAGUGACAUGUACAUAAUGUAUAUAGCCGGAUUUCACGGUUAUGAGAAAUGUAUGCAUUGUUAUUUAUGACAAUAGUAUGAAGUUAAAGAAGCAAACCAAAUAUGGUUUAACUGGAGAAAGUUCUACGUGGAACGAAUACCCUGUUAAACAGAGAAACUAAACUGUGUGCCUCAACGCUACGUUGAAGUCUAAGAUUGCCUCAGCAGGUAGAGCUUCUCCCUGCUGACGUUAACUCAACUUGAGACAAAAACACGAGUACGAGAUCCUGAGUGCUGUUUGCGUCUACCCUCACGUAAGCAGCACAACUGGACCUCGUGUCGCGAUAGACUAAGUCGUACUGCCAUUUUGAUGACACGCUCACAGUGCGAGCGGCCUGCGCUGAUUGAGCAUGUGUUUGUUUUGAUGUCAGUGCUCCGCCUAUGACUACGAGCGCCCGUGGGGACCCUCCUCACCCACCACCAACCUGGCCAAUCACAUGUGGAGAGUCCUUGCUGUGCUCGUAGCCAGAGGCGGAGCUUCCUCUUGGAGGUCUGCAGCGUGUUUGUGUGUUAGUGAUUAGACGUUGACCUGUCAAUCUAGUUGAUGAGCGCUGCCAAAAGCCAUCGGCGGCGCAAGCGAGGAUCUCCUCGUGUCAAGCUCAUCUUUGUGCUUUGAUUUGAUUGACUUAAUGAUUUUAGGCUGCCUCCUUGAGUUUUUCCCCAUUAUUGAUUCAAUAAAGUGUGAUUAUCAGCACAGCAAA